GGCGGAGGUUGCUGCCUGAGCCCCCGGGAUCGGUUCGGCUCGCCUUGCUCCGACCCUUUGCACUACAGUCGGCGCCGUCUUGCUGCUGCUAGUGUCGCCGCUGUAGUCAAAACUCCUACCGGCCUAAAAGUUGUCUGGUGCAAAAUCCCUUCUGCAGCAGCAGCCCGAAAGAAAGCGAGAGCGCCAGCCAGCCAGCCGCCCGCCGCGGGCAGGAGGGAGGGAGGGAGCGUCGGCGACGGUGGAUGCCUAUUGCCCCUGUUGCUGCUGCAGCCGGCCAGCCAGCCAGAAGCGCGCGAGCGGAGAGGGGCGCAUCCAGCCCGUUGGAGAGAAGCGCGGGGGCGCGUCCCCGGUGGCUCCCGAGCUGACCUUGCCUGGCCCGGCGCCUUCCGCGCUGCCAAAGGGCGACUCACCUGCUGCCUGCGCAGCGCCGGGACUAACUCGAGCGGGGCGAGGAGAACACCCACUCGCAUACACACACCGAGAGGCAAACUUGCCGCAGCCGUCGACGUCGCGGGGUUGGAAAGCGCGGAGAUGCAGGUAGGGGGCGCCCCUCGCAGGGCGAGCGCCGGAGGGCCCGGGCAGGCGCUCUUGUCACCGCCGGGGCGCCGGAGGGGGGAAGAAGGAAGGAGCCCAGUCCGAAGAGCCCCGGCGCCUGGCCUCCCUGACUGGGAGUUGUGGGGAGGGAAGUGUGCGCGCCUUGCCAUUUUUCGCUGAAACAAAGUUCCCUCUCCCUCAGAACCCGCCUUCACGCGUUCUUGCCCUAAGGAGACGCAAACACGUGUCCCGGCUCCCCUGGGCCAGGACCGGGGUGAAGCGCCUCGCCGCCGCGGCCGGACAAGGAGCGGGUUUGUGGCGGAGGGCGGGCUUUGCGCCGGCUGUGGCUCUUGGCGCGCUGGCCGGGGGUCCCAUUGGACUCGGCGGGACUUAACUCCUGCGGAGACGCCUUAAAAAGCUGGUCCUGGUUGGUGUCUCGGCCCGGGCCGAAAUUUAGCCCUGCUUCAAGCGGAGGAGGAGAGUUCUACCUUUUUUGAGUAGCAAGGAAAGAGCGUCUUGGCGAGCGGGCGCAGCGCGCUUUUGUUGCCGAGGGCUGGUCGCCACACUGGUGGGACUUGCUCGAACAAGGGUGGGUAACCUGUGCCCCUCCAGAUGUUGUUGGGCUCCAACGCCCAUCGGCCCCAGCCAGCGUAGCCAAUGAUCAGGAAUGAUUAUUGGCAGCUGCAGUCCGGCAUCCUUAUGGAGGGUGACAGAAUCCCCACCUACUAAACUAGGGGGAAGUUUUUGCAAGAGGGAGGGUGCAUCUGCCUGACAGUCUGGCAGGUUUGAGCUCCAGCAACAUCUAUUCUUUUAAGGCAGCACUUUCCCUUGAGAGUAGCUCCACUGUACUGGGGGGAGGGUGUACAGUGCUAUCUUAACCCUGUCUACUCCUGGGGUGACUAGGAUCGCAGUCUCAAGUCUGUAGGAAACUUACACAGGAGCAGUCUCCAAAUCCUGCUUUUGUUGACGGGUUUCAGGGAUUGCUGGUGGAUGGGGAGGACUGGGGAAGCUUCCAAGCAAGAAAACAAACCGGAUUGCAAUGUUGAGAGUGAAGAAAAUAUCCCUUCUCUUCACUCGCAGCCUUUGGAGUAUUCAUCCACCAAAGGAAAACCAACUUUCUCGUACCUUGUUUUACAACCUCCAGCUGUCUUUUGCCCUGGUACAUUUACUGGUCUUGGGUGCUUUGCCAUCCUGUCAGGUAGAGGAUAGCUGAGUGAGCUCUCGGACUACUCUGCUGCUGCUGGGGCUUCCCUUCAGCCUGCCUGGUGGAGCCCCAGACUCCAGGGUGAACAAUUUGCCCUGCACAGCCGCAUCCCAAUGCAGGGCACUUUGGGUGGUCGCUGAGCACUUUACAGUACUUUUAACGAGGUGGAGACUGAGUGCCUCAUGGGUAGGUAGGAGCUGCUCACAACCUCGGGAGGGCAGCUGCUGUUUUCUUCAGAACCUGUAAGGGAUGCUUGUGGCACUGAUCCUCUCAAGACACUGUGGAGGGAAGGUGCUUUUAAGUCUCUCUUUAAAUUACUCUUCUCUCAUCACCUGUACUUUAUGGCCUGUCAUUGGCAAGAUAACCUUGGAAAGUGAGGCUCUCAAUUUGUUUGUAAUGAAAUCUCAGAGGCGGAGUUCAGCUCUUAAAGCCUUUGGCAACCUGGUGUCUUCUAGAUGUUUUGGACUGCAAAGGGGCAGAUGAGAGUCAUGGUCCAAAACAGCUGCUGAAUCAGCUGCUGGAUGCAUUUGAUGAGAGAUUAUGCUUGUCUUUGUGCCCUUUCUGUGGGUGUAUAAGAGGCAUCUGUGUGGACUAGAUGAGCCUUUGCUCAGAUCUUGCCAAGCAAUUUACUGUUUUCUUUAAAUGUAUUGUGUUCACACACUGGAAGUCAAACUGAGCCAGAGGAGACAGUGACCCCCUGGCAUGUCUGGGUUAAAAGGCUCUUGGGUGACAUGACUGAGAGAGUUCUCUGUGUGAGGCCUUGGAGAACUCCUGCCAGCUGGGGGGUUGUAUUCUGCCUUGGUCAGACUCCACCUGGAAUAUUGUGUCCAGGUAUGAGCACCACAAUUUAAGAAUAUUAACAAGCUGGAAUGUGUGCAGAGGAGGGUGAGGCUGACCAAGGUGAUACAGGGACUGGGAACCAAGCCUUAUGAGGAACUGUUGAGGGACCUGGGGAUGUUUAGCCUGGAGAAGAGGAGAUAUGGCUAUCUUCUAAUAUCAGAAGGGCUGGAAGAUGGAGCAAGCUUGUUCAGAGGCUAGGACCCAAACCAAUAGCUUCAAAUUACAAGAAAGGAGAUUGUGACUGAACAUCAGGAGGAGCUUUGAUGGUAAGAGCUGUUCGACAGUGGAACAGACUCCCUUGGAAGGUAAUGGACUCACCUUCCAAGGAGAUUUUUAAGCAGAUGUUGGAUGGCCAUCUGUCAUGGAUGCUUUAGUUGAGAUUCCUGGAUUACAGGGGUGGGGCUAGAUGACCCUCAAGAUCUCUUUCAACUCUACAAUUCAAUGUCUCAGUUGCCUCUGUUGAAGACAGUUCCAUUUGUUAACAGGUAGUGGCCACAUGAAGCCAGGGCCGAUGACACUGUUCUUGAAGCCAACUUUAGCUCAUCAAGUUUUAACAGGAUCUGGAGUCCUGCCUCUUUUUAGAGCCUAAUAGGAGCAGCCAGAAGUGAGGGAAUUGAUUCAUGAUUGGGAUCUUUUGAUCAGGAAAAUGGCGCAAGGGGAAAGGUUAAGCACACUCUUUUCCCCAGUUCCACUACCACAAUCUAGCCUUUCCAUUGUAGUCACAGCUGUUUUUGAACUUGAAGAAAUAUGCUGGGAGUUCCAGUCACAGUUAUCCUGCAUCAUGCGUAGUUUGGUCCUAAUCCAUUGUGUUGCAAAAGGGAAAUGCAUCUGUUUGUAGUGCUGGCCACAUGUAAAGUGUACCACAGUAACUCAGCCACACAAGGCUAAGUGGAUGUUGACUGUAAAUCAGACUGGGGUUCAAUAUAUACCUCUAUUAUUGUCCUGUAUUUAUCAUUAUUAAGUUCAAGUGAUAUUAUUAUUGUUUAUUAAAUUUACAUUCUCUAGGUGGCUUAUAGAAGGUCAGACUAUGGGACAUGUGGCUUAACAAUGCAAGUUCUCAUAUUCCCAACAUACUGCUGUUCUUUUUUGCCGCACUUGUAUUUAUGCAGCUUCUAAUUUCACACAAAUACAUAAUGCAGACAUAUUAACACCUAUUCUCAUAGAUGAUAGAUAGAUAUAGCACAUGCAUACAUACAUGUACACACGUGUGUGUAUUUUAUAUCUAUAAUCUGCCUAGACAGGUGUAUUUGUAUUCUUGACUAAUUGACCUAAUUAUAAACCAUGUGGUUAACACUCCGUGUGGGAAUGUAACUAUUCUUGUUGCAUCUAUGUGCUGCAGGUGGAACCAUCUUUCCUAAACAGGAAUAACAAGUAGCCUUGAUUUGUUAUUGAAGUUGGGGUGGUACAUGAUAUUAGGGUCUUCAUACCUCUCCCACUUAUGCUCCUGAUCUGUGUAUACUCUUGCCUACAAAAAGCUCACACAACAAUAAACCAGUUGAACCUAGUACUCAGUGAGGUGACAAACCUGUGUUUAUGCUGUUCCAGUUUGGACUGCGAGUCUCUGAAUGCUCCUCUAUACAAAAAUAGCUCUGCAGAUAGGAGACCAGUUGAGGUAGAACCCUUCCACCAGACCUUUUUUUUUGCUGUGUGGAUUUUUUAUAUGGAGGAGGGUUUAAUCCUAUGAGGCUAGAACUGCAGCCUAUAAUGGUGCAAGUCCAGAAAACACGCUGCUUUACCAUUUUACAGACAACUUGGCCUAAACCCCUUUAAAUUGCUACACUAUUGUUUAUCUUGCAUUUGUGUCUAGUCCUAGUCUUUUGCAUCUUCAAUGCUCCUGGCCUGCAGUCUGUUUUGUUCUCCUAUAGUUGAUGGCAGGCCAGUGUGUGUGGUGAGGGGAACUUUGUACAUCUGUUGAGGGUGUUUCCUUGGUGGUUAUGUAAAGUCUAGAUGACCAGCAAUUAUAGAAGAUGGGAGGUGGAGUCUUCUAGUUUUAGCGAGGUGCACUGUGAAUGGUAGAAGACAAAGUCAGGUGGUGACUUCUACAGCAAGGGGAAAACUUCAUUGGAAAGCUUCUGAGAUCCUGUUCUGCCUGAGGGUACCUUUGUCUAGUUGUGUUCUCCAGCACCCUUCCAGACACCUAUCCUGGCCUCUGUGUAUUGGAGUGUUGCAAAGCCAGUUACGUAAAAAAGGUAUGGAGCUGCUUUGGUUGUGCGAUGCGUUCUGGAAAUCCACUAGUUUCAACCAAAAACACAGUGCAAACUACUGGAAUGAAUUGACUAUUCCAAAUUUGGGCUUUUAAAAUAUCCAUACUGCAGGUUAAAUACUUGUAAAAUUACUUUUACCUCUAAGCAGUGGGUGUGUGGCAGUGACAUGGUCUGGUGUGCUGAUAAUGUGUUCUGUGGAAUCAUACAGUAGUGCUUUCAAUAUCAUGAUAAAAUGAACAUUUUCUACAAGUACAGAUGUUUGGCACAAUAGUUGUGCAGUACUCAACCAUUUGUUUAACAUAAUCCAGAUUCCAGGCAUGAUUUUUACAGGUUCUGUCUGUAGAUUUUAUUCUUGUUUAUGAAUGAAAUCCCAGCUCUUUUGUAUUUUUUUCAAUUCCAAUAAAUACUCACACAUGCCAAAUCUGACCCAGGGCAACUUGUACCUUAAGAGAGGAUAAAAUGAGACCAAGUAGCCUGUGACCUGUCCACAUAUUCUUCUGUUUGAUUAAGGUUGUAUAAUACUUAAGAUAACUCCUGGCAUAAAAAUGUGGCAAUGUGUGCAUCUUGCAUUUCUCUGGCCCUGGGAUUUGCCCUUCCCUUUUCACUUUCUAUUUCAGGUAUGCCAUUUUAGCAUUCAAAGUGCACCUCUGCAUUGUCCAACUCCAACUUAUUGAAUUGUGUGUAUGUUCAUAGAUACCUUUUCUGUUUAACUUUUACAUUUGUUCAGAUUCCCAUGCAAUGAGCAGCCUUAUUUUCGGGGGGGGGGGUUGAAAUAGGGUUGAAUAGGUGAUUAGCACAAGUUGCAUAAUGCAUAUUCGGCAGGAAAAUCUUAGUGGGGCUUACUUCUCUCAGGUAAGUAUGCAUAGGAUUGCAGCUUAAGUGACAGCUCCUCAAAUGUCAAACUAUGAAGGAAAAAGGAAGAUAUAACCUUGCUUCUUUUCAACACUUUAAAUAUACUGUCAAGGGUCCUAAUCCAGUAACCUAUAUGCGGAAUUGCUGAGCCUGUGUAUCUAUAACCUGACUGGAAAGUAAAGAAAAGCUGAAUUCCUGCCAACCAACUUUUGAGUGGGAAAGUAGGAGUUGAAUCCAGCCCCCUGCACCCUCUCCUCAGCAGGUGAUUUGCAGAAUUCCAGCAUUGUUUACUGGGCUACACACACAUUUCUGGCUCCUUUGUUGGGUUUGGGAAUACAUUCAGUUGCAUAUUAAUUCUCCAUUCAACCAGGAAAAUAUGUGUAGGAACUUGUCUAUCAUUCCAGCGGAGAUAGGGCUAAUCAUUCUGAUAAACACUUCCAAGAACUAGACUAAGUUGCUUUGUGGGACAGAUCACACUCCCAGGUUGCCAGUUGCCAUCCUUUUUGAAUAUCAUAUGCAUAUCUCAUCAGUGCAUACAUAUGCUCUGUGCAUAUAUAUCAGCUUAUGUAGUUCAUGUCAAACUAAGGUGGGUUUCUUUUUCAGUAACCAAGGGGCUAAGCGGCAAAAAGAGAGAGAAAGCAAAGCUGUACGUAGAGAAAUUUAAGAAUUUGGUACUGAGAAAAUUAAUGUGAUUUUAAAAGGGGGGGAAAGUAUGUGGAACAUGAGAGUAAAUGUGCCAACAAUUAAUGAAAGCAGGUUUUCAUUUCUUCUGUCGAAGAAAUUGGAAUAGUAUAUGAAGAGGGAAACUUUGUGAGAUCCAAGUGCCAAUUCAGAGUAGGAGGCAGAAUUGGACAGGCAGCCUGGCCUUACUCCAGCCCCAGAUUUCCUGCGUUCCCAGGCUUCAUCUCUUAUGCUUCUGUGCCCAAGGGUAUCAGAAAGAGAUUCCUCUCUAUUAGGAAGGAGUGCCUGCCUUCUUAGUUCAUCUGGUAGUAGAUGUAAUACUAUACAGCACAUCUCCUUUGGCUGCCUUCAGACUUGCUCUGUGUUUCCAUUUUGUGAUAUUAACCCUUAACAGUGAUGUAGUUUUAAAGGUUUUGUGUACUCUUCCUCCUCUUCUUUCUUUUGGUAUUCUCUGCACUUUUGACACCCCCUCCACCCGCAUUGGUUUGAGAUGGUCUAAGCCACCUACUAUGCACAGUAAUUCCAGUUCCUGAUUUUUCAAGGUGUGGGGUUUUCAAAAUCAGACAGUUGUACUGUCUUAUAUUAGGCCAAGUCAUAAUAAUGUUUCUGGUGAAAAACACUGAUUUAUUAAAAUGAAAAAUAAAAUCUGCACUUUGCUUUUCACAUGCUGUGUGCACUAUCUGUGUGUUUCCCCUUAAUGCAUUGCUUUUGUUGCCAGGACAUUGUAUUUUCCAACUAUACAAGGAACAAUGGCCACUAUCCCACCAAUGUUAAACUUUUGUAAUUCCCAUUAAUAUCAACACGGAAAUUAAAGUAUAUACUUCAAAUGGUUGAGAUUUAUUUAAUUGACUAAACUGCACCCAACUUUUAAAACUGGAGCAAUGUUAUAUUUUUCAAUCCAAUAAUACAUUCAUCAAAUAUUGAACACCCUUUCUGAACACCCAUGCUAACAGGUCCCCACUAGCUGCUUAUUGGUGACUGGUUUUAAGGUCUUGCUAUUUACAUAUAAAGCCAUAAACAACUCUCAACCAGGUUACCGGAGGCAGUGACUUCCCCUCCAUUGUCUGGCAAGGACAUUUUUCAGGUUCCAUUGGUUGAUCUUAAUCUUGCCAUGACUCAUUGACUUGUGACACAGAAAUGGGCUUUUUCAGUGAUGGCCCCAAUAUUAUGGAAUGCAUUGCAUGCUGAAACUUGAGAGUUCCCCCCCCCCCCCAUCUAUACUGGCAUUCUGUGACCUAUUGAAGAUGUAUCUGUUUUAUAUAGGUAUUCCCUUGAUCUCUUGACCUGAAUCUCCUGUUUUAAUUACUGUACUGUGCUGUUUGAAUGGAAUUGUUAUAUUGUAUAUUUUCAUUGUGAAUGGUUACAUUUUAUUGUAUGUAUGUAAUGGGGUUUUAUAUUUGUUAAAUGCUUAGAAGCCUAUUUUGGUUUUAGUGGAAUAUAAAUAAAUGAAAUAAUGAUGAUGAUGAUGAUGAUGAUAUGAUGUAUGAUUGGGGUGUCAUAAAUAUCAACACAAUAUUGGUUGCAGUGUAAUAACACACUUUACUAAGCAUGACCUGCUACAUUGUCUUCAUCAUCUCCUCUGAUAGCAGGGUUAGGAAAGGGGAAGGAUCUGUGAACUACGAUAAGGCAUCAGCCUUAAGUGCAUAUAAUCUUUCAGAGAGUCUUUGUGAUGCCAACACUCAUUGUUUGCUUGGACUUCCACAGCUGACUUAACAUUGGCAAUGGGGGGGGGACUUUUUAGUUGUUUUAUAAUGCCACUUACUGUUUUCUUCUAUGCUAAAUAAUGCCACUAUUAUUCCAGUUAAGAUGGGAAGGGGGACAAGAAAAAAAAACCAGCAACUGAUAUGAAAGCCAUAUUGUGGAAGCUGCCCAGAGUGGUUGGGGCAACCCAGUCAGAUGGGCGGGGUACAAAUAAUAAAUUUGUUUGUUUGUUUGUUUGUUGUUGUUGUUAUGUCCAAUAGCAGUGAAUUAGGCUUAACUAGACACUGAAGGGCAUUGGCUGCCACAGUCCUGUGUCCCCUCAAUAUGUUGGAGAAGGAUCAUAGCUCAGUGAGAGAGCAGAGGUUUCCACACUCACUCUGCCCCCCAGACCACUUGCAAAUUGGUAAAGUUCUUGCUAUACUACUUAAUGAGUUUUCUGCCUAUUGCUUAGCAGUUGUACUGUUUUUUAAUUAUAUGGAAUUCAAACUCUAACACAAUAAAAUGCAAUAAGAAACAAAAGGAUUUAAAUUUAAUACAAUUUGAAAAUCCUUCUAGAGGUGCAUUUCCCCUUGAUAUGUUCUUCCUUUACUCUUGCUUCAUCUUCGUUACUAUUUUCUUGAUCAUUUAUUAAUUUGUUUUUUUUUCAAUCUCCCUUCUUCAACCACAAAUCCAUUUUUAGACGUUGACUAUUAUUAGCUAACAGCUCCCACUUUUGAGUCACUCCAUCUUGCAUUCACUCUCUCAGCUUCUUCCCCUUCUCGCUGCUUCCUUCAUUUCCAUAUAUUGACUCCCCACUCCUUCAAGUGCCCUGUCAGACUCUUUCCCCCUCUUUUGACCUUCCACAUCUUGCUGCCAGCCACAGCUGUAUUCCUCUGAGAAAGACAGAGCCUUCUCCCCACAUCACUUCUGGUCAGUCCUGGCAAGGUUCUAAGACUGAAGAAGAAGCCCCUGUGCCCCCCAUUCUUCACACACGUUUCUCACAUGCACAUAGCUCUGCCACUCCUCAGAGUUGCUUCUGUGAACCACCUGCAUGAAACUGGUGGACCAUGGACCACACUUUGGGAUUGGGAACCUCUGUGGUAGAGCAUAUGCCUUGCAUGCAGGAAAUCCCACAUUCGUAACCUUCCCUGCCUUCUGACUUAGAACCGGCACAGAAGAUAGCACUACCUGUUGGCUUCUUCCUUUGCAGCCUCAGUGUUGCCUUUGUAGAACUCAGCAGGGUUGAGGAUGGGAACAAGCAGUUGGCUCUGCCUUUCAGAACCUGUCAUUGGUUCUGGCGCCACCUACUGUAGGCCCCCCUGUCAGCCCCAGGGGCCACCAGCUGCCACUGCUCUUGAAGUCUUUGCUACUUGAUUCACACAUCUUGGCUGUCUGGCUAAGCCCGAAUAGGUGCCAACACUCUUCCUUCUUGCCUGUUUACCUGUCUAAAUUUAAGCUCUUCAGUCGGUAUUCUGUGUCCCUGGUUGACAUGUGGUCAGGCUCAAGUUGUGGUUCUGGCUGCUGCUGCUGCUGCUGCUGCUGCUGCUGAAGCAUUUCCUGGCCUGUUGUGGGCUGACCAUGGUUGGUUGCUCACAGCUUUCCUCCAACAGAUAUAACUUAGAUUGCUUCCCCUGAGGAUUUCGGCAAGCCUGUUCUCCCACUCUUAUUUAGGCUCCGUUUACCUUUUACAAAAGGAGAAAAUAAACCCUUGACAGUGCAAAAUAAAUACUAAACAGUUAUCUGCCUCCAAUUUGUGCUCUUUCUUUCUCUCUCUCUCUCUCUCUCUCUCUCUCUCUCUGUAUGUGUGCCUAAACAAAUACAGCACAGUGGGACCUGGAAUCAUCCCACAUACCAUUUGAGAUCUAUGGCAACUUGUGAACCAAGUCUGAUGAUUCCAAAAGAGACCUUGAGAAAAUUCUCAAAGGGAGUAAUGUUCCUUUUUUUCAUGAUCCACCACCAGCACUUAAGAGCUGAGGCUUGGCAGCUGUUUGACUCUGUGCCUAUCAUUUUGUAACUUGAGAUUUUGUUUCCUUGUGCUGAUUGUAGCUUUUGAGUUUAGUGGGCAAACCUUUACCGCUACUUCAAGGAAAAUGUAAAUGUUUCUCUGCUUAGAUCUUCUGUUUCCUGGAGAACACAGCAACUAUGUGUUUCUAUUACUGCAGUCUGCCAUGUGGGAUAAGCUGUUUGAUGCCUAGUCUGGUGUUGUGGUUAAUGCUAUGAAUUGGCAAUGAAGGCUAAAGCUGCUGGGAGUUGGACUCUAGUGACAUCCGUGGAGGGCCACCCUGCCUUACAAUAAUUCUGUAAGGUAAGAGAGUAUUCAUGUCACUAUAUUGCAAAUGGGUAGACUGAGGCUGAGAGAGUUACUUGCCUAAGGCCACUAGUGAAUUAAUUGCAGAGGCAAGCUUCUAACUGGGACAAACUGGGACUUUCUGAUUCACAACUCAGUCUCUUAACCAUCAUGCUACACCAGCUCACAACUAUUAAUAGGCGUCUACUCCUCCAUGUAUUUGUCUGAUCCCCUUAUCAAGUCUUCUGUGCUUGUGGCUGUCGCAAUAUCUUGUGGGGGAAAAGUCCAUAAAAGAAUUUUGGAUCCUCUUUAGAGCAGGGGUGGAGAAACUUUUUCAACUCGAGGACCACAUUCCUUUGUUGGCAACAUGCCAGGGGCCAGUGGUGGGUGGUGUCAGAGGCAAGAGUGGGUGAAACAAUGGCUGUGACUCUUACUUUGUAUAGUAGACCUCUUUUUAGCCAUGCAAAUGCCAUUGGUUUCUGUAUCGUCACACACAUCUCUUCAUCCAGGCAAGCAGGAGUCAUUAUUGCUGUUCAAGCACAUAUUCCAGUUGGGCAAAAGCUCUUAAGGAAGGCACAGGGAACAGCCAGGAAGCGAUGUGGCCUGGGCAGAAUCCCAAGAACUGGAUUGAGAGGCCUGGCCCUUGAGCCUGAAGUUCCUCACUCCUCUUGUUUUAGAAAAAUCCCUGGGUUGGGUACCCAGGUACAGUUUUUAAAAAUAGAGAAAUCCUCUGAAACUCUUUGGAAAGUUUUCUGCACUGGAGCCAAAGCUAAUAGCAGAGCACUAGUGUAAGGAUUAUUAGGGUGUUAGUGUGAAAGUGUCACACUCAACCAGGUUCCUAUGCCAUGUUGUGGCAUUAGGAUGGAAUCCUACUGAAGUCAUGCUGUAUAUACGGUAUGUAUUGCAUGGUGUGCUUUUCAGGAUAGCAUAACAACCACUUCGAAGAAAGGAUUAACACCCAUGGAGCACGUUGUACCUCCAGAUGCAGACACUACUACCAAAAGUUCUAGUGACAAAUUUAGUUUCUUGAGAUGAUAAGUUGUAGGGUGUCCAUGGUGCACAUAAUGGUGUUAGUUUUGCUUUAUAUGUUUGGGUUUUUUUGCUCUGGGGGAGGGACCAUAGCUCAAUGGUACAUAUGCACUUUGUAUAUAGAAGGUCCCAGAUUCAAUCCCUGGCAUGUCCCAGUUAACAGGUCUGGGAAAGAUCUAUUUCCAGCUGACACCUUGGAGAAUCGCUAUUGAUCAGAUUAGAUAAUGCUGAACUCAACUGACCAAUUGUGUAACACAGUGUAAAGCAGCUUAAUUUGCUUCCUUCCUUCUCAUUGUCAUUUAUGUUAUGACACCGAAACCUGUUUCUUGUCUAGUCGUAUGGCUGUAAGGCAGGCAGUAUACCUGCAACAUCUAAUGUACUCAGAGCAGUUCCACAUGCUAUAGUUGCUGUGGGAAGCACCUGUACUGUACAGUGUUUGCUGCAGAAAACAUGUAAAAUGUGGCCAUCAUAUGCAUUUGCACACCUGUCUCAAAAUCACUGUGUAUGUGUCUCGGAACCUCAAAUGGGGGCAGCUUUAGAUGUUACAAUUGCUCUGUAAAACAUUGGUGCUAUGUUGGUGUUUCCUGCAGUUGCACACAUGCAAGAUGUGAGCAUUACACACCCACCCACACAAAAUUGCCUGGGAACUUUGAGUACACAGGAACUGACUGACUUGGAUUUGUUGCUGUAUAACAUGUGAAGAAGGCCUAAAUAUUUAGGGGGGAAGAAAAAUACCUGUUAUCAUUGCUUUAGAUAUGGACCUGUCUAAUUGUGCCCUGAAUGCUGAGAUGUACCAGCUUCCUCUUCCCAGUUUUUCAGUGAGUUUCUAUUUGACAAAUACUAUCUCCCAUGGGCAUAGCCAAAGGGGGCAGGAAGGGGCAGCCCCCCAAAUAAAUAAAAAUCAAUAAAGUACUUAACUAAAUGAGGUUCUGCCCACCUGUAACAUAAAGCCUGCCCCCCUAACAAAAAUCCUGGUUACACCCAUGCUAUAUCCCACAGUAGCUCACGUCAAUUAAAAUAAAAGAAUGUCAGGCCCUGCUCUCAGAUAGGUUUACAAGCUAAGAAGACAAGACACAAAAGGGAAGGAGAGUGAGGGGAAUAGGUAUUUAAUUUAAUUUAAAUAUUUAGAAACCACACUUCCAUAUAAAAUAUCACAACACAGAAAUGGAGAUCAGUUUGACAAAGCCAGAACAACAUAGUAAACUGCAAGCAGGCAUUUUUAUCCAAUCUGGACUGGACUGGUAUUUCCUUGCUAAUGUUUUUGAUUGGGUAAAGGUGAUGCAACUAUCUUGUGGCCCUUAUUCUUUUGGCCAGUGGUAAAAUGUCUUUCUUUUUGCCUUGGAAGUCCCAGAAUAAUUGGAACUGAGUGGGUUGGGGUUUUCGUUGGCAGGAAUGGGAAAGUCAAGAACCCUUCAAACUGCUUUUUCUCUUGCUGAUAACUGAGGCCAGGCAGGCGUUUCCUUUCCCAGAGCCAGAUUUUCAUAUAGUUUCCCCCAAAGUUCACCAUGAAAACUACUGUCUCAAGAGCCAAAAAGCUAGCAUCUUGACCUCCAGAUGCCAGAAAUCCCCCAAAGCAAUGUCAUGUCCAGGUUUAGUUGGACCUAAGCAAAUGUUCAAUUUAAGAGUGGCUUUGGAUGUUAAGAAAUGCCACCUGCUAUAUGUGAAAUCCUGUCUGUAUUCAACUGGCAGCACUUAACGAUCACAUUUUGAAGGGGAAGUUGUACAAGAGCACUUGUGCAGGCCGUGCUUGUACAACGUAAGUUCCUCUUCAAAUGUUUCAAAAAGUGCUGCCAGCUAAUUCAGAAGACACUAGACAUCUAGCUGGCAGCACAUCUGGAGUUCUCUGAGUGUCAUAAUGUUGUUUGUGUACUGCUGCAGUAUUGCAGCUGAAGUGGAUAUCUAGUCAAUUGUACCACAGCCUGAUGAUUGUCAUCUUGUGGCAACAUGAAGAUGGGGUUCUGCAUGUUUAUUUUAAUGUUUUGAUGAAAUUGUUUUAUUGUGUAUUUAAUUAUGUGGGUUUUUUUGUAAUCGGUUGUAUACUUGUGAACCGCUUAGAAACCACCUUGGCAAUUAAUUGUUAUAUGAGUGAGUGAAUGAAUGAAUGAAGUAAUGUCGGCAAUGAUAAGAAUCCUUCAUUUUGUUGCAGAGCAAAUCUGCAAGGCAUAUAAGCAAAUAACUGCAUCUGUAACCUGACUCCAUCAGUCAGUUACUCUAAACUCAUUUAGGGAACAGAAACUUCUGACCUUUAUGUGUUCAAUCAAAACUAACCACACCAGGUGAAAUUUCAGGUACCAUAUACUUACAUCAAGAGAUUUGGAUCAAGUAUUACUUGACUAGAAUAGUAAUGUUGGGUCCUAAGCAAGGUUCCUAUGGGGAAGAUGGUGGGACUUAAAAAGGUACAAUUAAGCAGAUAGGAAGUGAGAAAAAUGUGCCAUACACUGCAGUUGAGUGAUUCUGCGUCAGGGUUGUAUUAUUCCAAAACUGCUGAACGUUUGCUUGCCUCGCUGUUGGUCUUAUGUGUGAUUUGGGCACUUGACUUACAGCUGUUACAGUGGUACCUUGGGUUAAGUACUUAAUUCGUUCCGGAGGUCCGUUCUUAACCUGAAACUGUUCUUAACCUGAAGCAUCACUUUAGCUAAUGGGGCUUCCUGCUGCUGCCGCGCCACCAGAACACAAUUUCUGUUCUCAGCCUGAAGCAAAGUUCUUAACCUGAGGUACUAUUUCUGGGUUAGUGGAGUCUGUAACCUGAAGCGUAUGUAACCCAAGGUACCACUGUAGUUCAAAAGCCUCACUUUUUGUCUUACAAGUUGCUAUGCCUGCCUGCAAAUAAUAACUUAGGGUGACAUGUGCAAUGCUGCACAAAAUUAAGGUGUUAGAAUUGCAUGGCAGAGAUGCUACUUGGAAUUAGCCAUUUUUUAUAAGAUCCAUGUCCUGGUCAUUUGUCACUAGACUACUGCAGUCUUCUGCUCUGUAAUCCACCAUUGUUUCACCUUGCCCACCCCCCUCAGACCCAACAUUGGCUUCUUCUGUCCACUCCCAGAUCAGGCACAAGCUUUUCAUAUUUACCUUCAAAACCCUCCACAGACAUGCAACCCGAUCCUUAUCUCUUAGCUAUUGUGUGCUGCUGACACAUCCCUGCCUGUGACCUUUACUUUUCCAGUUUCAUGACUCUCACUUAUCCAGAGGUUUCCUGCUCCCUGAAAAAUGUUUCUGCCUUGCCACUCUGUAUGCCAGGAACUUCCUCCAAAUCCCUCUUAGGAACUCACCUGCGCUGCAAAGCCUUUGGAACAAGCCCCUAGUUCCAAUACCCUGAAGUCACAAUUUAAGUAAACAUAUAUUCUUCCCCUAUUUAUCCCUACCUCCAUUUCCCUCUGUUGUUUCCCUGUUUUCACAUUAUGAGCCUCUUGAGGACAGGGACCUGCCAAGUCUGUCCUUUUACAAAGCACCAUGGUGCAAUGUGAAUGAGUAGGGUUGUCAUAUUCCCAAAACUGAAAAUCCGGACAAAGCUGUUGAGCUUUAAUAAAAUUAAGUGCCUUCACUCUGUUCCCCUCACUCUCACCCCUUCCCAUGAAGUUUGUACAGUUAUUGAGCUUGUGGAACCGUGAGCAUGAGGAACCUUGAGCCCCCCCAAAUGUUGCUGAGCUCCAACUCCCAUCGGCCCUGGCAAGCAUGGUCAAUGACCAGGGAUGAUGGAAAUUGUUGCCCAGCAACAUCCAGAGGGCAAAAUGUUUCCCACACCUGAUGAUAAACUGUGCAUAGCUACUGCUGCUGUCAGGGCAGGACUUCAGGGCAGAGGUCCAGGGCCCCACUUUGCAGAAUGGGUAGGCAGGCCACCAAGUGCAGCUUACCACAUGCUGAAGUAAGUAAAUACAGAUUUUCAUUUGUAUCAUGUCUCAUCUAUUUUCAGUGCCAGGGCUUCACCCUGGAACAUGUGAAGUCACCAUGAGUGAAUAUGUAUUGCUGAGCAGGUUCAGAGUUCAUGUCCUUUACCAUUGAGCAAUGGUAGAGAGCCUCAACGCGUCCAGGGUUACAGUGGUAUUUCCAGGUAGAAACCCUGAGCAUCACUUUUGGAACAUAAGCCUUCUCCUUUAGGGCUCAUCCACACUUUUGUUUGUCCUGUCAUUUCUAGGCAUGGGUCUGAUAGGUUUUUAUUUUCUCCUGUCACUUCUCCCUGGAAAACUUGCUGGUUACUGCUGAAUCAGAACAAAUGUCAUUUGGGAUUCUGUGGAUUGAUGCAGUAAACAGCAGGUUUUCCCGGGGAAAGCAGCGAGAGAAAAGGAAAAACCUAUUGGACCUGUUCCUAGAAAUAACAGGAGAAGCAGAAGUGUGGACAAGCCCUACAUUUCAAAAUUAAGCCUCGGGCCAGGGCCAGUUUUAUUCUUAAAAAGCCUGCUGCAGGUUCUCUUUAUACAACCCCAAAAGACUGAAAACUCUGUAAGUGAGCUCUGGUCUCAGUUUUCAUCAGCUUUAUAAUCUUAUCAACUUUAAAAACAAAACCAGAUGAUUAGCCAAUUUAUUUAAAUUCCUUGCUAAGAGUUGCUCAACCUGCUGUGCCUCUCACUGCACUUUGGGAAGGCUGUCCAGAGCUAAAUAUAGCGGAGCUUUCUCUGGACUGCAGUGUGGGUCAACAUGUCACUCAGUAAAAUUUACAUGGAAAGUAAGGUGGGCAGCCAGCUCUUAUUUUCAGCCUUAGGAUUGUGUGUGCUGGUAAGUCAGCCCUCCCCAGAUUUCAUAUUUAGACCAGCAGCUUAUUUUUUCAAGGGAGACUUCCAAGCCUUGUAUGUCUAAACACACACAAUAUUUACUGUCGCUAACUAUGAAAUAUAUAAACUGUUGGAUUUCCUUUCCACCACUACUUUAACACUCAUAUCCGGAAGCCAAAUUAAAAGUGGAGGAACAGAUAGUUAAAAUGCAUGUCUGCCCCGUUCAUAAAUAGAUAGUAUGGGGAGGUCUGCUCUUUAUGUAAAACUCAUCCUCCCCUUCUCUCAUGGUACUUUGUGUCGCUUGGUUGCUUUAAACCAUGUUUCCCCAACAUGAUACCCUCUAGAAAAGGCCAGCCCAAGAAAUUUUGGCACUAUUUCCUCCUGCCAGGGAAGAAAGGGUCUGGGUAGAUCUACAUCAUGAACAAAGGGAGAGGGGGAGAAAAAUAGGAUCAACAAUGGGAUCUGUUGCCCAGGGUGGACCCUGUCGCCUGAGAUAGUCUUCUCACCUCACCUCAUGAGCUGAUUUCCCCCAAACCACAUGCACCUGCUCCACAUCUGAUAUAAACAUUAGUGUGAGCACAUGAGCACAUGGGUUUGUCCAAAAGGCUCAUGGUUUGUUCUGGAGACCUAAAGCACAAAUCCACAUUCUGGUGACACACUAAACCAAACAUGGCUUAGCCCAGAGUAGAGCAAAAUGUCUGACCAGGAGCAAAGCAGCCAUGAUAUCCUCUUCGGGAGUCCCUAUACUGGCAUGUUCAAACUAAGCCAUGGUUUCACUUAGUGUGACAUGCGAUCCAGGUCACACUAUCCCACUUCUCCUAGUUUUUUACAAGGUUUGUAAGCAAGCAAGCAAAUGGGGGAACUUCUGCCAUUUCUACUUUCCAGUGAAUAUAUUCUUUUCAAAAUUCUCAAUUGUAUAGACCAAUUCAUUAAGAAUAAAUUUGUUACCCAUGUCUGCUAAAUGAAACCUCUCUGUUCAGAGACCGUAUAUCUCCAAAUGCCAGUUGCUGGAGACCAACAACAAAGGUUGCCCAUUGUCUUCAUGCUUUGUCUUCCAGGGCAUCUGGUUGGCAAUUAGCUGGAAACAGAAUGCUAACUAGAUGGACCUAUGAUCAGAUCUAGUGGAGCAGUUCUUUCAUUUUUGCUGUCCAAAGUUUAAAUCGGGUUCAAUGGCCAUUUUGAAUUGCCCACCAAGUUGGAUGGCAUUAAAAGGGGGUUCAGCAAGUUCAUGGAGGAUAAGACUAUCAAUGACUGCUAGUUAUGAUGUACUAUACCUCCAAUAUCAGAGGUAGAAUGCUUCUGAAUACCUGUUGCUGUGAAUCACAAGUAGGGAGAGUGCUGUUGUGCUCAAGUCCUGCUUGUGAGCUUCCCAUAGGCCUCUGCUUGGUCACUAUGAGAACAGGAUUCUGUACUAUCUGGGCCUUGUUCCAGCAGAGCUUAUGUACCCUUUAUCGCACUGAUGGGAAGCUGUCAUGAGAACCUCAGUCUGGUGCUUCCUGGGUGGUUCAUGGUGAUCUAGCAGUUUGAGAUCUACUGACACCCUUGAAAGUGAUGAAUUUCAGAAGUAUCAGACUGAACUGGAAAGGAUCAAGGGAGAAUUAAUAUGUGUGCUGGGUGGGGAGACUCUUUAUCUCUUGGUAAAGCUGUGGGAAUAAGAAAUCUCCUUUAGAGAAGAAGGAAUGUUGUUUGGACUGACAUACUUGGAGUUACCUAAUUUAGAUGAAACUUGAGACACUAAAGAUAUGGGGGACAUGAAACUGGACCUUACACUCCCAUCCAAACAAUCUACUUACGGUAACUGUAAAGCCAUGCAAAUUGUGCCAUCUCUUAAUAUUGUUGAUAGGUUUGUUCUUAAAUAAUAUUAGCUGGUACUUGUGCUAGAGAUUUCGUCAAAUUUUAAUUCAGUUUUCAAACUAAGGCAGAGUUUCUCAGACUUUUCAAAGUUGUUAUUUGUUUUAUUUUAUUUAAUAAUAUUUUUAUAUGGCUUACAUUAAAAGAAAUCUUGGUUUACAAAAGAAACAGUUUGCAGAAGUGUUACUGGUGACCCUCCCUCCCCUGGAUUUUUUUUUCAGCCACAUAUCCUGAGACUUGAAAAUAUAGUGAUUGCCUGUUAAAAAUUAUUGCAUACCUAGAAAGUCAAUAGGUAACUUAAGAAUAAUACUGUAAUUUGGUUUACUAUACAUAUUAUAUUUGAAGUUUAAUUCUGUGUGAAAAUAAACUUUUUGACCUGGUACAUAGCUGGGUGUGUUUCUUGUGAUUUCUCCAAAAAAACAGCACUCUAGCCUGCAACCUGCUUUGGGUCACAACCCACUGAUUGAUAAUCUCUGAAUUCAGGACUAGAAAGGCUAUGUUGGUAGAAUAACCCUAUCUGGAUCAUGGACAAGUUUAAAAUCCCCAAAUGCCUUAAAUAUGAUUGCCAAACCACACCUUGACAGAUGGACUCAGAACAGUUGCUCAGAUCUCAAAACCAUACUAUGGCAACCUUCAGUGAAGAAAGAUGCCUGCACAAAACAUCAGCUGAAUGAAGGUUAGAAAAACUCAGCUUAAUAACAAAUAGUUUGAAUGCAUCAGUAAGUAUGAAGGAAUCUGCUUUGUUCUCUUAUGCAGCAGCCUCUGGCUUAUAAAGGGAUGUGAUGCUGCCCAGGCAAGUUCUAUGGAUGUGUGGCUUGCUGGUUCCACAAGAGGCAGACUCCUGUCAUCUGCUUUAGCUUUGAUUUCUUACAUUCUAAAUUGUGCUGAAGAAGACUUAAUUAUUACUGAGGCAUGAGCAUUCAGGAUGGGGAACCUGUGGUCCUCCAGAUGUUGAUGGACUCCCAUCAGUCCCAGCCAGCAUGGAUGCUGCUCAGUGAUGAUGGGAGUUGUAAUCCAACAACAUCUGGAGGGCCACAGGUUCCCAACCCAUGACUUAGGGACUCUUGUUCUGAUUCAUCAGCAGUGCUGGCUCCAGGGUUUGGGAGACCGCUGGGCAAGGUGCCCUCAACAAGCUCCCCUCUUCUCCAAGGCAUCACUGCCUGUUCAUUUGCCUUCUCCCUCUGGACCCAAUCUGAAUAGUUGUCCUGGGAAAAGUGGGUGGAGGUUUCUCCAUCUCCAUUGGCUUGAUUACAGAAGAGGGCAGGUGAACAGGCAGCAACAGCAAGGGGCAGGAGUUGCAGGGCCAAGAGGCACCAGAGGGUGUCAGUGUGCCCCCAGCAGGGAUGUUCACUUUAACAUGUGCUGUACUGUACAGUGCCUAUCUGUGAUGCUGACCCUGUCCAGUGAGAGAAUUCCUUAUAUCUUUAGUCCAAGGGUAGCUAAAACAUUAGGACCACAAUAGAAAUGGACAAACUGCAGCCUAUCUAUUACAUUAGAACUUGUGCUAUGUGUAACCAAUGAGUUGCUUGCUAAUUAAUAAGCUGUAUGGAGUAUGAUUCAUGUUUGUCUUUACACAGCACAGUUUUUGGUUUCUUAGUGACUUCAGUGUUCAUACUCCAUGGUCAACCCAUUAUCAACAGGGUGCCUUUCAGCCCUGAGUUAUACCGUAUAUGGGUAAUGCAGUACCAUGUAUGGAAUAAUUUGAGAGAAUGUAUAUCCAAGUGUAUAUCCAAGUGCUCAUUGUACAGCUUGGGAAUCACUGCUAAGAACCGCUCUUUCUCAAAGACCCUCCCUUUUCUUUUGGGUUUUGUUCUCUUGACUCAUUGUGUUUCUUUCGCCACUCAUCAUCUAAGUCAGGGUGGAAGGGGCUACCCAGUCUACGUAAAAGCUUCCAAGGAAUGCCCAUGAGUCUGCAGGAAGUGGCUUUGUGCUGCUUGGGUGGAUGACUCAGCUGGCGGUGGCUUUUACCCCCCUGUGUUAAUACUGACUCAGCAUCCCUUUGUGGAAUUAUAUAGACCCUGUGCUGCUGGAGCCCUCCCUUUCAAACAGUAAAUAAAACUAGGGAUCAGGGCAAUUAAAAUUCCAAGGGUGUUUUGUGACCUGGCCAGAUUCCGAGAUGAAUUAUAGCUCUAAAUGCUUUCUAAAGCUUUUAACAAGAUAAUAGUUUGGGGAGGGGAAUCUUUUUAUACUGCAUUGUGCUGCACUGUGUGACUGCUACCAUUUGACAUCCCAACAAGCAGCAAAAAAUAAAAGUGUCCUCUGUAAUAUGAGAGCAGUUUUGAAAUUGGUUAUUUGCAGGCUUUGUGAUAUCUAUAUGAACAGUACGAUCAAGACGUCAAGGUGCUUGCGUGUGGUUAAUAGUCUUAGAAUUCAAUGUUCAGCAAUCAAAAUCCUUGGUGCCUGGAACUGAUAUAGGAGAAAUAUGAUUUUUCUGGUUCAGUUUUGUUGUUCUGGCUGUGUAUUUUAUAUUCUUGUGUGUCAACCACUCUGUGGUUUUCUAAAUUAAGAGCAGUACUGAUCUAAUAAAUAAAAUAGACCCCCAUUGUCAAAGGACUGGGGGCGGGGGGUGGGGAGAGAUAUUCUGUAUCGCAGCCUUGGCUAGCAGGUGAUCUCCAGUUACCGGUAUUUAGGACUACAACUCCCAUCAGCCUCAAGAAGCAUUGGUGCCCUGGAGAGCUUGUGAAGUCUGCUGUAGUGAGUAAAGAGAGAACAUAUUCUCUACUGCUUAUGCAGAGAACAUGGGAUUGCCACACUUAUAAUUCAGGAGUGUAUACUGCUAAGUGGAAUGUCACAUAGGUUUUUUUCUAAUAAACACUUUGUAAUGCAUCUGUGUUCAAUGGGAAGGAUAUCUCUGGGGCUUAAACCAUCAAUUGCUAGAGGCUGCAACUGAACCUCAUCAGCUAACUGAAACCCUGACUAUUUUCAUAUGUACUGUUUUUGAGUCUUCCUUCUGCUCUUAGGGUGUAUAUAUGUAAGUCAGCAAUGCAAAUUAAAAUGAACUUGUAUAUUUUGCAAAAAAUCUUAAACUAAAGCUUUUUUUAAAUCAUGUUUUUAAAUUGAUUGAUUUCAACCUUGCUGCCAGUUUUAUGCCACACAACAGAUCUAUUUUAUCAGAAGUGCAUUUUUAACCUCUCCCUCCUCCCUCAUAAUUUGUUCUGUUGAGUUGUACAUGUCUAUUGUGUUGUUAUUAUUAUUAAACUCUCCCUUUGGUUAUUAUCAACAUAAUAUUACAUGCUAUGUUUUAAUUUAUUUCAUUUAUAUCCCACCUUUCCUCCAAGAGCCUCAAGGCCACCUGCAUGGUGGAAGGGCGGGAGAAUAAAUAAAUAAAUUGCAUGAAGAAGCCACAUGCUCCAUUGACUUCCAUGUAGAUGGGCUGCACUUUCAAAUGUUAAAAAAUCAGCUACAUUUUGCACAUGAAGUAAAACUCAAGAUACAGCAGGGAUUCCUGUUUUCAGUGCUGACUUUCCCUCUCCAGGCUCCUCAGCCACAGGCUCAGGUAACACAUGCACACUAAAGAUAUCCCAAAGCAUUGUUGUAGAGCCCCCACUUUAAUCUAUCUAUCUAUCUAUCUAUCUAUCUAUCUAUCUAUCUAUCAUCUAUCUAGUUUUAUUUAUUAAAUUUGUAUACCACCCUUCAUCCAUAGAUCUCAGGGCAGUUCACAAUGUAAAAUGCAAUAUAAUGUAAAAUGCAAUAUAAAUAAAUAACAAAAAUAAAAACCACAAACCGAUAAACCUCCCUCUCCCCCACCAUCUUUAUACAUUUAUAUAAAAAUAUGUACCUUGUUUGUUUGUUUUAUCUCAAGGUGGUUUUUGGGGAAAAGUUAAUUCACAGUUACAUUUCUGGGAUAGUGAAGGGGAAAUUGUUUGUAAGCACUUCUCAACUGUCCUUGCCAUCUCUAACCUAUUUAACACUCACUUUAAAACAACUACAGCACCAAACUAUAUACAGGGUUCCCUGGCCUUGAUGUAUCAAAUGUUCCUGCGGGCAUCAACAGAAAGACCAAAUCACAUUAUUAUUUUUUAGAAAAGUAGUCAUCCUGAGGAGCACUGUCACUUUGAUUUAAUAGCAUUUUGCCUAAAGGAUUCCAGUAUGGUUUGCCAACAUAUAUUCAAAAGAGGCCAUUAAGCUGCUCAGAUGUCUGAAGCCCUAAUAAUGACAGUAAUCUUAUUCCUAUCACUUUACUGGCAAGACACUGUCUCAAACUGUGUCACUCAUUUCUAGCAUGUUUGUAGAUACACUGCUGACCACAGGCAUACGACGACUUCCAAAUGGCAGCUGGUUUUUAGCAGAGGUCUUGUUUUGAAUCAUUUCCACACCUCCCGCCUCCCGAUGGGACGGAGCCACCAAAAUAUUUCAGUGUGUUCAAACUGCAGUAAAUUUGUCAGCACAGAUCUGAAUAUAAUUUCUAUGUAGGUGAUAAUAGGUCACUGUGGUCUGGAAUGUUCUGGACAGAUGCAAGUUGAAUCUGCUUCAGGGUUGCUAAACCAUAAUAAACACCAGUGUCCUUGGAAAGAAAGUGAAGUAGAAAGCUCUCCACAAUGCAGUUUAGGAAAAACUUUGCAAGGCAAAAUAUAAUUACCACUGCAGGCAUUUGGCCUUCCUAAUGAUCACUCCUCUCCACUCAUCCCAGCCAUGAAAACUGACUCUAGUUCUCAUGACCGCAGGCGGUCAAGUGUCCUUAUUUCUCUUCUGAAUGAGAGAGACCACUUCCUAGCUUCAUUCUGUAGCCCUGAUUCAGGUCUGACUCAGAGAGGAAGCUUAGGCACCAGUUAAGUCAACUACAUCAUCACUUCCCCUACGGCCCCCGUAAGUUUAACUUGGCCACUUAGCAAGAUCUUGACUUGAGGCAGCCAAUUAAAGCAAGAUAACAAAAGAGCAACGCACAGUGAUGGCAGAGUUGGUUGGGUUCUGUUGUUAUUUUCUUUAAUAAUUGGGUCUUGGGUUGAACAUCUCUCAAAUGUAAAACCUUCACAGAAUUGGCAAUGACUGUAUAGUUUAAAAGUCUCUGUUUGGCCAGUGCUGACUACACGCUUACACAAUUAUCCCUGGCCUGGAAAAAGAUCUAAACCACAAUGGCUAAGUAUAGAGGUUUCUAAAAUAUCUUCAUAUAUACAGUGCCUGAAUACACAAACACAACCAGCCUCUCUUCUGCCUACAAGAGCAAUAUUUUCCAUAGGAUUCAUAUUGACAUAGGUUUUGCCCCUGCAGUCCUGCUUAUCUACAAAAAUAAAGCCUCUACCAUUGCAUGCCUGUCCUGAACCCCACAUCAUCUCUGUCUGAAACCCAAUAUAAGCAGUGGGUGGCUUCUGCCAACCCCAUCUAAGGUGUAAAAACAAGCGCUUUCCUCCUCCCUGGUUCAGUAACUUUUAACAGGGGCUCAUUUAAAGAUAAUAUAUAGUAGCUUCAAAACACCAUAGUCUGAAAAUACAAAUAAUAGGAUUCACACAUCAAGAUUUCAGAGAAUCAAAAUAGAAUUCAUCAGAAACAAAUGUAUCUCAGUGUUGCAGUUGAUUGCAGGCUGAAUGCAAGUCAGCAGUGUGACGUAGCUGCAAAAUGAGCUAAUGCUAUUCUGGACUGCAUUAAGGAUGGUAAUAAAGGUGAUCAGGGAUGUGGGAAAGACGUUUUGUAAGGAAAAGCUGAAAGAAUUGGGUAUGUUGAGCCUGGAAAAAGAAGACCAAGGAAAAAGAAAUGGGGGAAUCUUGGUUUUGGUCAACUGAAAAAUACCGAAGACCUGGAUUCUAAAGACCUGUUCUUUCAAUUUUAAAUAAGAACAUGUUACUAGCCCCUCUCGUCUCCAUUUGAAAUGUUUGCAACUAAAUGUCAAAAUAGAAGAAUCCUGUUGUAACUUUUUUUCAGACUUUAAAUUCAGUGGGUUGCAUCCAGACUCAUCCAGACUAAAGUUGAAUUUAUGUUCCAUUAGAAUUAAUGGAACAAGUUUCAGUCCUGAUGUAAGUCCCGUUGAUUAUGUUGAGAUCUUAGCGCAACUUACUUGGGCUGCAAUCCUUGCCAUGCCUACUCAGAAAUAUGUCCCACUGAAUUCAGUGGUGCUUACUCUCAGCUAAGUAGGGUUAGAAUUUCAGCCUAAGUCUAGAUUCAACCCAAUAUAUUUAAAAUUAAGCAUCUCUGUGAAAACAUGCCUCCCCACCCCCCUUAAUUUACUCCAGUUGCAGAAUCUGAAUGGUCUGACUGCAACAACUUUUUAAACAACUUUUUAAAAAUGCUGAAUUCCAGACCUGGCAGGUUAUAUUUUGUAAUGAAAACUGAGCUCCUUUAGGCCUCUGCUACUUUCCUGCAUGUUUAGUUCUGCGAAAGUACAGAUGGGUCCUUUGAGGUUUGUUUGUGGUGAGACACACAUCCCUAAGUGCAUAACGUAAUUCGGCUGGAUCUUGGCCAAGGGUGGAGAUGGCAUAUGAUUAGAUCUCUGGAUAACUGUCAGAGACUGGAGUUAACCUGAGCGGUGAGUCCCUUAGCUGCAAACAAGCUCAAACCUCCAUUCACCUAGCAAGAGCUGUGCUGCACAUGAGCAGCUUGCGUGCCUGUAUCGUAUCUCUUGCACUAUGCCUUUUGCACAAAUGGACACGUAACCUUUUCCAAAGCUUGUGGUUUUGCAAGCAGCACUUUGUGUGUGCAUGUCUGAAUGAGCGAGAUGCAUAACAUACUGUAUUAAGCACUGAGAAUAGCAUCUUGGCCCAUCGGCAGUUCCCAUACUGUGGGAGUGGUGAUCUGAAUUCAAGCCCAGGUUGUGUGCCUUAAGGAGCAACACCUGGGUUUAUGCUUGAGUUGUGAGUUUUCCCACAGACGUAGGUGGUACUUGGAUGUCUCUCCUCUCUGUGCUAUUAUGGUGCUUCCCUCAGGAAUGCUAUGGCCAUGGGUUAUAAAUACUGGCAUCAAGUCAGGACAGGGGAAAUCCACCCAGGUUUUGGAUAAUGAGGCCUUCUUCUCCCUCUUUGUGGGGCCCGCAGACAUCUAUGUAUGUUUUUGUGGUUGACAGAACUCUGAAUAUGGGAACUUCUGUUUUCCUCAGUAAGGAGCAAGCCUGCUGUGAGCAAUGGCUCACAUAAAUACAGUAUUUAUUUACUAAUUUUUACAUUAUUUAUGGGGGAGAUCUGAACUCUGCCUCAGCAUCAGUCCCCAUCUGUAAUAUCUAAUAAAUAAUCAAACAAACCUAAGAAAUAAAUAAGUUAAAAAAUAUUUUAAAAUGUGUUGGGGAGGGUGGGUUUAUUGGCUGUUUUUUAUUAUUAUGUAUUUUUUGUUUUUAUAUUACGAUUUUAUGUUGUAACCACCCUGAGACCUGCAGGUACAGGGCGGUAUACAAAUCUAACAAAUCUUACAGGGUUGUGGUAAGGAUUACAAUUAGAUAAUACAUGUGUAGUGUUUUGAACAUUUGAAAGUGCUCUUAUCAUCAUCAUCAUCCUUCCUGUCUUCCUGACUAUAUUUUGUUGCCUCUUCCAAUGUUGGCUUUUUUGUUAUAUCCAGUCAUUAUUCCACUUGACUUACUAGCAAGCUGGAUUCUGCAGAGUGAACACCAUCAGGGUUUGAAAAGCAAGUAAACUUCAGAGCCAGCCUGAUAACAUUUUGGGGUUGGUUUGUUUUUUGCUAGUGACCGCAACCUUGGACUAGCCAGGCUCUACCUUGGCUCUCUGCCCAUUUCCUUUCCCCAUGACUUUAUCUCCAUGCCAAGAACAGCUGUACCUGCUAAGUAUUUGCAUGUCAAGAUGCUGUUAAAACUCCAGGAACGGGCCAGUUAAAAAUCUGGCAACCCUCACUUCAGCCAGUGGCCUCUUUAAACUGGAGUUCUGACUUCUGUUCACUGGAGAUAGAGAAGUGAGGCAGUUGAAGCUAGGAUGCUCCAUUUCUCAGCUGCAGUGAAGGAGGGUUCUUGCUGAAUCUGUUUAAAAGCAGCACAGAUCAAAACACAAAGAGGGGAUAGAAAGGGAGGAGAAGAGCACUAAGCGCCUCCCAUUCUCUCCUGAUAAUCCUUUAAAAAUAAUUGCAGCCCCAAACUUCUGGCCUCCAGCAAAUUUUCCACUCCAUUAGAGGCUUUUGUGAAACUGGGGAAAGAAACCCGCAGACUUGCAUAUUGUGGUGUUGCCUGAAACUUCCAGCUGGGAUUUUUUUCCAUCAAAAGGGGAUUUUAGUAAAACCAUUAUAAGGGGCUUAGCCACAGAAAAGCAUCUGAGCUGUGAGACAGGGGUAGAUUAGCAUCAAUGGGCUUGUUUUUUGGCACUGCAGACAAGGGAAGCUGCACAUGUGAAUUCCCUAUACUGUAGUGGGUUGCCUUCUUGCCAGGUGAGUGACUGGGGUGCACUGACAUGCAUAUCCUGCAAUGGAAGGGAACUAAGAGUGUGUGAUGGUUCAGACAGGUUUCCUGGUCAUGGGACAGAAGCCAUUCCCUUCUGGACCCUGUUUUAACGCCCUGAGUAAAAAUAACAGGACACUUGCACCACACUGAUAUGUAUAUAUUGCUGGGAAUUUGAGUGCCUAUUCAAAUCAUGGGUAGGAAUGUUAAUUAACUGUUGAAUUUAAACCAUCCAAAAUAAAGUUAGGUCUUCAAUGGGAACACCAAGUCCCCUUCUAAUGUUACCUAUGCAGAUCAAUAAAAAAAUUGCAUAACACGCAAAUUUGCAGUAUGCUUUUUUUCCUGUUGUUUUAAUGCAUGGCCUUCUAAAAUGUGUUUGGGGGUUAUUGGCUUGUUGUUGUUUUUAUUUUGUUUAUAUAUUUCGUUGUUUUAUAUUCUGAUUUUAUUCUGUGAACUGCCCUGAAACGUGUGGGUAUAGGGCGGUAUAUAAAUUCAAUAAAUAAAAAAAAUGUGUGGGAUUCUAGGUCUGGUGUUUUAUGGUUAGUUUCUUAAAAAAAGAACCAUAACUCUGAUGUCAAUUUAUAUAUGGAAACUAGAGCGAAGGCUGCACUGGAUGCUGUAAACAGCCAUGAAUGUCCAGCAGUACUCUAGACUAGUCUCCCUUUAAUGCUGAUUCCCCCGAGAUAUAGAGCUAUAGCUGGAUCUUCUGGAAGAAGAAACUAAAUCAGAUUUAACACCCAAUUGCUACAAGGAAAGCACAACCACACAGUAAGACACUUCCUGAGUUCCUGUUCCAACAGUGCUCAUGAGAAUGUAUUCUGUCAUUUUGGAAAUAUGCUAUUAAAGUGUUUUAUAUAUUUGGAGCUCUAUAGUAACUUGCUAGGCUUUUAGGCCAUUUCAUGUUUUGGAUAAUGUAGGUUUGCCCAAGGUUAGGGAAAGUGUGGCCCUCCAUGAUGUUGUUGGACUACAGCUCCCAUCAUCCCUGACUGUUGCGUCUGGAGAUUUAUCUCUCUUUCUGGAUAGUAUUAACAAAACUUCACAAAGCUCUCAUACGUAGAUUUAUUGACGAUAAUCAAGGCACAUGUAGAAAUAUUAUUCACAUUCCAAUAGGCUGUUCUGUGGCUCUGAAUGAAGAUGGUUAGAAGCUUUUUAUGAAGUUCUCUGUGGAGCUCACGAAGUGAGUUCACCCUUCUUCUUGGGUUUGCCAUAACUAGACUGCCACAAGAUUACAAAGAAGUAAGGGAGAUAUUUUCCUGCUCUCUGGCAAAGCCAAUAAAAAGUAGAAUAUUUCUGUGCCUACAUUUCCCAACCUGCCUUGGGGUCUAAAAAGGGUCAGCAUUGUUAUUCCUUCUACCUAAUACUAAUACACACAUUUGCUAUCACUAAAUACCUGAACUCUGUGGGGGCAGACCACUGACCACUGUCUGUCCUGGCUGGGGCUGAUGGUUGUGGGUGCCCAACAACAUCUGGAGGACCACAGAUUCCCUCCCCGUGCUCUCACCUAUGAAUUAUCAUUUCUCAAUAACAAUUAGUCUUUGCCACAAUGCGUUGUACUAUGUUUGCUGUAAUAUAUUGUGGCUACCAAAUUAUAGAAGCAGUUAUAAUGCCAGAAAUCCUUUUAUAGCCUUAUGGCAUUUUCCUUUAAGUCAGGGGUGGGGAACCUGUGGCUCUCUACACUACAGCUCCCAUCAUUCCAGGCUGUUACCCAUGCUAGAUGUGAGUCCCAACAGCAUCUGGUUCCCCAGCCCUGUUUUAAAUUAACCUAGCUUCUCAGGUAUGCACAUAGCUGAGCUGAACUGGUAAUGUAGGCAGUGUGACUUUUAUGCAUGUGUGGCAUAAAAUAAAAGGUAUGCUGUCUGAAAGCCCAGGGGAUUAAAACCUUGCUGUAAGGAAAGCCAGCGUUUACAUGCAUUUGUCCCCCACUCCCGCUGGCAGAGGUUGAACCGGGAGGAGCCUGAGGUUUUCCUUUUUGGCAGCUAAUCUCUUGCAGGUGUGGUUUACAGACAUAUGUAUGAAAGGGAAAUAUGCCAUCUUUGGUAUUAGGAAGGCUGUGUUAGAGCAGCAAAAUUUUAGGGUCCUGCACUCUGUUCCAGGCACUGCUUCAAACAGUAUGACUUUAGGCUAGUCUCUCUGCUUCUCUGGCCUUGUGCUUAGGAUGGUGCUACCCUGCUUUGUAAUGUGCUUUUAAAAGCCAGAAAGGGAAAGGAUUAGAUGGAUAAUACUAAUGCAUUGCUAAAGGCUAUCCUCCUUGUAGUUCUGCUUUGUUGGAGAAGCUAGGUUAAAGGCACUUCAAUGCUGCCUUCCCCAACUUGGUGCCCUCCAGAUUUAUUGAACUAACUGCAUGCAACUUCAGCAGCUCCAUUAGCCAGCAUGGCCCAUGGUCAAGAAUGAUGGAAGUCCAACAUCUGAAGGGCACCCAGUUGGGGAAGGCUGCUUUAGUGACAUUUAGUCAAAUGUCCUGUAUACCAAACUGCAACCGCAGUGGUGUUAUUUGAUCGUCAUGUUAAUGUUUUAGUGUAGCUGUUAUGAUAUUCUAAACACUGUACUGUCUUCAUUAGUAUCAUGUCACAUGGUCUGUGACUGAGCAUUGGUAUUCAGGCAAGUUAAGUGGUUUGCUCCCUCUUCUGUCUCUGACAUCAUAGGAACUACUUGGGACAUGAUUGGUAUGGCUCAGUUUCCAUGGAAUGUUGUGUAUAAUUUCCUACAGUUGCUCCUAAAGGCACUUUAAUUCUCAUUUAAAGGAAGGAGCUUGAUGUGGGUGGAUCCCAAAUGUGAUUUUUCCCAGAACGGAGGCAGUUUGUGUGUUUGUGUGAUGAGAAGUAACUCACUGGUCCAGUGUGGAUGCAGCAUUGUUGUCUCCCUUGUAAACCAGAGUUUGUGAAGCCAGACAUGAUCGCCCAGGUCUGCAUACUCUGCCCCUCACAUACCAGCCUUAGUGUGGGAAUCCUGUCUUGUUUUAAGCUGGUUUUCCAUUACAUCUGAAAAUUUGAAGCUUUGGUUUCAUGUUGAUUAACUAAUCGGGAUUUUAUGUCAGGAUCUGCUGUGUUUUUUGAAGCCAGCAAUGUGUACAUGCAACCAGCGAUGGGAACCCCGUGGCCUCCUGAAGUUGCUGGACUCCAGCUUCCAUCAUUCCUGACUGUUGUUACCUACUGGCUGAGCCAAUGGGAGUUUGAGUCCUACAACAUCUGAUGGGCCACUGGUUUCCCAGCCCUGCUGCAUGCUGUGCCCAGAUGUGCACACAUCAGAUUCAGUCUACAACUGAAGGUAUUCUCAGAGACAAAUGUUUAUACCAGGGAUAGAGGAUGUGUGGUCUUCUAGAUGCUGUUGGACUCCAGCUCCCAUCAGUCCCAGGCAGCAAGAACAAGUCAGGGAUGAUGGGAGGCUGUAGUCUGACAGUGUCAGAAGGGCCACAGGUUCCCUAGCCUUGGUUUAUACAGUGAAAGCUCUUUUAAUUUUUUACUCAACAGGUCAGGGGUGAGGAACUGGCAAUCCUUCACAACAAUCAAAAUCUGUAACCACUGAAGUAUAUUUAUGAGAUUUUAUAAAUAUAUUGCUUUUUAAAACCCUACAAAUGAUGCUCCUGAGGAAUAAGAACAAGUUGUCUGCAAAUGGGUGGGGGGUACUGACCUCCCCUACCUAGUACGCUAAAAUGAUGCUGUUGCUUCCUUGCAAGAACUAGAAAGUGUGCUGUGAUGGUGGCAUAGAUUCACUCCAAGCCAGAACCCUCUUUUUGGCUGUCAUGCUUUAAAAACCUAAUGCUGCAAUCAUAGAUAUAGCUGGUCAGGAUAUAAUAAAUCACUAUGAACUCAACGGGCUUAAUUCUGAGUGGGCGUGGUUAGCCAGGCUGUUUUUACACGUGACGCCAAAAGCGCGUUUUAGUCUGGAAUGAAUCGCUUGUGAGGAUGGUUGGUGCGCCGCCCCCCCCAAAAAAGUCGAGAGUGCCGUUAAAAACAAACCACAACAAACAAACAAACAAACAAACAAACAAACAAACAAACAAACAAACAAACAGAAAACGGUACAUUCUCGCCAACGCGGGCUUUUACCGCCUUCGAGAGAAACCUAUUUCAAGCGUCACUUGUGAAAGCGGGCCCCCAAGCACGGCUUGUGUCGCCGGCCCCCAAACGGCGGGCAAUGCUGCCGCCUACUGGCAAGGAAGGAUCCCUGUAGCGGGGAGCUCGGUCUUGGCCAGCCGCGAGAGGGGCUGCUGAACGCAAAAUUCCCGAAGUUGCCUCUGGCUGCAAACCACGAGGCAGGGGGGCGAAAGCAGAGCGAGUCGGCCAGAGCGGGAAACGGGAUGCUCGGCUGGCCUGCCGGGGAGGCUGGGCUAAUACUUUCUCCGCUUCGCCCUGCUUUUGAUCCUCUUUCAGUUUAGUUCCUGUGCAUAUUGCGCUCCAUGCCCGGGCUGCGCGCGCCUUCCACGCAGAGCCUUCUCCUUUACAGGCUAGCGGACAAUGGCAUUCUCUCUCUCCCCUGUGUUUUGGAAGAUCAUUGUACGUAGCGCGGUUAAAGCGGUGCCUGGGGAGUUCUGCGCUGGCAGUGAUCGGGAAAUUCAGAGGGAAGACUCGCGUUUCCCAAGUGGGUAGGUGUGUCUCCCGCGGCCUCAUUGACGCAGGCUGUGUGAGACCAGAGACCAACGCAGACUUUAUGGCUUUAACACCAAGCCAUCAUUUCCCCCGCUUCUCCACCCACCCUUGCUUUGGUUUAACAUGCAGCCUCAUGAAUUAAAAUAGUUUUCAGUUAAUAAUCUGCCUUUUAAAUAAAUCAGAUUAGCACAUUACCCAAAACUCAAUACAUGUGCCUUUUUGAUACCCUGAAAGAUGACUUAGAAUUUAAAAACAAAAGCUUCAAUUUGUUAUGCUGUAAUGAAACGUCGUGGAGACCCAUCAAGUAAAAAUUGAUCAUCACUGACAGAAAUUGGCCCUGACUGAUUACCGGUAAUUAGCAGCGCCCCAGUUAUUUCUAUAAGACUUCCAGCAUGCAAAAAUGACCUACUGUUUUAAUCUCUAGCCUCAAAAACAACCUCAUGGGAUAAAUCAAGGGGGUGAGAGGCCUUUUUUCACAGCCAGUAGGGGAAACACAACCCUUUAUGCUCAGUGCUACACUACUCUUACUUCACAUCCUGUGUUAGGGGUUAAGCUGCUGCUACUGCACGGAGAAGCCAAGAGGAUAUCUGGGGCACCAAUGCUUUCAGAGAACCACAGAGUCUGAGAGAUGGUAAAGGGGAGACUGGAGCACCCAGCUCUUUGAAAUGCAAGCAGCUGUGCACGAACCAAGAGUUCCACAGCACCUAUUGCGAGAGCAUAAGGCAGGGGGUUGCCAGUCUUUAUAGGCCAGCGGGCAUAUUUGGAAUUCUGAGAAAGUACUGUGGGUGCUAGUCACUAAAUGGUUGCUGGGAUGUGUGUGUGACGAAUAAAAAAUGGAUGCCACAUCUAAAAGAGCAGAAAAGAGGCAGGACUACAAGCAGCCACCCCAUCAACGAGAAAGCCAACUACAUCAGCCUGUGUCGCUCUGUCUCACACAGAGACAAGUUAUUUGCACCUCUGUUCAGAACAGAUGGGACGGAGGGUGUCCAAUUCUGGCACACAGUGAAAUGUGGCCAUGUUUAAGAGGGCUUGUUCAACAUAGGAGAGGCUGGGCCAGUACAGACAGGAACGGCUCAGGAAGAGCAAAUGGUCUAAUGAUUUGUGGAUGGGGGUGGGCAUUUUCUGUGCACCAUACCUAAGGGCUGUCCUACCACCCAUCUGACUAGAUGAGUCUUUAGGUAAUCAAACAUAUAAAGGCCAGUUCCUGUGUUCUGUCAUGCCUGUCAUUAGCAAGAGAUAGAAUCCAUGGCGGAGAUUGGCAGCUAGGAGGAGGCUUCAUUUUAGAAUGGCUUCCAUUAUCUUAUGUGUGGGCUAAAGCAAAUGGUGUUGCAGUCAGCAGGACUUGUACUGCCUUUCCCAGCUGAAACACAUUGACAGCAAUGUUUUCUGGAGAUAGGACAGGACUUUUAUUUUGUAUUUCUUGUUAGAGCAAGGAACCUCAGGCUUGGGGGCCAAAUGCAGCCCUCCAGACCUGUCCCUCAGAACUCUCUCAAGGCCACACUUUGCAUUCCAAAUGUUUUGCUUGAUGGGAAACAUAUAAAUGGGUCAUUUCACCCUGUUAAUGCCCUGUGCUUUUUCUCAAUGGAGGACAGAGAGGGAUGUGUGAAAGUGUAUAGAAACUAACCUAUUGUAUAAAGACAAAAUGUUCACAUGUUGCGCCACACACGUUUGUCUCUGGUCCCACCAACCACUGGCAGAUGGCUCUCAGAAGAGAAUAUGGCCCUCAGGUUAAAAAAGUUUUCCCAUCCCUAGAUUAGACCAAGGAUAGCAACAAUUCUUCUUCUUCUUCGGUGAUCACUCAUAGCCAAGUAAGAUUGUCUUCCAUAAACACAGUUUUAUCAAUGAGUCCGUAAGUGACUGUGGAGGCCAAUUCUGGACCCACACGUCCUUCCACAGUGGGGACAUUGGUUCCUGGGCAGGAGUUGAUCACAGGGUGGAUUUGCCAAGUGUGCCUUCCUCUUAGCAUGUUUCUCCCUUGCGUCCUGAGUUCGAGUGUAUUCAAAGUCCAUGACACCUUUGGUAAAGGCUGUUCUCCAACUGGAGCGCUCGCAGGCCAGUGUCUCCCAGUUGUCAGUGUUUAUACUACAUUUUUUUAGAUAUGUCACAAGUAGGUCUGUGCUUGCCUUGAUCCUGCAAGCUGACUUGUUCCUUCCCUCCACAAGAAUAUACUUUUAGGGAACGGGAAAGUGGAGCUAGGGAGUUCUUCAGCAGAGCAUUUUUUUCCCACCAGAGACAAGGGCUACCAGUCCUAGAAUCUCCAGUAAGAAAUAGAUGCAUUACAUACUAUUUCUGCUGGAGAUUCUAGAACAGGUAGCCUCAGUCCUCACCAGGAAAGAACUCUCAGCUGAAAGAAUUCUCCAUUGUCUUUGCAUUCUCCAAAGGUAAUUUAUUGGGCUGGGGGCAACCUGGAAAGGGGAAGCUGGUGGUGGGGGAGGUAUGUUCAGUGUGAGUUUCUUUGAGUCUCUUUUAAAUGCUUGAUUAGAACUUUCACAAUAGAGCAAUUCCUAAGGGAGCAAUGCUUGUGCAUUCCUAGCAAAAUAUGUUGGUCUGGAUGGAUGUUGCUAUCUGCUUUGUCGGGAGAGUCUGGCUUUGGAUAUUUGUGACUGGAAAUGGAUUCUGAACUCUGCCCAUGCACAGCUAAUUAUGGAAAUAAUAGAGAGUGAAGGGAUGACAUCCCAGAGUCUGGGCUGGGGUGCCUGGAAAUACUUUAUUUCCAUUUAUCGAGUGAAGCCAGCUGGUGCCCUGUGCGCAUGUGCAAUUAUAAGAACUCCACAACAAUUAGGCUCCGGCUUUUGAAUGAGCGGCUCGGGGGCUGUAGUCCAUAAAUCACUCAGCCCAUUUCUCAGCUGCGCCCUUCCUGUCAAUAUCUGUUACCAGUGACUGUUACCACCUGCUAUCCUUCUUGAGCUUGCCUUCUGCUGUUGCCCUUCUAUGCCAUCUUCCUUCUGUAAACAAGUCCUAUUAGGAUUUGUUUUAAGAAGUUUUGGAUUCAGUACAUUAUAAGACCUUCCUAGGCUCCUGUAUCAUAUGCAUAUUCUCUUUCUCUCCUGUUUAUAUUUUUUGGAAUUUAAAAACUGAAGAGAACAAUAGAAAUUGUCUUCUCUACUUGGAGCUAGAAUUUGUUGUGGUCCUGCCCCAUUAGAGAAAAAGUUAAAUUGAGAUUACAAUUUCACAAACAUUGGCUAGAGAACUGGGCCAGUUCUGCCAUAAGGCAAAGUGUGACCUGCCUCAGGUGGCAAUACUGGAAUAUCUUUAAAGGUUAGAAAUGACCCAUUAUUUAGUUUAGAAUUACGGUAUAUUGUUACCACCUUGAGGGUAUCACUUAUCUGCCUCAGGAAUCACAAUGUAUCAUGAAUAAGUGGCACAACUCCGGAGCAGAGAUGAAGCCUUGGAUUAGAACUGCACCAAAGUAUGUAGCUUGGGGGAAUGUAGUUUACAUGAGAAAGGUGAAACCUUUUAUUCCACUAACUUUUAAAAUCUUCAGAUCAGUUGGACUGUUGGGGUGCAGUUGGUCUACAGUGUGCAGCCUUCAUGAGACUUUGUUGUAGUAAAGGCUUUUGGCUCAGUUGUUUUAACUGUGUAUCCUAGACCUUGGAGAGAGAGAGAGAGAGAGAGAGAGAGAGAGACUAUUGGGAAAAAGAUAAAAACACAUUUUGAGAUUCCAUUUAGGAGCAUAAGAAGCUACCUAGCUCAGUAGAAUAUACUACAUUCACUGUCAGCCGUUCUCCAGAAUUUCAGGACAGGAUUUUUCCCCACCCCUAUUGGAUAUUCCAGGGAAUGAACCUAGGUUCUUUUGCAUCCAAAACAUGUUCUACAGCCCUCCCUUUUGUUCCAGCCACCAACAGUGGCUGUUCUUAAAUGCAAAGUACACUCUUUUUCAGGUACCAAUUUAUUAGAAUGUUUUCCCCUUUUAGCACUUUCCCCAGGAAAUAUAUAUAGAACUGUUGAUCAAAUCAGUGUGAAAUCUUAACAAAGCUAUUUUAGGCUUUUGCAUUGGGUCUUGUUUUUACCAACUAGAUUUGAUUUAAUUUAAUUGGGGAGGGGAAAGGAGGAGGAGGGAAAUGCAUUAGCUACAUUGCAGAACAAAUGUGGGAGAAAUCUAACUCCUUGUAAAAAAACCUGAAACCUCACCUCUGUCUCCCACCCCACCCCCUCCAUGCAGCUUUUAAGGCUAGAGAAUUUGACAGGAAGGACUCUGGCUGGACACUGCAGGGAAGCAUUAUGCAAUCAUGCCAGCAGCUUUGGCACAGCGCCUAGAAGACAUCCUUAGGGGUCUUCAAACAUAGCCUUAGCUAUUCCAGUAGAGUUAUCGAUUAUCUUUUCUUAACAGACAGCAGUAUGAAAGAGCAGCUGCCUAUAGAAGUGGGCUUUGCUGAAGGGAGGGAGGCAGGAAAAACACAAAGGCCCCACUUUGCUGGAACCAAACUGCGCCUGUUCCUCAGAGCAGCAGAUUUUGCAGAACACAUUCCUUUGAAAUGCUAGCAUUGAGGUGCAUUGACUUCUAUUUUCAAAUCUUCACCCCCCUUUCCCAAAUGCCUCCAACUUGAGUCAAGCACGUGCCUCCUUAACGCCUCACUGCCUAUCUAGUUCAUCAUGAAAAUGAAGAAACACUGUGCACACUGCAGUCUCUUUGCCUGUAUAAUCACAGGAGGGGUGUCCAAAAGAAAGCAACGUCUGCAUGAAACAAUCCACCCCCACCCCAUUUUAGACAUAUAGAAAAAUAUAGUGUGAACCAGCAUUCUCCAAUUGCUUGGAGUUUUGCUAUCUACCACCUGCAUGGAGGUAAUAAUAAUACAUAGCAUUUAUAUUAACACUUUAGUGUAGGUUAAAUGUUUUGAAUACUUCUUCCAAAUAAUCCUUACAACUGCUCUAUAAAGUAUCUAUAUUAUUCCCAUAUUGCAGAUGCAGAGUGGAUCAGGGCUGAGCAGUUGUGGUUUGCUUAAGGCUACUUCAUGGCUGCAGCAAUAGUUGAACUGAGGGUUUCCCAAUGCACACUCUUAACCUUUACACUGCACCCUCUCUCAGCAGGUUUAGGUAAGUGAACACAUUUUGGGGCUCACUCCAUCUAACCUUGUGGCUACAUGCUUUACAAGGCUAUUUACCUUGGAGUCCCAACCAACCAAAUGGGAGUUUCACACAGCAUCAGUGCUCAGACAUACUUCCCUUACUUCCCAGCCCCAAACUGCAGCAGUUUCCGCUUUUUCUGGGCAUCAUACAAUGCAGAAGUAUUUCAGCUUGGAACAGGUCAAUAUAAAAGGUUUCUAAUUUUUGUUCCUAUACUCCACCCCGUACAGCCAAACCAAGUUAACUUUGGAAUUCUGCGUUGCCUCACAUGUCCGUUUAGUUGCAGCAGCUGGAGGGCAAAUUUUCUCCCUUAUUCAAUUAGGAAAUAAUAUAGUGAGAGAUUGUUCUCAUCAUGGUUGGGGGAAGGUCAAGGAAAAAUACAAUACUUUGCAGUAAAAUCAAAUAUGGUGGGGCCUGAGAUCAUACUCUCUGACACCCUCUAAGAGCAUGUGCGAAAGUAGCAUUAUUGCAGUCAUAAUAACUGUUCUUUUUAAAAGUAUUUUUCCAAGAAAGAAAAACAAAUGCAGUUCCUUGUUGUGGAAUACUAUUUGUUAACUGGAUGCAUAAUUGGUUCAAAAAUUAAAUAAAAUUAUGAACUAUGGCUACAAUCUAUAUGCUUUCCUGGGAGUAAGCUCCAUUAAUAACAGUGGGACUCACUUCUGAAGAAACAUGUAUAGGAUAGUGAUGUAAAGGUAGAAGCUUUUUCACCACAAAACAUUUCAGAUUUUUAGCUCAGUUUGCAAUGCCAAAUCUUCUAGUUCUUUGGUAGGUGUUUCCUUGAAUAUAUAGACAUAUCUGUUCCUUAUACUACCUUGUGUCAUAGCACAUUGUAAAGGCUACCACGUUUGUUCAAAAUCAUGUUGGGAGCUGCUAAAUUUUGCAUUUCCCUUUUGACAUUUAGAUUUGUAACCUUAUCCUGCAACACUGCACUUUAGAAAAACUCAUAGGAUUACUUCCAUAGACUCAAAGAGAACCCAGUGCUAAUAGAAGUACAUGACACACUUUUGGAGGUAGUGAGGGGACCUCCCCUGUGGUGUCAUGCUCCAGAAAGGGACUGAUACCUGAAGUAGCAAGACAUCUCUCCAAAAUCCUGGUGCAGCACUUGGUUCUUUUGGUCACUGUAGUGCUUCUGCAAAUAAACAAAAAACCUUCCUCCCUGCUGCUUUUCAGGAAAGAGCACCAGUGGUGGAGCAUCUGCUUUGCAUGCAGAAGGUAGCUAUGCUUGGUAAAGAGACUUGUAGGCCACAUUAUACAAUAAUGUUUCUCCUUAAUGGGAUGUGGAGAGCUUGUGCAUGGGUGUUCAACAACUCUGGACAACACAGCCACAGCCUCCAUUGGAGGGACUUUCUUCCCUGCCAGCCAACAAGCUUGGCAAGUGGGAACCUGCUGGUUAAGUGCUCAUCUUUCCACUCAUUCAGAAUCUCUUACUGAAUUGGCAGCCUGGUGGCCCAAUUAGCAACCACCACUUUCAUAAAGAGAUACUCUUGUUAUGCACAAAGGAGAGAGAUCCUUUGGUUUUAGCCUACAGUUUAUCAGUUUAUCUGUCCCUCUUGAGGAAGACUUCUGCUCUAGGUCCAGUGGCAGAGCUUCAUGCUCCGGCACCGGGGGGGGGGGCAGAGAGCAGGCAGGGGUGGGGCUGGCGCACGUCCUGGGGGCAUGGUGCGCUGCCCACAGGGGCAUGGCGUGCGUCCUGGGGGCAUGGCAUGUAGCGUGGUCGGGGGGCAGCCGUGAUGACCCCACCGGGAUCACGCUGCCGGGGGCAGUGCACUCCCCCUGCACUCCUAUUCCUUCGCCAGUGUCUAGGUCCACUGAAUAUGUCAUAUGAAGGAGAGAACACUAGGACUGGCCACAAAGCUCUCUGACUGACUUCUGGCAAGGAAAUUCAAGCAGAAAUUGUGCUCCUUUUGGCUUUCAGCAGGGCCUACCCUUCUGGGUAAAUAACGAACCAGUCCUUACUUGAAGAGAUGUUUUGCUCCCAGGCCAGCUUUCUGACAGGGGCAUAAUCUGCCAUCCCACGCAAGAAGCAUGCUCCUCUCUACUGCCAAAUUGAAGGAGGAUCCAGUCUGGAUGCCAGGAAGGAUGUAACUCCUGAACUAAUCCUGGAAAGGGAACAAUAUCAAGCAUGGGAGUUCCCAUUUUUGGCUGCCACCAGAUCUAUUUUAUGGAGGUAGCUCUGUAGCAUGUCAAAGCCCAGAGCAACAAUUUUGGGCAACACUAAUUCAGUUCCAAUAUUAACAUGCAAAAUGACAGGUGGAGCCAAGCAGGAGGGAAGCACAGAACUCUCUUUCUCAAACAGACCUGCUUUCUUUUUCUGCUUGAUGAUUGAGGUUAAGUCUCUUCACCCAGAGUUUUUUCAGCUGAGAAAACAGGUGCUAAAGCAUCUGGAAAAGUGGAUUAAUCAGCCCAGGAGUGAUACCCUUUUUAAUUGGGUAAUGACCCUCAUAUCACAAGAAGCAGAAAGCUUUUUCCUUUCAAACUUCCAUUAACAGAUCUACUGCCACUCCAACAACCUAUGUAAUUUUGGAAGGGGAAUUGCUUCUAUUGAGAAACUACCUGACGCUGGCCUGGUUCAUAAGCAACAGCCCACUGCCCAUGUUUACUUCUUGGUGCUUGAAUGGUGUUUAAGUUUCGUAAGGAGCCAACAUUACAAGUCAGGUUGCAGAGAGAGGUUAUUUUGUUUGCUUGCUUGCUUUGUUUUACUAUUCUCUGACGCCUCUAGUGGGUAAAACGAGUCUUGCAUUGCAGGAGGUUGGACUUGAUGACCCUUGUGGUCCAUUCCAACUCUACAAUUCAAUGGUUCUUUGAAGUCUGAGGAGUUGCUCAGGAGAAAUGGCCUUCCUUUCCUGACACAGCUUCUCUGUGCUUGGCUUCUCCCCCCGCAGCUGGUACUGCAGCAAAACACACUGCUGUUGAGCUGCUCUUUUCUGUCCCAAACCUGCCUGGAUGUCAGGCCUAGAAGCAAGACAAGGCUUAUCUGCUGUAAUCUGACCUUGGCAUUGCUUUGCAGUACACAAUGUCAUUCUGAAGCUCUUCACAAAAUGGCAUCCAGUAGUUUCUGGAACCCACAGACAAUAGUGCAAGAACUGUAAAAAGCAAACUAAAAGGGUUCCCUGGUGUGUCUCCCAUUUUCCCGCCUUUUUUACUUCAGGAAUGUUACUGGUGACAAGAGUGGUUGUUGCCCUAGCCUGCCUUUCCUUCUGAUAUCCUCAGUGAGGCAGAGCAGGCAUAUGGAAGGGUGGCUGUCAUCUGGCCCUCCUUUCCUGAGGGAGCAGCCAUCCUUUCCCUUAAGAGUAUAUACAAAGGCCUAAUAGCAGCACUGAGGCCUAGCAAGUUUGGCAAACAAGAUGCUAACAGUACUGUUGGCAAGUUAAAGGAAGUUCCUGGAAAGUCCCUCUGCCACCUUGUGGAGUGUGAAAACGUAGCAUAAACCCCUUGUGGAAUCAGCAGUCCCUUGUGGUAGUGCUUUAAAUUAAGUGUAGCCAGAGACACUGUUAUGAAAAGCUGCUUUUAUUUCUAAGAAGCUCGUGUGUCUCACUUGAGGGAUGCUGGAGAACACAGCUGAAAUCUCAUUGCAAUACUAGAUGGAGAGGAAGGGCAGCCCUGGUUUUGUUUGUUUUUUGCAGGAAAACCAGUUCCCUCUUUUGUGAAGUGCAGCAUUGGAAUGGGACAGAAAAGUCCCAGUUUUUCAGGGAAAGCAAAACGGUAGAGAAGAGCAGCUCUCCAGAGGAAGCAACUCUCUCAUUUCAACUCAUGAGGCACAGGGCUGGUGUGUUGCAAGAGCCAGGCAGCAUCACCGAGGCAUGGCCUUGAGGUAAGAAUAAAAUGGAGAGGGGUGGCAACUGAACUCCCUCCCCUCUUAAGCAGCUGCCUGUCUUUUCUUCUGUAAGUAGGAAGUGGCACUGUUACUCUAGGGCUUGAGACAUUGGAAACAGUCCCAUAAGGGUUUCUCUCCAUAUGCAAGCUUUCCAGCUGGUGGAAAGGUUACCACUCCUUGCCAGGUGUUUCGAAAGUUGAAUGUGGGAGGCUGCCUUGUGCUGAGUCAGAUCAUUGCUCCAUCUGACUCAGUGUUGUCUAUGCUAUCUGCCAGGGGUCUCUUCCAGACCUGCCUGGAGAUGCUGGGGAGAGAUCCUGGGACCUUCUAUAUCUAGGGCAGCUGUUCUGCCACAGCUACAGCUCUUCCUAAAAAGACAGCUGGGCAUUUUUGUGUGUGUUCAUGCAUGUGCGCACACAAUCUGGCACAAAAACAAGUUUGGGCAAUGCCCUCAUACUUCCCUGAAUACUAGCACGUCUGAUCAUCAGUUUACUGAAUGGUAGAGUACAACCCAGGAGUCUAUAGAUCUUCUGAAAGUUAGAUCAAAUACAGGCCUGACAAGAAGAGAAUUCCCUUGCAUUUAUCACCAGAAGUUUCAGAGAAUCAAAAAGUUGUCCCUGAGAAGAGAUAUCACACAUGGGCACAACUUGAGGUAGCAGUAGCUUAUUUCAUCAAGGGGUUCUCUUUGUCAAAUUUCCUACCCUCCUCCCUCAGAAACAGAGAGCAGUGGACUGUCUGGUGAAUAAAAUCAGAGUUUUAGAGCUUCCUCACCCCAAGCAUAGAAGGGAUAGACCAGGACAGACACAUUCAAUUCUGAGUGAGGAUUUCCCCACCUUUUAUCUGAAGUCAUUAUACAGUAAGCCCACAAUUUAUAUGCCUUUGGGUUGUGCACAUUCAGCUUUAUGAGCAUGGCAAAAAAAUAGAAAAGGGUGGGGUUCUGGGAACUCAAUGUUUUGACUAUACACAAUUUCGGCUUUAGGUGCAAUCCCCGGAACAUAACCCCUAUGUAAAUUUAGGCUGAUUGCAAUAGGAUGAGGAGCUUGCUUCUGUUUAGAGAGUUGAUUCCUCUCCCAAGACUUCUGAGGUCAUUGAGGCAUUUUCAAAGGCAGUAGCAGAAAGCCAGUUAGGUUCUCCAGGUGGGUGCAGUUUAAAUAAGUAAGAAACGGGACGCAGGUGGCGCUGUGGUCUAAACCACUGAGCCUAGGGCUUGCCGAUCAGAAGGUCGGCGGUUUGAAUCCCCGCGACGGGGUGAGCUCCCGUUGCUCGGUCCCUGCUCCUGCCAACCUAGCAAGUAGAUAAAUAGGUACCGCUCCAGCGGGAAGGUAAACGGCGUUUCCAUGCACUGCUCUGGUUCGCCAGAAGCAGCUCAGUCAUGCUGGCCACAUGACCCGGAAGCUGUCUGCGGACAAACGCUGGCUCCCUCGGCCAGUAAAACAAGAGGAGCGCCGCAACCCCAGAGUCAUCCGCAACUGGACCUAACAGUCAGGGGUCCCUUUAUCUUUAAGUAAGAAAGAAUUGCCCUUCAGUAGUUUGGAUGGCCUCCUAGAAUGUCAUGUAGUUGCACUGGUUAGUUGUCCAUAAGAAUGAUAUAAAUUGGCUAAAGUUUCUGCCUGUGGCAGUGGAUAUAAGCUUAGAUAGUCUACCCUUGUCUGCUUCCACCUUUGCUACUGAUAGUGUGAGGUUUAAUGCCAUUACGGCGGCAUUAGUUGGUUCUCUGUCUUCCAGGUCUUACUAUUAUUUGGCUUAAAGACCUAUUGGAAUGUACACCUCAAAAUUUAUGUGAUUUGUUUUUCCUUGUAAGGCUGUGGUUUCUGCCCAUUGGCUUAGAUAUGCUCUUGGAUACUAUGUUUUUUUCUACCUGUAAUUUGGCAGCAGAUGGGGUCAGGCCAAAUGUAUCAAUUGCAGCAUAUGGCCAUUUCACAGUCUAAUAGGAAUUAUCCCUUGUUAAGUGAGCUUGGUUUGGGCCAUGAAAAUAAUUCAAAGAAAUGGGUAGCUCAAAGUCACUAUUGAAGCUUGCAAUCACACCUGGUUUCACUAGUACAUACAGAUGAAUCCUAUAGAACUAGAUCAAGUCCACCGUCACCCAGGAAUAAGGAAUGACACAAGCUCAAUACCCAAUGGGGACCCCUUGGCCUAUACAAAAUGUUCCCUUGCCCCAAACUCCUAGUCUGCCUGGAAAAAUCUUUCACUAUUGGGGUGCAGGGGAAAACUUUCCAGAAGUGGGGCUUGAGAGCACAUUGCCUAGCAUAUAAUGCCUAGCCUUUGCAUCUCCUCCAAAGGGGUAUGACAGCCCUCUCCAUGCAUAGAGCAUCUAUCUUGGCUGCCAUAGAUCCAACACACCACUAAAAGCCUCCAUGACAUGCUCAGUGGGUGAACCCUCCAUCUUCAUGUGACAUUUGCCAAAUUAUCCUUCCAUCAAAGGGUUCUGCAACAAGUAUUACAAAGUGUUUUUUCUCUCUGUUUUGGGAAUAUUGCUAUUGGAUAGCCCUUUGUUGUCUGCUCAACUCCCUUGACUUGAGAAUGGAAGCUUUGUUACCAAGUGUUCUUCUGGUCAGCAGACACCCCCCCCCCCGUAUUAGUACAACCAAUCAUGGAGGGUGGUUCACAUCAUCUUCUGUGUUACUUUACCACAAAUUUUCAAUAAAGGACACUGUUGAGGUUUCCCGUCUCUCCAUAUUAUUCUUUACUACUAUUCUGCUGGCAACAAAUGUAAUCUGCCAAUGGCUUUUUGUUUGUAGGAAAUUUCUAUGGUUAAGUCCCGAAACUAGAAGGUUCCUCCUCAUCAGGAAGGACAGGUUUUUUCUGAUUGGCACUGCCUUCUUCUUGAACAGGCGUUAAUCCUCUGCUCCCUGCUGACCAGAACAUGACUCCAACUUUUUGUUCUCCCCUGGUCAACUGGUAUUUUUAAAAUGAUCCAUUACUCUGGGUGAGUUGGAUAAUGGCUUCACAACCAGCACAAGAGUCAACCAGUCAGCUUUGUGCACAGCCACCUUUUAUUGGAAACGGGGGAAACUUGUGGCUCCAAUAUGUGGGAGUUUCGUCUAAUAAAAAAAAAAGGCGAAUGAAGGGAGCACAUGCUGUGCAAAUGAGAGAUGUCUGUACAUAUCCAGGUUUUCAGAACAGAAUGCAGUUUGUUUGGCUUCAGAUAUUUGCAUAUAUUAUUCCAGCCAAAGCUAGAAGGUACCAACCAUUCUCUUACCAAAAGUUGUCCUUUAUUUUGGCAGACAUAAAUUCACUCAGCCAUAACUGACUUGUUGCCCUUGUAUAAAUCCUUCCUAUUCCUCACUGGAAACAGACCAUGUUCAUGUUGGAACUACUGGUGCAAAUGGAGGCCUGUGGCACAGAAUGGAGGGUUUAAAUUGCUCUGUAGAAGAGUGAAGUAUAGAUGGUUAAGAAAACAAAAACAAAUCCACAAUAGCUAAUGUUCUGAAUCCCAGGAAAAUUUUAGUUUCAGCUCUGGUUUUUCAAAACUUGCUACCAGUCUCUUGCACCAAAGCAAGGUAUUGGGGAACUUGUGUCCAUUACAUAACACAGAUUCCACUAUCACUGCUUACCAGUCAAGCAUUCUUAUUUUAAUAGUGUUCAUUGCCUCUUCAGUCAUAAACAUAUUAUAAAUUAUAAAAAGAAAAGGCAAAAGUAGGAACAAACAUAGAAACAGACCUUACACCUCCCUCCAAGUAAAAGAAGAUGGAUGUAGUGUCAGGCUCAAUUAGAUCCAAUUGUGCUGGCUUUUGCCAACGAGAACAAUGCCGCUUGUGUGACGAACUCCCAGCAGAAAGCAUGAAAUAUUUUAAAUAAAAGCAGCAAUAGCCAUCUAGGUGCUAGCUUCCUCUUGAGGGCACAGUGGAAGUCCAGUAAAACCUUACUCUGAACAGGAAAUGCAAGGAUGGCCUCCUCCCAACCCCAGGCAGAAAUUUAAUCUUCUUCCUUUCCAUGUGUUAGAACAUGAAUGUAUUUCAGUGUUGAAGGAGAAACUGAUGUUGGAGGUUCCACUGUAGCUGAGAAAGUGCCUGUCUUUCUGCUGUAGUUGUUUUAUGGACAGUUUACCUGGGGUACUGUUAGCAGAGAAGCCAACUAGUAGAGAGGGCAGUUUGAAUGGAAGAGAGUAGCCUGCAGCAGCCCUGGAAGUGCUUGAAAUGCAAAUGUACAGGAACUCCAGACCAUCCCCCACCCACGCCCUCCACAUGGAGGAAAAGCAGCUUAAAUACAGCCAGGCCUGGAGAGGAAUGUUAAAAAGAGGGAAAGAAACCGCCCCUCCUCCCUUCCAUAGGGACCCUCACACAGCAAGAUUCAGUAUGCAUGACUGAACAAGCAAGCAAGGACAGCUCCUCUUUUAACUUUCCUGAACAAUGGCUGCUGCUCCUUCCACCAUUUCACAUUCUCUCUACCCCCCCCUUAAUAAGAAAAGAAGGGGAGAAAGCCAUGCUGCAUGACUUAGAAAGAAAAAGCUUUGUUUUAUGCUCGAUAAGCACUGCUUAACCCCCCACUACAGUUUUGAAAAAUCCUCAGUAGAAGUUUUUUUAAAAGUGUCAGGCCAAAAGUCACAGAUGAGUACAAAAGGUGGGGGGGGGGGAACCUUCCCCCCCCCAGGCUAUUUUUAACAUCCAAGUUUGGCUUUCACUUUAUUUUCAAGACUUGGAUGAUUCGCAUGGUUUCAUCCUUUUGCCAUCCAAGUUUCUAGUUAUCCAGAUUCACUUGAUAUUUAAUGCAGCAACUGAGGAUAUUGCCUCUGUUGAAAAUGAAAAACCAAACAUUGCUGUACUGUUCUCAGCAUCUGUAAAAAAAAAACUUAUUAAAACUCUAGUAGCAAUAGUGAUUUGCCCAACACUGAACUGAAAGCUAUUACUGGACAGGUUCAAUUACAUAUUACAUGUAGACAGACUAGGAUAAGCUAGGACUAACAGAUCCUUCCAAAUGGAACCAAUUGCUCAGUUGUGAACUUCUAAUUCUGAAGUUGUUUAGCCUCCUGUACUAGAAGGACAAAGCAUUCCAACUCCUUUGAUUCACUGGACCAAAUUGCUUACUGACUGCUUACUGACAGAGGAGACAGGGCAAGAGCUCUGCGAUGUGUCUCUUCUUACAACUUUUGAUCAAAUAUACCUGCCUUUUAAAAAGACAAAGACAACACAGAUACAACUUUUUUUUUCAAAAACAUACUUCAUAUUUCCUCUUUUAUUAUAUAAAUAUCAGUUUAACCUUUUACUGUAAGAAUAUAAAAUGUUUUAAGAGGAUCUUUAUUUUAUACAAAUUCACAAACAGUACAUUUAUUCCAUGGUGGGGUUAUGUGUCUGGGCUUGUCUGAGUUCCAUUACCUGCAACUGUGGAGGAUUUGAAAAUCUGCUCAACUGCCCCUUCUUCCCCCAUCAUUUUUGCUUUCUUCAAAGCUGACUUAUUUCUCCUUUUAAAGACAAGUAGUCAAGAAGUGGCUUUAAUUUAAUGAGAGAAGAGAAACAAUAAAUGAAACCAACUUUUCCCAUUCAUGUUACAACUACAAGUCAGUCCACUCUGCUCUUCUUUCUACUUCCAUAUAGGAAGCUUCUUACUUGACCUAGGUAAUUUGAGAGAAGGGGAGGUGGGGAUUUGCAUAAUAUAUAUAUUUAAAGAAACGGUGUUUCUAUUUCACAUUUCUUUUAACCAUAGCCCAAUCAUAAGUUUGGAUGUUUACAUGUUACAUCUUUUUGUGCUAGAAGAGUAGAAAUGCAAGAGCAUCGUUGGGUCCCCAGAACCUUAGUCAGAGAGGGAGAGGCACAAAGAUGAUGUGUAUGUGGGACACAGGGGGAAAGAAACCCCAACCAGCCUCCCCCCUUGCAAUCAUAAACCCAAGAGAUUAUCUUUCCAGUCUAGGCACAAAAUAUUUCAGUCUCUUAUCUUUCUUAUAAAAACUCCUGGGGGAGGGGGGUUGAGAACAAAAACAAAACAAAACCCCAAAACCCGAGGUAGCCAAACAUUUAUAUAGAGAAUAUAUUAAGCAGUAAAAGUGUACUUAAAAAUCCACAAGAACAGCCACUUCAAAUGUCUUUCAAAAUUAGACUAUGUAUGAAGAUGAAUACUGAAGAGAAGAGAAUGAAUAAAAAAAGCUGAGCUCACCCACAAGACUUUUCAGGGAAGGGAAGCUUUGUAGAGUAGUUUUGUUUGUUAUGUGUUUCUAAAUAAAAGACAGUCACAGUAUUUCUAGUGAAAAGUACAAGUGAAGAUUAAUUCCAUCGUUCAUAUACCCUCAGUUCUCCAAAUGGAAAAGAUGUGUGGUUGGCUAUGUUGUUAAAAGUAUAUAUUAUCCCAAGCUACACACACACACAAAAAGGAGGAGAAAGAUGGAGUAAGGAGGAAGAGAGAGGUGGGGGGGGGGUGGAGAGAAUUAUAAAAUGUUGAACAAAGGUGACUUCAACCUCUAGACUGAGACUGCAAUCUUAUGCACAUUUACCUGGGAGUACAGCCUACUGAAAACAGUGGGAUUUACUUCAAAGUAAAUAUGCAUAGGAUUGUACUGUUAACUGGCAGCAAAGGAAAGAUGGUGAUGGGGUUGGUUGGAUACAGCAUAAAAUGAGUCCAAGGGAGAAAUACUGUGUUUGAUGUCUCCUCCCCGUUUUCUGCAAGCAACAGUGAGAAGUAUGAAUGCACUUCAGUUGACACUCCAUUUAUAGUGCUGUGUCAAAGAAACAUCACCUGCUCAGGAGGGAAGUCUAAAAAGCAUGGCUGUUUCUAGCCUCAAGCACAAGGUGGGGGGCAGGAAGAGAAAAAUAGAAGUAUUAUGGCCCAGAAGAGGUAGUAUGAUAGGGCUGGGAAAGACUCCUGCCUGAGUUUCUGGAGAGCUGCUACUAGUCAGUGUGGAUAAUACUGAAUGAGAUGGAUCAAUGGCCUGACUUGGUAUAAGGCAGCUUUCUAUGUUCCUGUGUUAUCUACAGCUUGUCUACAUACCAUAUAAAGAAAGGGGUGGAUGACUACAAAAAGCAAACUAGGAUCGGGUGAACAAGCAAUAAUGGAAAAGAAGUAGGAAAGAAAGAGACUUAUGCAUGCUCAAUAAAGAGCCGGUCUGCAGUAAAUAACAACAAUGGCGGGCUAGGUUUUCUUCUUCCAUCCCUAGUGCAGAAGGGGGGUGGGGGGUGGAAUCAGAUUUAGAGAAAGGGGCUGUAUUCAUCCCCAGUGCAUAAAAGAUUGAGAAGCUGCAUUCCCAAUAGAAAAAGGUAAGGACAGUGAUACUGUAUCCAUCCACAGUGAAGGCUGAUAUAAGAGUGCAGUUGUCUCCCACUGGUGCAGGGGAGGGAAUUAUGAAAGAAUGGUGGGUUUUCCCUCUUUCCCACCUCCACUGCUAUGGCAGGUAAUUGAGGGGGUAGACUGGCAAGUACUGAAGAUACUUUCCCCCACCCUCCAGGUUUGGAGUCAUAUUUCCCCCACCUCUUCCACUGCAGCAGUCAGUUGUUGAGUCCCUCCAGAGGGGUGGGGAUUUCCAGGUGUCCCCUCCUCUCACCUGACUUUCUCGCUGCUCUCAGUCAUUUGCCAAAGUCCCAGGUUGAGCACCUUGAGGCAGGGCAGUUGAGUGAUACGCUCCAGGCCCCUUUUAGUUAUGCGGGUGCAACCAUAGAGGUCAAUGCCUGUGAGCUGACUGAGGUGCUCUGCAAUGAGCUCCAGGCCCUUGUCGGUGAUGCGGACGCACUGGCCAAUGUUGAGAGUGCGCAGUCCGUGCAUCUGGCGCACCAUACGGUUUAUGCCCUCGUCGCUGAUGUGGCAAGAGCAAAGGGAGAGUGAGCGCAACCCAUCCAAACCCUGUGCAAUAUAGGCCAGGCUUUGGUCUCCCACUUUGUCACAGAAGGAGACGUCCAAGCCUGAAAGACGCAAGCUGCCCAUUGCCAGAUGCAUGAUGCCCGUGUCACUGAUAUUGUCACAGGAACGCAGGUUCAGGGUGCGCAGGCUGCUCAUGUGCGACAGGUGCAGUAGCCCUGCGUCUGAGAUCCCCCCACAAAAGCUGAGGUUGAGCUGGCGCAGCCGAGUGAGACCCCGCGCCAGAUGCUUGAGCGAGAGGUCGCUGAGCUUCUGGCAGUCCUGCAACGUGAGCUGCUCCAGGCCCAGGCAGCCCUCUGCCGCACUCCGGGUCAUGCCUGCCAGGUGCCCAAUGCCCACAUCAGAAAGGUGGCGGCAGGAACGCAGGUUGAGGCUCUUGAGGCGCUGCAGGCCCCAGGCGAUAAGCAGGAGGCCAGUGUUGGUGAUGUUGCUGCAGCCGCCCAGCUCCAGCACCUCAAGACCCUUUAGGUACUGGGCAAUGCGGCCCAGGCUGCUGUCGGUGAUCUGCUUGCACAGGCUUAGGUUCAGGGCCCUCAGCGAGCUGAUUUCUGCCACGAAGGCGUGGCCCAGCCCGUUGUCGGUGAGGUUGUAGCAGCCGCUCAGGUUGAGGCUCUCAAUCUCCGCCAUGCCCUGAAUCACGUAGCUGAGGCUGCGCCGCAGUGAUAGGAUCUGCACCCUCCGGAUCCCCCUGGCCGCCAGGCUGGGGAAGAGCGAUGGGUUGGCACGGCGCAGGUGCAGCUUGGCCUCUACGCCCCGCCACACCGAGCGGUGGUAGGCGGCGUCCCUCCAGGCCGUGCACACCUGCGCCACCCGGCCCUUGUCCCGCACCUCCAGGUACCCGAAGAUCAUGGCCAGCAGCUCCGGGAACAGGCACGAGAUGUGCGUCUCCAUCGCCCGGGCCCGGCUCGCCUCCGACACGCAGCCACCCGGGCCCGGCGGCGGAGCCCGCCGCUCCCGCCGGGGCCCUGACGCGGCUAAGGCUGCUCGACCCAGCCUCCGGGCCGCUGCCGCUGCUUGGCAGGUCUUCGGGGGGCUCUCCUCGCCGCCGCUGGCUGCGCGCUCUCUUUCUCGGCGGCCGCUUCCGGCUCGGGCCUCACAUCGCCACCGCCAGGGCAGGCGAGGCGGGCGGCUCGGCCUCUGCUGCUCCGCCGAAGGAAGCUGGGCUGCGAGCCCGGCCUCUGGCGCGCAACUGCCCUCGUCCGUCCCCGCCUCUAUCCGCGCCACACCAGGCAGGCCGCGUUGCCGCCUCGCGUCUUUCCUGGGGCGGCCCCGCGCCGCAUCGCGCUCAGUCCCGCGGGCGCUUUCUCUUCCCCGAGCGCCGCCGCCGCCUCCUCCUCUUCCUCCUUUGUCUCCCAGCCGCCGCUCAGGCAGACCCCGCCGGCGCGAGCGAGGGAAGGGCAGCCCGCUGCCGAGCUCUUCCUCCUGCCGCCCUCGCCGCCGCCGCUCUCGGGAGACCCGCCUCCCGCCUCGUUCGGCUCGGCAGGCUCCGACUCGCGCGCUCCCUCGCUCACUUGCUCGCUGGCUGCCAGGCCCCGGCACCGCGCUCAGGCCGGGCGGGGGAGGGGACUGGGCAGGAGGAGGAGGAGGCUGCUGCUGCUGGGCCGGGCCGGGCUCUGCUGCGCCACACCUCCCGGCGCCGCCUGCGCAGUGGUACGAUCCGGAACACUCGGAGCCGUCGCCUUGGCAACACCCCCUUCUCUUCCCCCCUCCUCCCGGCAAGCCGGCAGGGUUAACCCUCGCGGCGCCGCUCUCCAUCGAGCCAGGCUCCGCGGGCCUUUUGCAGAGCGUGGAGUGCGGCGUGGGGCCGGCCAGGGGUUGACCCCAAGAAUAGUUUAGCGGCUGGGAGGGGGAAUCCUACCUGCUGCUCUCGCCGCAGCGCCGUGGGAGCGCUAAGGUUAGGAUAUAGGAGCGUCGCCGUUGCCCGCCAGAGAGACUUCGCUGAAAGGGCAGGUGUUAAAUCAAGAGUGGAGAGAAGGGGAGUCUAAGCUCCCUUCCCUCCCUCGCUUGGGGCUGCCUGGAGAUGGGCGAGAAAGAGUUAUUUUAGUAAGGCUAAAACUUUUUUUGGGGGGGGAUACCCCAAACUGCUCUUUACGCCUCACCCUCGACUCAAGGCAGCAUUGUUUAUGCCUGGUUAGCUUUAAAUUUAAAAGAAAAUAUUGGGUACAAUCCCUAUUAAAAAAAAUAAAGUUGAAGGUAUUUAAUUAAUUAAGCUGUUAAUCUGCAUCACACAAACCUUUGCAGUGGUCUUUGAAUAAAAAUAACACACAACUCAUAUAUUGUUUAUGAACAAUGCAGUCUUUUCUAUAUGUCUACUUGGAAGUAAGCCUCCUUGGGUUCAAGGGGGCGUUACUCCCAUUGUAAGUAGGUAUGGAGUUGCAACCAAAAUAAAUGAGAAAGCAUGUAUCUAAGCUGUUACUUUGAAGACGUGAGUGACACUAAAUAUUUGUUUCGCAGGGGGCAGCUGUGGAUAAAAAUUCAUGGUUAGACGGUUAAUAUAAAUAUGAGGGGAAAUAAUGCCGUUUAAAUAACUGCUGCUUUCAGCCUUACAUGGACUUGAUGAAAGUAAGGGACUUGCUUUAGUGUUUGACUUGCCAGAUAUCUCUAGACCCAAACUCCAAUAUUAUCUGGCUCUAGACUUGUAUGAGCAGGCAAAUGGCCCAAACCCAGAUAGCUUAGGUAAAAUUUUUGAGGUGUGCAUUUUACUAAACUUUGACAACCUGUUUGUGCCCUUAUAUCCUCUAAACAUCACAUUUCACAUAAUAACAUUCCACACAGUAGUACAAUAGCUCUAGCAAGAAGUUCCUCCCCAUUCUAGGCUUCCUCAAUGUCAGGUCAGGCACUUUUGUGUAUGUCGGUAAUACUUUUCAACAAGGACAAAAUGCAAAUGUUUUCUUUCUUUAAAACACAUUGUGGGUAUAGCCUCUCAUUAAAGAUAUUUCCAUGUGUGACUGCUGCUGAUACUAAACUGCAGUGGGGAAUAUCCCGUUCAUUGGUGGGUUCAUAUCAACAACCAUUUGCCAAGUGGUAACUUACCAUGGGUUCCAAAUAAUGACUUGGAUAUCUGCUCAUCUGCACUGGCCUGACAAAUAGGGAGGAAAACCUCACCACAGAAACUGCAUCUCUUCAGAAAGCAGGAGUGCUAAGAAACUCCAUGAAUUAUGUCCCUAUGAAAUGAUACUGAAAGCAAAAAUGUUGGUUUGCAUUACACAAAGCUACCCAAAUAACGUUUCAAGAAAAAGUACUUACCACUUUUCUCAAUGGUUCAACAUUAGAAAAUGCUGUUGUACUGUAUUGUUUAAAGGGAGUGUUCCUUUGCAGAGUUCCAGCCAGUUACCUAGCCAUGUCCUCCAGGAUGCUCCUAUCUCUCUCCCCACCUUUUUCCAGCUGACACUCAGUUCUGUGCCUAUUGAGAAUGCUUAAUUCCCAUUGGACUGUUUGUGGGUGAGGGUGGGUGGAUUGUACUGCUGCAACCUUCUGAGGCACCACUGAUGCUGUUAUGUCUCAGAGAUGCCAUUUUUGCUUUGUUUCUUUUAGAACACACCACAUUAGUUCACUGCCUGGGUCCAACUGACUGAGAAGUUCUUCUGCAGAAGCUCUACAUCUCUUGCACAGCUCCCAUUAGUUUUAAUGGGGUGCACACAAGAUAUCUUCCUGAUAGAUUGCGAGUGCUGAGUAGAGUAGGUAUUAACUGUAGUCAGCAACAUCUCUUUAAAAUUAUGUAAUCACUUAUCCCUUCGGGUUUCAUAGCAUUACCUGUGUAUCUAUGGUUGUUAUAAAACAUAUACUUUUGUAAGGCUAUGAACCUGCUACAGCACAUUUUAAACUUUCUAUUUUAAGAAAUACUCAUGAGUCUUGACUAAAUAAAAUUAUUCCCUAAUCCUUCCAAGGUUAUUCCAAAAGGAAGGCUUAAUACAGAUAUAAUUGUGGUAUGAUUACAGUUGUGUUUCAGAGCACUUACUUAUGAGGAAUGAACUUAAAUUCUGAAUUAUAUCUGCUUAGGAUCACAUUUGAUGGCAGUGCCUUAAGUAUUAGCUUACAGUGGUACCUUGGGUUACAGAUGCUUCAGGUUACAGACGCUUCAGGUUACAGACUCCCCUAACCCAGAAAUAGUACCUCGGGUUAAGAACUUUGCUUCAGGAUGAGAACAGAAAUCGUGCAGCAGCAGCACGGCGGCAGCGGGAGGCCCCAUUAGCUAAAGUGGUGCUUCAGGUUAAGAACAGUUUCAGGUUAAGUUUGGAUCUCCAGAACGAAUUAAGUUCUUAACCCGAGGUACCACUGUAUUAAUGAAAGAGACUUUGUAAGUUGGUUGCUGAAGUUUUUCUCAGGACUUUGAGACAGCAGUCCUCAGAAAAUGUAUGGCAUCUGCAUAAUACCAAUUUGCUGAAAUGGAUAUUUCCAUUUCUGUAUGAGCCUGAGGUAGAAGUCCCACCUCAGAAUCCUUUGUUUGGCUGGAUCCUAAAUGUACUAGGAAUCCUGUUUGUUACAUUCACUCUAGCAUAUCUGCCUGCUUGUAACACCAUUAUUUCUGAGCAAUAGUUAGCUUUGUGUGUUGUUUUGGAAUUGUAUGCAGCUCUCCGUAUCUUUGGUGACAUUGAUUUUCACUGGAGUUGGAUCAGUAUAAAUAGAAGAAUGCAAUUCUAUAUAAAGGAGAAAUAUUCCAUGUAAACUGGCACACUUGAAUUUAAGCAUGCUUUAAAGUCAAGGCUGUAGGAAUAAACCAAUUUAAAUGCUUCUGUACUGUGUAAAGUUGGGAUUUUACCCUCAGGCUGUGAUUUUACCACUUGGGUUUGGAAUCGAGCCAUGGAGGUUAGGCGGAGGGACAGUUUGGGUAGAGCUGAUUUAUGGAAUGCAUGCUUUAUGAGAGCUCUGAAUUUAGAUCAACUUGGGUGCACCCUAAUGCCACUGUUCAGUACAAAAAAGGUAGUGAUGGGAUAACUUCACUCAUUGCUCAGGAUUGGCAUUGCAUUAAUGUUACUCAUUACUGGCACAAGAUCAAGGGACUUGAGCAAGUCAGGCUGAACGAGGGCCAACAAAAUCUUUAUGUUGGACUAGUGCGUGUUGCUUCUUUACAAAUGGUGUGUGUGCUUUACCUACCAUACCCUAUAUUUUCAUCUGUUGGUAAGCUUGAUUGCUGGCAGUAGUUGUAUUAAGAAGAAGCCAUGGAUAACUUCUAAAGGCAUUAAAUUAUUUUAAAUGGCUUUUUAAUGGGGAAAAAACAUUUCUAUUGGUAUGUACCACAUCAGUUAGGGCUAGAAAAAUGUAUUAUAUUAGAACCUUGGGGCUGUAACCUCAGCCUCAGCUCUGCAUAUCUACAUAUUCUCGGUAGAUUUAUUGAUAUCAAAGAAGCAAAAUAAUGGGUGAAACUGAAGUGCGCCGUGUCAAAGAAACCCUUGGGACAGGGAGUAGAUAUAAAAAUCCCCAGUAUAACAAGCAAGUGAGUCAUUCUAUAUGCUAAAUGGAACGUUGAAAAACUGCACUCCCUUGUAUAUAUCUCAUGGGAGAUAAGGGAGCAGUCCUAACCCAUGAUCUCUUCUGCUACUUUGCGUGUUAGGAUUUGGCAGAGGUGUCUCCUCACCUUAUUCUGCUGGGGGCAGUGGGUCUUUGCUGCCAAAGGUACAGUCUGCUUUGGAGCUACCACCAACAUGAAUAAUAAUGGUCAGUGAAAACCCAAGCAAAGAGGUCUGUUGGUGCCUCCUGAAUAGGAGUAAUUUUCAAAAACUGAGAGUGGAUACAGGCAGCUCUUAACAGUAAUCUAUCCUGAUAUACACUGAAUAGUCCUGCUGCGUGCUGAAGAAAACUUAACCCAUCUUCCAAAUUUCUUAUGUUUUGCUAUUACUCUUAUUUUUAUUGCAAGUUUCCACAACUUCCAUCAAGAAGCAACAGCUUUUGUAUAGUGGUCAACUUUGUGAGCUGCUGGACUUUUUAAAUUUCCACAAUGUCCCAACAUAGUGUUGCUCAGGGCAUUAUGGAAAAAUUAAAUUGCUGACACUGAUCCUCAAGGCAGGGCAUGCCAACUAAAAACAAUCUCAUAAUCUCAACUCCUCUGGUUCUCCAUGCAAUGCACCAAUAAGUUGGGGCUCUUUACAGGUCUCUUAGCCUUGGCUGUUCCCACCUUCUGGAACCAGCCCUGGCUUCAUCCGUUCCCUUCAACAGCUUGUCUUUCUGUUCAGUGCUGCUGGUGAACAACAAAUAUAAUACAGUGCUGUAUGACCCCAUUUGACCAAAUGCCUGCAUUGAAUUUAAAUCAUUCAGGGGACCAGAAAUUUGAAUAAAUGGAUUCUGUAAUGUAUCAAGGGUGGUGAUGGUUUCACUCAAUAUUAUGCCAGACUCAAUUAUGUCUACUGAAAAGAAGUAGGGUAGUUUUAAGUCCACAUGAUAAGAACUAGGAUGGCAUUCCAGCCUGACUUGAGCACUGGGAUUCUAUUUCUGUGGUGUCACAAUGGCCUGGCCAGUGUUCUGCAACCUUGGGUACAAAGAUGUUGUUGGACUACCAUUUCCAUCAUCCCUGACCAUUGACUAAACUGGCUGGGGAUGAUGGGAGUUGUAGUCCAACUAAUGUCUGGGAACCUAAGGUUGAGGAACACUGAUCUAGAAAUACAGGACAGAAUUUGGGAUGAUGACUAAGGUUCAGAUGCCAAUCUUUUAUGGGACACAAUGCUAGCUGCUUACAAGAUAGCAGACAAUAAUUGUCUCUCUCUUUACCAAUGCUUAUCUCAAGCAAGGAGUAGAAUGCACUCUCGUUUCUGGGUUUCAGCCUUUGCCCUUUAAUUCUAUGCUCUCUCCAUGAAGAAGAGAGCAAUUUUCAUAGGAAAGCUGGCUGGUGGGAAAAGAAUCUAAUCGCUCUCCACACUGCUGCUCGAAUAAAAUUUGGAGCCUCCCAAAUCUGCUAUUUUUUUAAAAGAAAGGUUAGUUGAAAGUAACAUGCAUUUGCAACUUGGAAGACUAACCCCAGUGUAUGGAUUCAUAUAUAUCUUGGUCUUGUGUUUACCAUAUGUUUAAUAGGAAUAAGGAAAAAUGAUCUGUAAUAGGAUUUUGUUUUAUCCAAAUAGCAGCUGUUUGCAAUUUUUCUGAGCUUCCAAAAAGUCAGAAGACAGAUGGGGCAGUCAAAAUGUACAUUAUCAGUGCAGUUUAUCACGGAGACAAACAUUUUGAAUGCCAUGCUCAUCAUGACCUGAGCAGCAUUUUCUAGGCUCCAGGCAAACCAGUUGUAUUGGCCCUCAUCCCAUUAGAGACACACUAAACAAUGUAAUAAAAAUCAUAUUAGUUCUGAAAUUGUUAGAUUUGAGGGGAUCAGAUAGUCACUAUGGCUUUAUGACUGUGCCUGGCCUCCUAGGUUGUAAAUCUGCAGUAAGAAGCGUAUUCUGCAGUCUUUGAGAAUUUGAGUCUCAAGCCUCCUGAGAGGGGUCUACAAACGUUAGCUGGGCUUAGCCAAUUGUAGCUAGCAGAGCUCACCUUUCCCACUCCCACUUUGUGUGCCUUUCAUUUUUACCUGAUGUCCUGGGAAAGAGUUUUAUAGGAGAAGCAGCUGGCAAAGUCUUUGGCUUUGUUCAGACAAAUCGCUGGUGCUUACUGACUUUUGGGCCCUGUGUGAAUGAACCUGGAAUAUGUCUUAGACGUAAGUGCUCAUUUUCCCCCAUGAGUUCUUCAGUUCCCUCCUGUCCUGGUUUGUGACAAACCAUAGCUGCUCAUUACAUCUGAACAUAAACUACGGUUUAGGGUUUGUAAACCAGAUUAUGCCAGGGCCAAGCCUGUAUGUCUGGGAUGGAGAACCUGUGGCCCUCCAGAGGUCUUUCUCUCCCAUCAGCUCAAUGCAUGGAUAACGGUCAGGCAUGAUGGGAGUUGAAGUCCAGCAUCUGGAGGUCCAUAGGCUCUAUUUUCUUGUUGCAUGUUAUGGUAGGAUCUCCUUCCCUCCAAGUCAUGACAUUGAUGCUGUCACAGCAUGGCACCGUUUUGAAAGAGGCAUGCUCUCCCUUCCUCUAUUGCUGAUGACCCACCCCCAAUUGCUCUGUUCACUAUCUAGCCCAUUGAAGAGUUCUGGAGAACUCAAAAUCUUGCACACUAUGUUGUGAUAUUUUGGUUGACCUAAUAAAGACAUUGCCCUAGUAGGGAUUUUGAAAGAAUUUUGUUAUUCCCAUGGUGGGAAUAUGCAGUAGGCUUUUCCUUCUGGUUGCCAGAAUUAAAAUUUCUGGUCACCAACACUUGUAUUUGUGGGCCCCUGCCUCCUAGGUAACCUGAGGAAUCAGAUGAGUGCAUGGAAAGGAUGGUUCUGUUCUAAAAUUGGUUGUAACUGGUUUCUGUAAAUCUUAUAAGAUUUAAUUACAUCUGGACAGUGAACAGAUGCAUUGGUAGAAAUACGUUCACUAAAAUUACCGUAUUUUUCUGUGUAUAAGACUAUGUUUCCCCUCAGUUUUUUUAAGUUUAAAAUUGGGGGUUGUCUUAUACACGGAAUAUUUAAAAUAUUUAUUUCUUAAUUUUGGGCGCAAAAAAUUGGGGCCAUCUUAUACAUAGGGGCGUCUUAUAGACGAAAAAUACGGUAUAUCCAAAACUCUGCAUUGUCACCUCCAUGGCAAGAGGCUUCUUUAAUUCUUUGAAAAGUUGUGUCUUGAAUACAUAUAUUCUACCCUCAGAACUCUUUACCGAGAGUUUAUUUCAUAUUAGGUACCAUAAAUGUUUUUGCUAGUAAUAGCUAUACACAGAAUUGAAGGUCUAAGUGGUAAAUUGCAUUUCACACAAAUAUUGUAAUGUUUUUCACCUGCUUGGGAGCUGUUAAUCCAGUUUCCUGGAAUAACCACUGAUAUUCCAACCCCCUGGGUAGUUCCCAGAUGAUAAAGUUGUUUGUUCUUUCCCCCAUCCAAAUUACAUUGAUGUUCAAAGGGAAUGGGACAUUAUUUAUUGGCAGCUAUUUGAGGGAAUCAACUUAGUUUAGAUUUGAGUAAUUCAGGCUGAGUGUAUAAUGCCUUCACACAUACUCUGUUAUACUACUUGUGUGGCCAUAAUGAGGUAAUCAGAUAGUCACUUCAUUUAGGUUCCAAGAUAGAAACACAUUAUUAGUAUCAAUGGAAUUAGUCCUAAGCAAGUGGUUUUAGCGUAUGGACAGACUUAGAGUUGCAAUACUGCCCCUACUUACCUGGAAACAAGUCCCAUUAAAUCGUGUGAGGCUUACCUUUGAGUAGACACACAUUAGUCUCACUGUUAAGUGCCUUACAAUGUAUUUUCAGAACCAUAUUUUAUUUUAUUUAUCACUUCAUUGUCCCAUUGGGCCUUAGAAAGGACAUGGAAAUAUCCAGAGCCAGCAUUCAUGUAUUAAUAUGUAAACUCAACAUUCAGAGACAUUUGUGUUGGACUCCUUUCCUGUCUUAAAAUUGUUGACUUGUAUUUGUCAAAGUAGUUUAAAUGGUUAUCAGCUACUAGUGAUGUGUAUGGCUUCAUGUGGCCAUGCACCACGAUCACUACACAGUUGUGUUCAUUUUUCACAUAUAGCUGUUUUCAUAUCAAUUGAAAACCUAACUGGUGGUGCAACCCAACUGAAGUGAAAUACUUUUGUAAACAAUCUAUGUGGGAGAGUUACGCAUGUGAUAUGCAGUGAUCCUAUGCAUGUUUUCUCAGAAGUAAGUCUUACUGAGUUCAGUGGAGCUUACUCCCUAGUAAAUAUGCAUAGGAUUGCAGCCUACAUUGAAAGAAAUGGGACACAGGAACACUUAAUUUUGGCUGUCUUGUGCCUGUAGUGAGUAAGCUGAAUUCUUUCUAUCGCUGUUUGUCUCUCAAACCAUUUUUAUUCCUAAAGAAAUCUGGGAGAAGGAAGGUAUCCUACUUAAUGGCAUUGAAAUUAACUUCCUAGCUGCAGUUAAUGUCUGCCAAUAGGGCUAUUAGCUGCUUGAUUUCCAGGGAAAUGAUGGUAUCGUGCCUACUGAACUGUACAAAAGUAAACUUUACAGUUUCUAAUCUCCUGCGCCCCCCCCCAUGUCCCCUGUUAACUCCUACUUAACAACAGCUUCAGAUGAUCCUUAGUAAAAAAAAAAUCAUUUUAAUUGUUUUUCCCCUCCCACAAUCCUGUCCCCCCCAAUCUAAAACAUUUAUUUAUUUAAUCACUUCUAGGCCACCUUUUAAGGCACCCCCGUCCCCAGGCAUCUUAGAUAAAAUCACCAUAAAAUACCACAUUUCAGUAAAAACACUCAUUUAAAACACCAAUCUAAAACAAUAUGCAGACCAGCAGUACACCAUUAUGGACUAGCUAAAACAGUUUCAGACAAUUUCAAGUCAUCAUUGCUGUAACUCUUUUAAGAAAUGCAAUCUGAAAUAAGCGGGUUUCGAAGUCUGCUCUGUUAGAACUGUAUUUGCAUCCCUUGGGAGGGGAUUCCACAAACAUGGAGCCAUACCCAAGCUAAAAAAUCUAAAUCUCCCACCUCUUGCUUCCCACAAAAUGCCCUAGUGGGGGUUAUUGGAUGGGCUACCAGGGAGGCAGACUGCUGGGGGUGUUAGUGGAAAGAGACAAGAAACUUUCCUCCCAUGAACUUGCUUAAGGUAAUUUACCGUAUUUUUUGUUCUGUAAGACUCACUUUUUCCCUCCUAAAAAGUAAGGGGAAAUGUGUGUGCGUCUUAUGGAGCGAAUGCAGGCUGCGCAGCUAUCCCAGAAGCCAGAACAGCAAGAGGGAUUGCUGCUUUCACUGCGCAGCGAUCCCUCUUGCUGUUCUGGCUUCUGAGAUUCAGAAUAUUUCUUUUCUUGUUUUCCUGCAAAAACUAGGUGCGUCUUAUGGUCUGGUGUGUCUUAUAGAGCGAAAAAUACGGUAUAUUGGGGGUGAUUUUUCCUUUGCCAGCAGCUCCCAAGUGUGCCAUUGGUCAGAAGAGUGCUUCCCAGAGACACAUUGCAGCUGGCAUGGGGAGGGAAAGGAAACGUUCCUUCACAUUGGAAGAGCCUUAUACUGAGUCAAUAUCGUCCCUGCUGGCUGGCAGUGGCUCUCUAGGGUUUCAGCCAAGGGACAUUCUCAAACCAAUUUGGAUAUGCCAGUGAUUGAGCUUGGGACCGUUUGCAUGCAAAACAGAUGCUCUACAGUCCUUCUAUCAACAUUUUUAAGUUGGUUUAUCUUAGGAUCCAAGCCCUUGCAAACUAACCAUUGAGAAGGACUACAUAUGUAGUGAGCCCUGCUGUAUCUCUGCUCCUAACAACCAGACUCAUAACCUAUCAAACACCACCCAUGCCUCUCUAACUGCUGUCCAUGCCUCUCAGAAGGUCAGUGCUUCUGUCUGUGACCUCUCCUGCCACUACUGCUGCAAUAUUUAUGAGGAUGAUGAAUCUCUGUUUGGGACAAUUCAUCUGAGUCUCUGCUCUACAGUGGAUAAAUUAAUCUGCCAAAAUGUCGGCUUAUAAUUGAGAAGAGUUUACUUACGCUAAUAAGUUCUCUCUCUCUCUCUCUCUUUCUCUCUCUGUCACACACACACACACACACACACACACACACACCCUACACCUCCAACAACUUUUUAUAGGAUCCAUUAAACAGGAUUUUAAUGUUUUGAUAUUGCUUUGUGCAGCAUGAAUUCUGUACCACAAACAAAAUAAAUAAAAGCGGCAAACUACACAAGAAAUUCUAGGUUUUUGUGAGUGGAAUGUGUUGCACAAAUAGAAUUGGCUUACAAAAUUUGUGAACUCAGGACCUGUAUUCCCUUGUAUUUUUUUUUUUUAAGGGAAUGUGUUUGACCCUGAGUAUGUGCAAAAUGAUUACACCUCUGAAACCAGGUACCUUGAAAAAUGUUGUUGUUGUUGUUGUUGUUGCUGCUGCUGCUGCUGCUGCUGCUAUGUUAUGUUGGUAGCAUUAAACUGUUAUAAUGAUGCAUUAAUAUGUAUUCUUCCCGUUGCUGCUUUUGGCUCAUUUAUGUGGGAAGGUGGCAUACAAAUUAAAAUAAUAAAUAAAUGAUGGAGGAGUUAUAUCCCACACUUCUAGUUAAAAUACACUGGUCAGCGCAACCUACAACAUAUACAAGAAGAAUGUCAUAAAAAAAAUCUAAAACAAUUAGAGAGAGAGAGGAUUAGUGAUUGAAAAAACUGGGGGAGGGAUUCUGCCUCAUAAAAUAAAAGUCUGCUGGAUUAGAAAGGACAAAGUGCACCUGAGCACAUGUAAAAUGUCUUGCAUGAAACAUUUUACAUAUGCUCAGAUGCUCUGUGGACACACACAAAUAUUGCACCACAUAAAACUCGGGAAAUGACAAUAAAAACUCAGAAUAGGUUGUUAUUGAUCAGGCAGAUGAGAUUCUGGCUUUGCCUAAGAGCCUAGCUUGUACUUGGUGGGUCUGUCUACAAUACUGAGUUCUAUACAGUACAGUGACUUAGCAGGAGGGUGAAUGGCAUCUCUACCACAGCAGGAAAGGUGGAGGUGACAAAUGGAUUAAACUACUGUAUCUUCAUCCUAGGGAAGUGCAACUUUCCAUCCAGACUUGUCUCAAUUGUAUCUUUGGUUAUAAAGAGACAUGGUGGCAAAGAGAGAUGCACUGUCCCUGUUCCCCUGUCACAAUGGGAUCUCACCCAAAGGAAAGAGCAGGCAAAGCGAUUCUAAGGUAGGAUUUUUGUGAUACUAUAAAAUAAAUAAAUCAGAAGCUCCUGCAAUACAUGCAGUUCUUUUUUAACUAUUAACUCUGCCUUUCUGGAACUGUGCCACCAGUAUAUUUUCAGCGAUUAGAUCACGUUCUAAAAUUGGCAAUGCACUAAAAUUUGACAGAAUCCUGUCUCCUGCCCUAUAAAUAUCCACUCCAAAGUCAUAUCUCUUAGGAAAGCUAGAGAGAGAGAGAGAGAGAGAGAGAGAGAGAGAGAGAGAGAGAGAGACCACUUGAUGAUGAUGAUGAUGCUAUGGAAGCUUGCUGUGCAAAUUGAUGUCCUGGUUAGAGCCCAGGGUGAAAGAAGAACAAAUAGAAACUCCAGAGAGAAAAGAUGCCAAAUAGAAUUGUCAACAAGCCAGAGUUCUUGGCCAAGAGCAGCUCCUUUAAGUAAUAGUCCAGAGACUCUCAAGAUACGGUCGACUGUACCUUUACAAAAUGCGCAAGCUAUAUUUUCUGCUGUUUCUACUGUGUAUGAAAAUAUUUUGGAGGGGAAAAUAUUUCAUGGAAACCUGGCUCUUUGACCUUUAGGUGUGGAAAGAGUUUAGCAGAUGGAUGCCAGCAUGGUGUCCAAAAAAAUGCCAUCGCUGUCUGUAAGCAUUUAUUUUAGGGAGUGUGGUAGACAUGGGUAGAAUAACUGACUGUUAUGGAAAGGAGGGGGCACCUAACCCAUUCAACCUUACUCUGCAGGCAGGAACAUUCCUGAUGUCUCAGUAUGGAUUUGGUGCAGUGUUAGCCCCUUUGCCCCUUCUCCAAAAGUCUUACUUGGAAACAAUAUGAUGCACCGGAUGCAUUUCCAGCAAGACAUGUUGUCAUUGUAUGUUCUUCUCCUGCUCCCUAGUCAACAGGGCUGUCACCAGACAUCUUGGGGCCCUUAGCACUGUGUCAUCAGUGGGGGCCCACACCCAACACACCCCAACACACACACACAUCCCCUCAUUGUGAUCAUUCUUUCUUCUUCUGCCUCUGCAGCAUCAUGUACCAUGCCUGCCAAGCCCCCAAGCAGCCCAGCUGUAACAAAACAUGUCUCUCCCUUAUUGGUCUCUACGGCCACAGCAGGCGCUGUAACCUUCCAACAGUUUGACAUCACUCCCAAAGGCGCACCAUUCCGUUGUAUUGCACGACAGAAGGAUGCCAGUCAAAUAUAAGAAAUAGGCAGCUGUUAAACUUCUACCUGUCAUGCAGCUGUUGAAGGCAUAGAAUCUCUAUGAAGCCAAUCCUGAAAGAGUAGCCUUUGCAACAAUGCCAGCUUAGGUGCCUUGUGGCUUUUUGAAGUUUUAACUGGUUUAUCGUGGCAUGAGCUUUUGUGUUCUUGAGCUCACUAUGGGCCCAUCCACACUUAAGUUUGUCCUGUGAUUUCAGCUGUUAUUUGGCUUUCAAAGGAAAAUCUACAUAUGAACGAGGUUCCACAUUUCCCCUGGUUUAAUUUCACCAUCACCUAUCUUUUCCUAUACUUUGGAUACUUAUCAUGGUAACUUCAGCCCACGGCCCACGGCUCUUCCUUUUUUAGUACAAAGUUGUUCUCUCUCCCAUUGUACGUGUCAGCCUCUCAAAUGUUUUUAAAUGGCUCAUGCUGAGUUUUGUCACUUUCAGGCCUUUUGACCUUGUCCACCUCACUUAGCUCCCCUGUCUUUUACAUGCCUUGUGAGUAAAAGAAAACACAGAUAAUAUUUGCCCACUGUUCAUAAAACACUUUUAAGUCAGCGUAUGGAAGGCAUUAUAUAAGUGUUAAGUAUUUUUAUGACGGGUUUAUUACAGUCCAUCUUCUCUGGCCCCGACAUGUCUGAGCCAGGUAACAUUGCCAGCAUUUUUUUAGUUGUUUUUGCUUUCUUUUUCUCCUCCUUCUCCUCUUCAACGGAUCUUAGCCAUCUUGCUUUUCACUCUGUUGCCUUUGCUUUCUGCUUUUCUGGCUCUGCACCCCAAAGACAGCUGUCAGAAAGCUGCUGAAGACCAUUAGGUAUAUCUUGGCAUUUCCUGCUACACAGCCUCUGACCUUAGUGACAGCGAUCCCUGCAACAGUGCUAGGCUACAGAAAGCCUGAGAAAGCAAUAGAACAAGGCAGUGCUUAGAUCACUGGGAAAGGCAGUAUGAAAGUGGUACUGCCUGGUGGAAAGGUUGGGGCCUCAGCAGUGGUGGAGAAAGCCUCUCUGGCACUGAGGGGCGGGGUGAACUGCCCUGCAGCGCACACACGGUGCCCGCAUGGACUGCACAUGUGUGGCACCCAUAUGAACAGUGCUCGAGCAGCAGCCCGUAUGGACACCACACGUGUGCCCUCGGCUGCUCUACAGCUGGGGGAGGGAGGCAGCAGGCCAUCUUGUCACCCCCCUGGGUAGCACCCUGGGCGGACCGCCCCCUGCCCCCCUUCAAAUACCCCUGGGCCUCAGAGUCUUUCAGGAGAGCAGCUGCUGCAUGCUUCAGGUUGCAAUCCCUGUUCACAAGGGAGGAGGCCUGCAGAACAAGCGUACAUGACUUGUUUCAAAGAAUCCUGGUACAGUCAUACCUCGGGUUGAAGUAGCUUUGGGAUGAGUAUUUUCGGGUUGCGCUCCGCGGUGACCCGGAAGUAACGGAGUGUGUUACUUCCAGGUUUCGCCACUCAUGCAUGUGCAGACAGUCAAAAUGACGUCAUGCACAUGCGCGGAAGCAGCGUAUCGCGACCCGCUGACAUGGGUUGCGUUCGCUUCAUGGUUCGAAUGGGGCUCCGGAACGGAUCCCGUUCACAUCCAGAGGUACCACUGUAACUAGAUUGUGAAGAGUGCUGGGAAUUAUAGCUCUGAGGGGCAAGCUACAGUUCCCAGGAUUCUUUGCGGGGAAUCCAUAUCCAUUUAAUGUAUGGUGUGCAUAUAGCCUAAGUAAGCUCUAUUGAACUUUGGAAACAUGCAUAAUAUUAGGGAGCAACUGGGACUCGGUUCUCCCCAUGGUUUAAAACACAUUAAUAGGAAAUGCACCCAUACCAAAUAAUUUUAUUUCUUGAUUUCGCAAAAUUGAUAUAUUGUUCGAUUGUAAGAAAACCUCAAAGCAGUUUACAAAUAUGAUCAAAUUUGGGCCACAGAAUGGGUGGUGGGGUAGCCUCUCCCCUGCCACCAAUGCUGUUUCUGAAAUUUAAAUCUUCCUUGGUAGAGGAAACUACCCUUUUGUUCCACAGGGGAGGAAAUAACAGCUACCAUUUCCCAAAGAUAGUAGACUGUUCAUGUAGGAAAGAGCAAAGCAAGAGAAGCUGGCAGGAAAAUUAUAGUACUUCACCAUAGCUCCCUAGAGUAGUAAAUGGGUUAUUAAAAUUAUACCCAGAUAUGGAGGUAGUAGAAUAUAUUCUUACUUGAUUUUUGAAAGUUAAUAAUUCUCUAGUCUAGGUGGGAUAUGGACUGUGCUAAUCUUCAAUCCAAACAUGGCUAGAGAAGCCACUACAUGGAGCAUGAUUCUUGGUACAAGCUUUAAAGCAUUCUCAAUUUAAUGGUUUCAUGAUUUGUCCUUUUACUUGAAUUAAAAUUACAAUCAUGCACAUUGUGGGAGACAAGUUUAAAAACAGAUGACAAUAAGGAGGAAAAAUGGCAGCUGUUGGAAUACCACCACUCAAGUGUUCUCUAGAUUACAUCUUUUGGGGUGUCCCCCUCCCCUUUAUGGUUCUAUUCAUUUCUUUAGUUGCCUAAUAAAACCUUACCUGCAGCAAAUCCUUUAUCUAAGGUCAUAAAUGCAAUCAGUAAAAGAACUUAUCUUGGAGAAGGAUCACUUUCAGAUUUUAAUUGGGUUACAGCUGUCUGUAACAAACAAAACCCUGGUGCUGGGAUCAUACUGAUGAAUCUCUUGUAUUCUCUGAGUCCUUUGCUGCUGGCUUCCAAAAGAAAUGAGAGUUUGGAAUGGAAUAGGGGCACAACUGCUCUGACUCGCUAUGGUCAUUCCUAUGUUCCUAAGCUUCUGGCAGCCAAUUCUAAACACUUGCGCUGGCAUGUCUUCCUGCACUUGUCUUGUAAUAUCCAGUGCCAAAAAAGUGAUUUUGAAAAAAUGUUAUUAGUCAAUCAGAUGUUUCUAGUGAAACACAAGGCUAUUAUUAUUUUUGCUGAUCCGUGAACCCCUUGUUUAAUCUCAUAUCCUUCAUCCCAACUUCUGUGGAGACCAAGUACUUGCAAGAGGAUUUGCUGUUAAUUCUGUUUCCAUUUCUGCCCUCACCUCUUCCUGCUGUCUCUCCCUACUGUCAAAUGUUAAAUUGUAAGCUUCUAGUGGGCUUAGACCUUUUUCUCUUUGUGCUACCAUGUGAAAACCACUCAACUGUUGUGUAUAUCAGUGGCACUACAAUGGUACACAUCCUUCGUCAUCUAGGAUUAGAGCAGCAAUACCUCUCUGUGCCUUGCGUUUAAACAUCAGUAGCUUUUUUUCCAUAUUAAAUGAUAAUAAAACAUUCAAUAUUGAAUAAGAAACUUUGCAUCAACAUUUUCUGUCCAAGACUUCAGUCUUUUUAAUUUGUUAAAAGUUACAGUACCACACUGCCAGGAGGUACUGUUGUUCUGUGUUAACAUAUUUUGAAAAGCUGGAUGUGUUAUUAUUAAAUUUUUCAAUUAUAUUAUUUAAUUUUUGAAUUGCUGCCCAUGAGGCAUCUGGAAGUGAUUUGCAAUAUAAUGAAAACAUAUAAAGCAUUUACAUUAAGCCAAGGCAAAAAAAAGUAUUCAUCUUUAUCUCAGGAAACAGGUACAGUGGUACCUCGAGUUAAGUACUUAAUUCAUUCCGGAGGUCCGUUCUUAACCUGAAACUGUUCUUAACCUGAAGCACCACUUUAGCUAAUGGGGCCUCCUGCUGCCGCGCCGCCAGAGCACGAUUUCUGUUCUUAUCCUGAAGCAAAGUUCUUAACCCAAGGUACUAUUUCUGGCUUAGCGGAGUCUGUAACCUGAAGCGUAUGUAACCCAAGGUACCACUGUAUACAGCUUUUCUUUACAUGGCUGUGAAUUAGGGUAGGGAAUCUCAUGCCCAGAGGCAAUGGGUGGGGCAAAUGCAGUCUUCCAUGCCUCCUUAUCUGGUCCUUUAGACUCUCUCUAGAGUCCAGACCAUAUACUUCUUAAUGGCCCUACUCUGUGCCUCCGGAGUGAUUUUGCUUGGUUGGAAUGUGUUCUUGAACUGUGAUAAUGGCUCUUGCUUGCCUGGAUGGAAAAUAGAGAGGAGUAUGGAAUCCUCUAGCUUUUGCAUGGUUGGAACAUGGCACACACUACAAAGGUAAGAGAAUCACAUCCAUCGCUCUGAACAUUUUUGCUUCUGAUCCCACCCACCACUGCCAUGCGUUCCCCAGGUUUCUCAUGAGCAAAUGUGACCCUAAAGGUAAAGAUAAAGGGACCCCUGAUCGUUAAGUCCAGUCGUGAACGACUCUGGGGUUGUGGUGCUCAUCUCGUUUUACUGGCCGAGGGAGCCGACGUUUGUUUGCAGACAGCUUCCGGCUCAUGUGGCCAGCAUGACUAAGCCGCUUCUGGUGAACCAGAGCAGCACACGGAAACGCUGUUUACCUUCCUGCCGGAGCGGUACCUACUUAUCUACUUGCACCUUGACGUGCUUUCAAACUGCUAGGUUGGCAGGAGCAGGGACCGAGCAACGGGAGCUCACCCCGUCGCGGGGAUUCGAACCGCCGACCUUCUGAUCGGCAAGCCCUAGGCUCUGUGGUUUAAAUCACAGAGCCACCCUUGUCUACAUGUGGCCCUGCCUUGAGCUAUAAAGGGUUCCCCACACCUCAUGUAAGACACAUUUCCUUCAGCUGGAGAAUAACACUCAAGAGUCUGAUGAACCAGACAACAGCCUGUUUCCAACCCAGACCUGAAAUGUUGCUCCAUUGCUCCAGAUAGCAACCCCAGCUUUUAAGAAACCCUUUACAUUUCUUCUGGCCAUUCUCCAGUUCAGACAAGAAAGAAGGAUGGAGCAGGAGACACCACUUUCAUAUGGUGGCUAUUUGAGUGCAGCAGGAAGCAAAGAGGAGUCCCCAGAAUGAGCCAAUGUGUAGACCAGGGGUCAGCAACCUUUUUCAGCCGUGGGCUGGUCCACCGUCCCUCAGACAUGUGGUGGGCCAGACUAUAUUUUUUUGGGGGGGAAAUGAACGAAUUCCUAUGCCCCACAAAUAACCCAGAGAUGCAUUUUAAAUAAAAACACACAUUCUGCUCAUGUAAAAACACCAGGCAGGCCCCACAAAUAACUAGGAGAUGCAUUUUAAAAGCACACAUUCUACUCAUGUAAAAACAUGCUGAUUCCCAGACCAUCUGCGGGCCAGAUUUAGAAGGCGAUUGGGCGACAUCCAGCCCACAGACCUUAGGUUUCCUACCCCUGGUGUAGACACAGAAACCUUCCACUCAUGGAAGAAAAGAUUAAGAGGAGAGGUUUCCUUGCUAGGUGCAGCAUGCAAGGAACUCUUGUUUGCAACCUGUCGUGCAAGCGCUUUUCAGUUUAUUGCUCCAUCCAUGUUAUCCUUGGUAUCAGUGCUGAAUUCUUCAAUGAUGUCGCAGAAGGGCAGGGCACAUAAUCUGUCUCCUUUGGAGGGAGAAGAUAAGAGGGAACACAAUCAGACUUUGGAUAAAAGGAACUUGUAAUGAAAGGCUUGUGAAAAUAGAAUAGAAUAAAAUAGUAGCUUCAGGGCAAAUAGCUGCUUGGGUUUGUGUUUGCAUUUGCAUAUGUGCAUGAGUGUUGUGAUUUAGGCUUAUGUUUAGAGUAGACCCACUGAAAUAAAUGAGAUGACUAAAGUGGCAUUGAUUUCACUGGGUGCAUGACAAGGGGCCCUGCGGGAUCUGAUUUCUUUCCGUAGGGCCUGUAAGACAGAGUUGUUCUGCCUGGCCUUUGGCUUAGAAUCAGUUUGAUUCCCUCCCCCUCUUUCUUUUUCCUUUCUCCUCCUAUGAAGAAGCUGCAUCCUAAUGUUUUAAUGUUGUAUUUUAAUCUUUUUUUAAAAAUUGUAUUUUAAUCAGCUUGUUUUUAUUAUUGGUUGUUAGCUGCCCUGAGCCCGGUCUUGGCUGGGGAGGGUGGGGUAUAAAUAAUAAUAAUAAUAAUAAUAAUAAUAAUAAUAAUAAUAAGGGCUGUGUACACAAGACAUUUUAUUCUCAAAACAAUGAAGACUGAGUACUAGGGUUUUUUUCCCCUGUAGUCCACACACAAUCUAGAUCUACAGUAGUGCAUUUUUUUGCCUCUGAAGAGUCCUUCUUUGAAAAACGUGUUCUAUGUGGAAACUAAAAUCUCAUUGCAGAUUGAUUCUACAUUACCUGGAAUAUGUCCACUUGGAAACUGAUAAAAACAGAUGCAGGUGGUCUCAGCAAUGGGGGGGGGCAGGUGGUAUCCACAUCUUUCCAACGGCGAGACCUGUACCAAGAUUGCAAUCACCACUUCCUUCUUAACUAGGAUGGGGGCUGAGAAAAAAUGGCAUGGGAAACCUAAUCAAGGGGAGGGUUUUCAAACCUGUAUCAAGUAACCACACCCACCCUUGUGGACUGCAGGAUCUAGAAUCAUUGUAGAUUGAAACCAACAUGUUGAGGAUGAAUGUGAAUGAUUUUAGACUGAAAAAUACCACAUUCUUGUGCUACAGAGUGAACACAGCCUAAGUCUGGAUCCAACCCAUAGCCUUUUUUACAUCUUCCCAGAUGAAAGAAUGUUUGGGAGCCCUAUAUGUUGGCAGUGAUUGGUGGUGGUGUCACUCACUUCAACCUCCAGUUCCUCCUCUGAAAAAACAGAGGUUUAAGUGAGUCCAGUGGUGGUGGUGUUUAAAGACAAAUCAUUAAAAUAUUUCAGACUGGACUGAGACAUCUGCACUCUUCAAUUUCUAUGGCUUUGCUCUGAGCUCUCUUUUUUUAAUUAUUAUUAACCCCCAAAGGUUCAGUCACAUAAAUACCACAUUAAGAGGCUUAAUGAAAUACAGUAGUACCUCGGGUUAAGAACUCAAUUCAUUCUGGAAGUCCGUUCUUAACCUGAAACUGUUCUUAAACUGAGGUACCACUUUAGCUAAUGGGGCCUCCCACUGCCGCUGGCACACGAUUUCUGUUCUCAUCCUGAAGCAAAGUUCUUAACCUGAGGUACUAUUUCUGAGUUAGCUGAGUCUGUAACCUGAAGCACCUGUAACCUGAAGUGUCUGUAACCCAAGGUACCACUGUACUGUACUUUAGUCUUAGGUUCUCAGCCAGAAAUAACCACAAGAGAAUUGGUGCACCAUGAGAGGAAUUCCUGUUUGCACUCUUGUACCAUCAUCCUAUGGUUUAUUGCUCCCUCCAUGUUGUCAUUGGUUUCAGUCCCUGAAUUCUUCACUGUUGUUAAAGAUGGGCAGGGCACAUCAUCUGUCUCCCUUGGGCGAAGAAGAUAGAGGGAAUACAAUCAGACUUUGGACAAAGGGAACUAGUGAAGAAACACUUGUAGCAUGAUUCAAAAAUUCAAACAGCAGCCUCAAGGCAAAUAGCAACUUUGGUGUGUGUACAUUUGCAUAUGUACAUGUGAUUGUCAGUGGUGAAAAUGGCAAAGGGAGGAAUUAAAACCAUCCCCUCAUGCCAUGAACCCAAUCCUGAUUGGGGUCCUCUGUGAGUAUUGCAAGUUAAAAGAAUACUCUGAGUCACAAAAUUAAACAAAAUGUGACUAACAUGACAUCUAGUUCAUUCCAAAGAAGUUAGUUAUACUGGAGUCUUUGGAGAGAUUCAAUCCUAUGCAUGCUUGUCCUGAAGCAAACUCCAGUUAAUGAAGUCAGUGAAGAUCCAAAGGUUCAGGCUGUAAGGCUACUUUGGAAGUAAGCACCAUUGGACACAAGACUUUCUUCUGAGGAAACCUACACAAGAGAGGGCAUUCUAAGACAGGGGUAGUCAAUGUGGACUCCCUGUCUACAACUCCCUUAUACCUUGGUCAUUGGCCAUGCUGGCUGGGUGUGAUGGAAGUUAUAGUCCACAACAUCUGAAGGCAGCAUGUUCUACGUCUGAACAUUAACUAAUUUAUUGAUAGGUCUCUUUAAAGCAGGCUUCCUCAACCUCGGCCCUCCAUAUGUUUUGAGACUACAGUUCCUAUCAUUCCUGACCACUGGUCCUGCUAGCUACGGAUCAUGGGAGUUGUAAUCCAAAAACAUCUGGAGGGCUGAGGUUGAGGAAGCCUGCUUUAAGGUUAUGAGAGGAUGAAUGGAGGCUUCUUUGUUUGUGGCAGGUGGCAGGCUCAAAGCUGGGACAGGAGUUCUGGGUGACAUGAUGACCUCCAAGAGGUUGUUCUAUGUGUAGAACCAAGGCCUUUAUUUAGACUGGAACCCUUGUAUAGGUGCCAUCAAGAUUUGCCAGGAUUGUUAUAAGGUGAAGCAAGGCAAGGUUUAGUCAUCACCUGCAGGGAAAGAACAGCUAAAUAAUGUCACUUACUAUUGACAGAACUGUAACCUGACUAUUUACAUAUUUAUUCAUCUAUGUCUUGCUGACUCCAUUGAGGCAGGCACAAAAGAAAAUGUGCAUAGGAUUGCUGCAAGGAUUGUAGCACCAUAUCAAGGGCUCCUUAACUGUCUCAUAAGGAACUUGUUGUGCUCAGCACCUCAUAUUUUCCCAACACAGUUUCCCCUUUCAAAACUUUAUCGUUCAAACUAUGAACUGGAGCUCAAGGUACAUCAUUUAGGCUCAAAGUCCUCAGUGUUGAAGGGUCCCUGCUCCUGAACAAGAUGUUUACAGUUUUGCAGCUCUCCCAAACUCUUUCUUGUGGUCCAAGAAGGCUCACUUGUGUCCAGCAUCCAGACACCAGAUUCUAACCCAGUGUGCCUCUGAAUGUACACAUGCAUGCAGAUGCCUAUACCUGGGACCGGCUGGCAAUGCUUUUCAGUGACGUUGCGCCAUCUCUGUGCCGAUUCGGCAUUUAUUAUGGAAAAACCAUCCAUCUGCAUGCAACUUCCUUCCUCUCUAGACAGGCAGGCAGAAUUUUCCAUUCUACCCAUCACUUCUUUUUAAGAAAAGAAGAAAUCUUAACAGAAAUAUACCAUUCCCCUCCUCCAGCACACAUAUGUAACAAACAAGGUUGGAGAGCUGGAAGAGGUACGGUAUAUAAGAUGGGGAUAAUGUAGCCCUGUCUUUGUCAGAUGCAGAUCCUGCUGUGCCUAGAUAGUGUGCUUUCCUUUCCUUCAGAGAGCCAAUCAUACAAGGUAUUUUUUGUCCCAAGGCUCAUUCUGGGGCUGGCAGGUCUCACAUCUGCCUGCCAGGUGUAACAGGCCAUCAGGAACAGCAGGUACAUCACAUAUAAGGCAGUGCAGCAAGCACAUCUUUGGUGUAAACAAACACAGCAGCUUUGCUGUAGCAGCUUAUAGGAAUCUGAAAAUAAAAAUGCUUCAGUGGCCCCUGAACUCUUGAGCUUUGGUGAUUGAUGAUCGCUGCUGGUGUUUACGAGGAUAUCUAUGAAACGUAGUUGCUUGCAUACCUUGGAUCGUAAACCGAUCGGUUGCAGACCAAGAAUCCUGGAGAGGGAAGCUGGGCGGGGGAGAAAGAAGGGAACCUUUUGGGACCCAAAUUAUUGCAACAGAACUUUGGCCCCAGGGCUGAGCUACAUCUGUGACAUCUUUCUGGAGGAACCUGGUGUGUAGAGACCAUAUAUAUGUAUGUAUGUGUGUGUGAUGAUGACCCAGCCUAUAAUCAGCAUGAUGGAGCAGGGAUGCUAUUUAAGAUGAACAGGAGGAACCACUGAUCUCAUUCCUGGGAACCAAAGGACUGCUCCUAAACACCAAGGUCAAACUACACUUAAAAACUUAAUAGCAGCCUCACAUGUGUAUAUGUGCCAGUGUGUUUGCAUGCAGUUUAGAUCUGCACUGCUGUGCUGGGGAAAGGGGAAAUUAACCCUUUCCACUUAGUGUUCUUUCCCGAUUGGAAUCCCUUUCCCACAGCUAUGACUUGCUCCGUGGAGCGAAAUAUACAGGUCUCAAUACGAUAUGUGUGUGUGUUGCCCUGCAGGGAAAAUAGCGGCUUCAUGAGCUUUAAAGAGGAAAAGGACACAGUGAAAAGGUUGCAAAAAUUCCUUAAGCACUGUGGUCCUGAUUAAAAUUAAGAGCAGUGUGGUGUUAGAAUUAGUGGUUAGAAUCCUCUGCAAACUGAAGCGCAUUGGGUGACCUUGGCCAGUCGCUGCCUCUCACCUUAACCUACCUCAACAGGGUUGUUGUGAGGAUUAAAGGAGAAGGGGAGGACCAUGCCCACUACCUUGAGCUCCUUGCUCCUUGGAAGAAAGGUGGGAUAGAACUGAAAUAAACAAAUAAAAUUCAUCUCCUGUGAUUGCUAGUAAUACUGGAGAGCUGUGACCCUUAUUUGCCCUUGGUCAGACAAUGUGAUUUGUAUGACUCGUAGGCAUCAUCUUCAGCCUCUCUUUUCAGAAAUGAAGGACUAGGGUGGCCAUGGGUCCUACUUUACAGAAGACAGUCUUUUAUUUCAAGGUGUCCUCUAUUCAAGCAGUGUGGAAUUGGAUCUACCUAUACUUCAAGGUAGUUGUAGCCGAGACAGAUGUCAUAUAUCCUUCUGCAAUGUCCUUGCAGCACAGCAUUUUCACAGUUUAAACAAGGAAAGAGUUGCCUUUGGGGGUUUAAUUUGAAAUGAGGUUUACUUGUGUCAGGUUUUGGGAAAUUUUUCUAUGCCUGUGUUUCCCCUGGAAUUUGUGCAUGUGGCUUGGGGAGGUUCAGGCUUUCGGGGUCUGCUUUGAUUUUUUACUAGAACCCUGAAAUCCACAUGGAUGUUUGAUCUAUAGACUCAUUCCCAAAGCAAGAACAUAAACAACAACAAUAAAAAAAAUACUGUGGCUCACCUGUAAAAUAUCAGUUUCAGCAAAUAGUCCUUUUCAAACUGGUGUUUCAUCUGAUGGCUCAUUCCCAAAGUAAGUCAUCACUUGAUUCCACAGUCAUCAUUCAUAACUAUGAGCCAACAAUAAGACUCAGCAGCAGCACCCCUUUUCUGUGCUGCAGAUGAGCUGUGAAGAUGAGGGUGCCUUUGAGCAUAUGCAAAGUGCAGUGCCACCCAAGAACCACAACUUGUGCCCAUGUGUGUAAGAUGGGGCAGCUUCUGGAUUCUCAGGCGAACUUGAGCCCCAAAACCUCUCAUUGUAGAAAUGAAGCACAGGAUCUGUACCAGUUUUAGAGACUGGAAGGGAGUAUUAGGAAGUGAUGCAACAGAAUCUCUGGCCACGGCUUGCCUGUGGGUUUGAGGAUCUGAUGUUUGGACAAGAGGAGAGCCUUUGAAGUUUUGCCUGAAGUUCCCUGAGCCGGCUCUCUCUCCCUCCAUAAAGCCAUUAGGCUCUGGUGGUGCCAGCCCUAUCUCUUGCUCCAUCUUGGCUGCUUUCCCCCACCCUCACUUACAUACACAAACCUCCUGCCCUAGGGGUUGGAAGGAGGGGCAGGACCGUGAGUGAGCGGGGUUAUUACAGGGAGUCCUUUUGAAGAGGAGGUUUAUUUUCGGGAGGAAUUGCGGGGGAGCUGUUAGUCCCCUGCCAUAGAGGCCAGGUCAUUUCCGGGAAGGCUCUGCAUGACAAAGGAAGGAGGUUUCACUCCCUUUGAUCUGCCUUCGCCGGACCAUGCGCUGCACACCUGCUAGCGAGCCGCCACCAUGCUCUCUGGAAGGGGAGCAGAAGUGCCUCUGGGGCGCCCCCUGAUGGGCUAAUACCAAAUGGCUUGGAGCCAUCCCUUGGGGCUGAGUUAAGCCCCACCCCGCAACGAUACUCCAUCAUUGUCUUCAUCGGCUGCCUCUUUAUAAUGUGUGAAGCCCUCUCAUUCCUAAUCAGACUAUCUAACCGGGUUUUAUCAGCUCUCUCUCUCUCUCUGACAGUGCAUUUCCCAAACCCUGCCAAUAACUAGAGAUACCUGGGAUUGACCCUGCAUGCAUUUGGCUGCAACCCCUCCUCCUCCAAUAUUCACACAGUGCAUUCAGAAGUUAAGUCCCAUUGAGUUUAAUGGGAUUUACUCUGUGGUAGGUAAGCAUAGGAUUGCAGCCACAUCUGAGGUAGGAAAAGAAGGGUUUGCCCCCUCUUCCCUACUCGUUCAGUGUACUACUCUGAGCAGUUGGUGUGCUUGCAUUAUCUCCCACAAUCAGAAAGUGCACCAGUGAGCAUAUCUGUUGUCUUACAAGGCAGGGAUGGGAAGCCUGUGACCCUUCAGAUCAGCCUUGCCCAACCUGGUGCCCUUCAGAUGUUUUGGACUGCAAAUCCCAUCAGCCUCAGCCAGUAUGGCUGUCAGGGAUGAUGAGAAUUGUUGUCCAACAACAUUAGGCGGUCCAGAGGUUUUACAUGCCUGAUUUCAGGGCAAAUAAUGGGUCUGGUGCACUUUAAAGGUCUAUGUAAAUUUCCUGCUAUGGCAGCAGCCCUAAAGGGCUGUAGGCUCCAGUAAAGAGUUCCCAUUCAAAGCUCAGUAUGGACACAGUCAUGCACCCUCCCUAAACUAAGUAUGAAUUCCAGUGUUGAAAAUGACAUGGCCAUUGAGUGCCCCAUAUCCAUGUCUCUGCUGGUGGAGCUGAGCUCUUUUGAUGAGUUACAGCCAAAUUAGUGGAUUGCCCUAAUUUGGGUUUGAGCUGACUUAAAAUGUCACAAAUGAUCCUGUGAAACCUGCUUCCCCCCACCCCCCAUUCAGCUUCCAUAAGAGUAGUCAUGCUAAAAUAGCUAAAAUAGUGAAGUAUUGUGGCAUCUUAAAAACUAGCAUUUAUUGUGGCUGAAGCUUUUGUGGGCUAGAGUCCACUUCACCAAAUGCAUGCUAAAGUGAACUCUAGGCUACAGAAGUUUGCACUAUAAUAAAUUUGUUAAUUUUUAAGGUGCCACAAAUCUUCAGGUACUUCUGAAGAGAUAUGAUGAUUUACAAAACCUUUGAACACAGUUUUCUAAAUUAGUCAUUUUCCACAAUAGUCAGAAUGCCCAUUUUUAAAUAUAAUCUAUCUAUCUAUCUAUCUAUCUAUCUAUCUAUCUGCAGAAUUUGUGUUACCCUUGACACAAUAAAUCUGUUAAUAUUUAAGGUGCCCUAAGCCCCUUUGUUUUGUUUUUACAAAUCUUCAGAUACUCCUGAAAGGGCAGAAAUGAUUUACAAAACUUUCAAACACUACUCUCAAAGUGGAUGAUUUGCCAAGAUAGUCAGAAGGCAUGUGCUGUUGUUUUUAAAUAUAUGCAGAAAUUGUGUUACUCUUGACACAAAGGGUAAGAGAUAACAGGAGCAGUAACACAAUCUUAUGCAGCCUUCUUGACAAAAGGAUGUUCCUUCCAGUAUGAAGGAAAGGGGGGUGGGAGGGGGACCAUGAAAGACAUCUCCUCUCCACCUCCACCCUCCAGUUAAUUUUUAAACAAGAGUUGGCUCAUACUUUCCUGGAAGUUUUGCCUAUUGACUUGAAGAACCUACCCAUCCCCCCUUGGCUAAUCUGGUUGUGCAUGGUAGCAAGGGGAAGAACACUCUGCAGGUGUUCAGACACUCUCCUCUUUAUUAUGAACUAAUUAAUUGUGCUGACGUUAAAAUAUCUUUCAGGGAUGAUCCUUUGCCCCCAAAUUAAGCCUUGCCAAUGGGAUCUCUUUGAAAGGAAGUGAGCAAGUUUUCUAGCGAUCUGGUCUGGAAAGAUGAUAUCCUUCCAGCCUCCUUCUCCAUGUGUGUGUUUUGGGAUGGAGUUGAUGAUUAGCCAUGAGAGGAGCAGGGGAAGUUUCUCUGCUCUCUCUCUCUCCCCCACUCCCAUUUUAGUGUACUCCUCUUCUUGUUUCUCCUCCUCCUCCUUUACCUCCCUUUUUCUCUGCAGGAGGUCAGGCCUGCUCCAAAUGAUCCGCAUCACACAAUCCAAGAGAUGUGAUGCCUCAAAGCAUUUUGGCACACAAAUGCAAGGCUGCACCUCAGCAUCCCUUGGAACCACUGGAAAAAGAAGCCUGGGGUACAAUUUCUAGACUGCAUAUUGUCAAGCCAGGUGUGCCACUACCUAAGUGUGUUGUCAUGCCAAGCAACUGCAUGAGUUGCUUUUGUGUAAUCGGGUCAGCAGCCCUUGUAGGAUUUAAACUGAGCCAGGGCUCACCCCAGAGUCUCCUUUCACCACUGUGAUAUGCCUAGUAAUAGUAAGCUGGAGACGAAGACCUUUCCAGGAAGAUAGAAGGCUUUGAGAAUGCCAGGUGGUACCAGAUCUGCCCCGUAUCCAUUUCUCCAUAUUCUGGGACUGUCUUAACCAUUGCGCUGUUCACUAGAAGGAACUUAGUUCAAAUCUGCUCACCUCUGGGCGGUUAACCACCUGAGGGAAGAGCAGCCCCGAAGUGCUCUUAACUAUUUUAGCCUCAAGGAACAAGAAAAUACAGAGUUAAGGAGGAAGAAUUAUGUGUAAGUCAAAAGCUGGGACGGCUAACAUUUCAGCACCUGCGUCCAAAAAGGGAUGCUGUGUGACUUGAAAGCUUGCUGCAAGACCAGCCGGAAAGUAUGCCUUGAUUUUAAGGGCCCCCUUUAACCUCCCCACCUUUUCACACUUUGCUCAUUUUUAACUAGUACCAGACCUCUCGUUUUUGUCGCUACUUCCCCUCCCCGCCCUACCCUUUGAUGCAUGCCCUGCUUUAUGAAUCAUCCCGCCAGCCCUCCAGAGGAAUUCCCUCACUUGCUUUGUGUCUCUCUCUAGUCCUCCUAGCCAAGAAGUGAAUGCCUCUGAGCAUGUGCAGUCUGUAAGUGGAAUCUACUGCCACGGUUCGUGCCACCCACCGACCUCUCCCAUCUCCGUGGGUGGGUGGAGAUGCAGAAGGGUGGGCGCCCUGGGAGAAGAUCUCCGGCGCGUCUCCAAGCCCAGCAGGUCUCCAGAGACGCCCUGCGCGGUGGCUGGGGAGAGGGGGCGGCGGAGAGCAAGCGAGCGGCCAGCCUCCCUGCUGCUGCUGAGAUCCCUCCUUCCCUCCCACCUCGCCGGAGCUGCUGCGCCCCCCUCCCUCCUCCUCCUCCCCCUCUCUCGGGUUGACUCCCCUCCUUUUCAUUCCCUUCCCUUCCUUGUCUUGCAGGGAGCCCUGAUGUGUCUCAGCCUGGCCGGGCAAAGACGCGGGAGCCGCGGGAAGUGCACCAUGCCCGGGACGCGGCUGAUCCUCAGCCUGACUCUCCUCUGCGGCUGCACGCAGCUUCUGGUCGAGGCCAGCUCCUGGUGGUGAGUGAGACCCAGCGGGCGAUGCCCGACUUACUUUUUCUCCCCUUUGUCCUGUGUUUGCGUAUUUUUUGGAGGGGGGCCCGAGGAAUGGUGAGGGAAGAAGCCAGGCACGAAAAGGGACGCUUUCUCUCCAACAUCACCAGCACCUCCGCACUCACUCCCCGGGGACGGAUAACGCACGUGGAGUUUCCUCCUGGCCUUAGUUAGAGGCUGUGUUGGGGACUUGGGAUUUUGGGAAAGUCGUUUAACUGCCCCUCCCGUUCCUGCUUUUAACAGCAUCUUUUGCAAGAACUCUCUGCAGUUCGCCACUCGGAAGACACCCAGUGCGCGCGUUGGAAGUAGUGUGUGUUGGCGCCUUGUCUUUUCUGCAGCAAAAAUCUAUUUUUAGAAAAAGCCCCUUUGAAAGUACUUCUGAUAAGUAAGGGGAACGGACUGAAAAAGCACAUUUCCCCCUCUCAAUAGAUGCGACUAACUAGCUACGCUUCCCUCUCUUGGCUUUUUCGUUUUCUCCUUUGCGCCCAUCGUUGUCCUGCCCGGACUAAGUGACACCCUCAGUUCCGAGCGCAUCUCCUGGAAGUUAGUUCCGUUGUAACCAGUAGGAGUUUUUACUUCCAAGGACUUAAAAAUUGCCAGCAUUUAUGGAGAACUCGCUUGAAAGGGCGGCAGGGUCUAUGUUGUGACUUUCUGUCACUUUCUGGGCAGCGCCUGGCACUCUUCUGUUAUUAAACCAAAAGUCCACAUGGAGACUGUUUUUUUUCCAAAGCUCAGAGCAAGACAGGCAUUUCCUGAUGAGAGACCCUAAAUUGGUGUUUGGUGGGGGGUGUGUGUGCUGUCGGUUCCUGAUCAGUUGUAGGAAACUGUUGGUUCUCCCAUUUAAUUAAUUCCAGAAGUGUGGCUGUGUUAGUUUAUGCAUCCGAUGUAGGAGGCUGGUGCCUUUUUAAGGGGGGGCGUAGUUAGCUACUUUAAAUCCUCUUCCCCAAUUAGGGAAGUCUCUGCCACUUGGCUCUUAAGAGGUCUCUUUGUGAGUUCCCCAAACAGGGUCUCUCCCUUCCAGCUGCCCUGUUCACAUUCUGUUGGAAAGACAAAGCCUCAAAAGCCAAACUGUGGCUGCAAGAGACAGACAAGACAGAGAGAGACAGAGAGCUGGUCUGAGAUUGGAUUGAUUGAUUGAUUGAUUCAUCGUGGUGUUGGUUUCUCAUUCCAGGUCAUUGGCUAUGAACCCAAUCCAGAGACCUGAGAUGUACAUCAUUGGCGCCCAGCCCGUGUGCAGCCAGCUGCCAGGGCUUUCCCCGGGGCAGAGGAAGCUGUGCCAACUUUACCAAGAGCACAUGGUGUACAUUGGUGAGGGGGCCAAGAACGCCAUCAAGGAGUGCCAGUACCAGUUCCGGCAGAGACGGUGGAAUUGCAGCACAGUGGACAACACGUCUGUGUUCGGCAGGGUCAUGAGCAUAGGUAAGUGAGGGUCCAGGAUGGAGAGGGUGGGGUGGUGGUUCUAAGGAUCAUGGAAGGUGUGAUGGAGAUGAGAAGGUGUGGACUGGGAGGCGUCAAGAGCAACACCUGGGGAAAAUGGGGCUCCCAAGAGCAGAGUUAUCUAGAACAAGAGUGAUAGAUGGGAAACCUGCAAUCCUUCAUAGGUUGCUGGACUCCAGUUCCCAUCAGCCAGCACAGUCCAGUGGUCAAAGAAUCCACCUAGUACUCAUGGGAAAAUGUGGCGUGAUCUUUUAGAGUAACCAAAUGAAACUUGUAACACACGGCAUGAUAAAAGUCUGUCAUUUCACCAGGACACGUUAUUUGUUGUUUACUGUUGCAAUAAUUGUUUUCUGAAAAUUUAUCUUCUGUACCAUGAAAAUAAAUAAAAACUUCUUUUUUUAAAAAAAGGAUGAUGGGGAGUUGUAGUCCGGCAACAUCUGCAGGGUCACAGACUCCCCAUCAUUGCAUUAAGAGGCUGGGUAAAGCCGUAGAAGUGAGUGGGGUCCACCAUUAAGGGUAGAGCUACUUUGAGGAUAUCAUCACCUGAGAAUAUGGAAGUAGGAAGGCGAUUUGCACACGGGUGCAAGCAUGGUGCACCAAGGAGAAGAGAGAGGGGUUGUAGGUGGCAUGAGUAUCACAUGCAGAAUGGAGCAAAUGGUGUUAAAAAGUCAUGGGAAAGCCAGUUUGUGUGAGAGAGGCAGGGGAGCAGGUGGAAAGUAAAGGGGAACCAGCUAGCUCCAGGUAGCACUGGUUGGAGAAAGGAAAGGAGAUAAGAUUAAUGCCAAGGGGAAAUGGUUGUGGGUGGUUUGUAGAGCCAGGGAAACCUGCAUGGAGGAAAAGGGUGUGAUUUCAUAUAGUGUUUGAUCAAGUGCUUGAGGAGUAGCAAAGAUAUAGUGAUAGAUACAGUACUUGCAAAGACCAAUCAAUCCUUAAUUCUGCUGUGCCCGAUUUAAAGUCUUCCCCUCCCUCUUUCAAAGUAUCUAAGCAUAGCAGAUCUCACUCUUGCAUCAGGCUUCACUAUUAAAGAAAUCCCUAAAACGGGCUUCCUCAACCUCGGCCUUCCAGAUGUUUUGAGACUACAAUUUCCAUCAUCCCUGACCACUGGUCCUGUGAGCUAGGGAUCAUGGGAGUUGUAAGCCAAAAACAUCUGGAGGGCCGAGGCUGAGGAAGCCUGCCCUAAAGCAUUGAUCAAAGAUAUACCUUGAGUUACAGCUCACUACCUUUUUGAAUACAAAGGACAAAUGGACUGAACCGAAACUGUGAGUCAUUGAAACUUGUCUGUAACACCCUGCUGGUCAAUGUCUCAUGUACUAGAAGUGUUAAAACGUUUUCUGAUUAGAGAUGGUAUUGUCUGAAAUGACUAAAACAUUUGCAUUGGAAAACCUCCCUUGUUUCCUCUAACUACACAGAGCAGCUACCUUUGCAUUCUGCCUGAUGAAAAGUUAUGUGAAGCUUAAAGAGUGACAUGCUAGAAAUCAGUCCCACGAGAAAGGAACCCACUGCCAGUCAGGGCUUCCAAUUGUGUGAUACAUGUCCUUUAUGUACUGCACAGGUGUGCAGUAUAGCCACUGUUUUGGAAAUGGCCUUGUGGAAAGCGGACCUAAGGGAUCGUUGCGUUGCUUGCUGUCUUACCUGUUUUGUUUCUCUUUAGGCGCUUAUUGGUCAAACUUAGUAUUUAAAAUCAGAUGCACUCAAAAGUGUCCAGAAGACGUAAGCUCUGCAGUCAUACAGCUGACCUCUCAUUCUUAAAUGUGUUGGGAAAAUGCACUCUGUACAUUGCUCCGAGUCACCGUUACUGAGUGUGCUUAUCAUUAUCAUUGAAACUGGUUCCAUGAUUAAGCUCUGGCUGUAUCUACACUAUUGGGAAGGGUUCUAGAACUUCCCUGGGUAUAUUAUUCAGUUAUCCACCUGUUUGGAGGGUCAACACACAUCUGGAACUUGGGGCGGAGAAGCAGGUUGGAGGUUCCUGCAGAACAGCAGUGUAUGGGUCCCAUGCUGUGGAAUACUCUUACAGCAGAGAUUUGGCUGGCAUCUUCCUUGUUUUUGACUUUCAGGCGUCUCUCAAAGACGCUGUUUAAGCAUAGAGGUAUUUGCAGCUGUUUACGUUUUAUUUUUGAUCAGCCAGUCACCUUAAUGAUUAUCUGCAUUUUUUAAAAUGGUCUUUUAAGUUUUUAUGUUGUACAGCAACCUGAUAUUUUAUGAUAUGGCAGUAUAGAAAAAGCUUUUAUAAACAAAUAAUGCAAGUGAAGUCUGCAACCCACUGAUCUCUCUUCCUUUAGUUUUCUCUCUGUGUUGUCGUAUUACUCAGAUAGGGAAGCCUUAUUUGGAAAUUCCACUUCAUUGUCUUACAAAACCCACAGACAAUUUGUGCCCUACUUGCCUUCUCUCAUCUCCAAAAUAUGACAUGCAGUCCCUUUGCUUCAUUGGGCAAGGAAGGAGGGGAGGCUGAGCAAUUGCUUUGCUUUCUUUCUCCAUCAGUGGAAUCCUGGAACCUGCCCACCAUGAGAAUAUGGGGCAUCUCCAGGGUGCCAUCUGCCCUGCAGUAAAGAGGUUCAUUGACAGGCCAUUUCAAUACUUGAACUGAGGUGUGAGGUGGAGACAUUGUUCCAAACCCUUUUGAAAUGCAACCCUCCGCUGGCAAGAAAUGGGGAAAUCCGGGCUCAGGUUUGAUGUGUCCACUGUGAGGAUAAUAAAGGAAAGGUGUUAAAAACUACAGCCUCCUUUUCUCAGGGUUUUCCCAGAGCUGGAAAAGGCCCCUUGCAAGGCAGCAAUAUAUUCCUUCAGAAAUUCUCCUUAACAUUCAGAGGAAUUGAAGUAUGUUUUGAGAAAAGGUGGCUGUAGCUUUUAGAGUAUUUAUUUCUCACCAAUAAACCUCCUCUUUGUAAUCAGUUUCCUGGUAUAGGAUACCUACAUUUGAUUGGAUGGCUCUCAUUGGUUAAUUAAACAUUAGCAAUAAUGGGCCAUGUUUUGAUUUUGAGGAUAUUUUAGGAAAAUGCCAGUUAUCUUAAAAUAUCUUGCAUUGUUCCCCAAUAAUUAAUAAUUAGACUGAAAUCCUAUAGCAGGGAAUAAGUCCUAUUAAGCUCAAAGGGAAUCACUUCUGCUCUGUGUAGAUGUGAGCAGUUAAUCACUUACAUCCAGAUUCCCUUCCAGACAAUGAGCUGAAAGUGGAUUAAAUUCACAACAAAAAUGUAGCCAACCCCAUAAAACAAUGCAACAAUAUUAUAACCUAUACACACACACUUUUUGAUUAAAAUGAUAUUUAAUGAGUGUGUGUGUAUGUAUCUGUUUUUCAGUCCUCUUAGCAUCUGUAAUUUAAAUUCAAAAUCUACAAUGGCUAGGCUACAGAUUACAGUGAAACUUCUUGCUGUACUUUCUAUUCCCCACAGGGACAUUUACAAGUGAAUGUUAUAAAUGUUUACUCUGAAGCAAGUCCCCACUGAGUUCUGUGAUUACAGCAUACCUAAGAUGUUUUCAGAGUCUCUUGUCUCUAAUCCCAUUGGAGAUAAGUAGAUCUAAGCAUAUGAUCCUAAGUGCAUUUGCUUGGGGAUAACUUAAGAGUGAGGCAACAGGGACCAAAUGAACAUCAGAGGUCAUCUAUAUUGUCAAUUAUUCAAAUAACAUUAGGUUACACAAUGUUUUCCUUUAAGUUUCCAUAGCUCAGUGGUACAGCAUCUGCUUCAUAUGCAGAAGGUUCCAGGUUCAAUCCCUGGCACCUGAAAUAUCCCCUGUCUGACGGAGAGCAGCUCUCAGUCAGUGAAGACAAUACUGAACUAGAGGGUCAAUAGUGUUGAGAGACAAUCUUGUGCAGUAGUUAGCAUGUUCAACUAGAACUUGGCAUGUUCAACUAGAACUUCAGAUGUUCAGCUGUGAAGCUCGCUAGGUGAGCUUAGGCCAUUCACUGCCUCUUAGCCUAACCUUACCUCUCAGUGUUGUGGAUGAAAUGGAGAUAUGGGAAGGGAGAGGCAAGUAUGGUUACCUUGAGCUCUUUGAGGGAAAGGUGGGAUACAGAAAUGUAAUAAUAAACAAACAACAAUGAAACGCGUUUACAAUAAAUUAUACAUAAGAUUAUUUAUUAGUUGUUUUAUUAAUUAAAAAUAUUUAUAUACUGAUUUUCUCUUAAAAUGUCCCAGCUGGUUUACAAUAAAAAGUUCCUCAUUAUUUAAUCAUAAAAAAUACAAUAAUGCAAUUUGAUCAGCAGAAACUCUGACUGGCUGAAACAAUUCAUAUAAUUCCUGUAAGCUACAUGGGAUAUAUGUGCAUAGCAGCCAAUGCUGAUUACCUAGGAAUCCGCAUAGACUAGGAAUUUUUCCAGGAAAAUGAAGGGGUGUAUGUGUAUGUAUGCAGGGCUGGUACUGUCCAUGUUAGCCUUAUGUAAAUAAAUGCAUGCACAUGGGUUUUGCAAGCCAUUCUUGUAUCACGAUAGAAUCUUGCAAAACCCCUGUGUGUGUAAGUAUAUAUGUAUUUACAUACAGUACUUAUAGUAUGUCCUACAACAAGUUCUCAGGGUGGCUCAGGCCAAGAAGUAAAAUAAUUAACAAUUCAAUAACGGUUGAAAGCAAAGAAGUAUAAAUACAGCAUAAAAAACAGUCAUGGAGGAUAAGACCAGCUUAAAGUUAGAACUGAUUAAAAGACCUGAUGAAAAUGAAAAGGUAUUUGGCUGGUGCCAAAAUAUCACCAGAGCCAGUGCCUGGUGAGCUUCCUUGAGGAGGGCAUUACAGUGGUACCUCGGGUUAAGUACUUAAUUCGUUCUGGAGGUCCGUUCUUGACUUGAAACUGUUCUUAACCUGAAUCACCACUUUAGCUAAUGGAGCAUCCUGCUGCUGCUGCGCCGCCGGAGCAUGAUUUCUGUUCUCAUCCUGAAGCAAAGUUCUUAACCCGAGGUAAUAUUUCUGGGUUAGCGGAGUCUGUAACCUGAAGCGUAUGUAACCUGAAGCAUAUGUAACCCGAGGUACCACUGUACUUAGCUGGAGUGGCAUCAGGGAAAAGGCCCAUUGCCACCUUCAAUGUCUCACUCAGAAGGGAGUUCUUGGGAAAAGCACAUCUGAAGAAGACACUUCCAGAGGAGCACAUUCUUUUGCAUGCCUCCUCUAGAGAUGGUGCGUGAAAUAAGGUGCAUAAUUCUCUGUGGUGAGAAUUCUUCUUUAAGAGCUUCCACGUGAUUACAUGCACCAGGAGUGGGGAACCACUUUUAGUUGUUGUUGAGGGCCACAUUCCUUAGGUCAGAACUUUCUAAGCUCUUCAUGUUGUUGACACACUUUUUAGACAUGCAUCAUUUUGCGACACAGUAAUUCAGUUUUACUAGCAAACCGGAGGUUAGAUUAAUCCCUUUCCAGCCCUGGGAGGAGUGUGGGGAGCAUUUGUGUGACACACCUACAUGCUGCAGCUGAUACAUUAACAUGUCACAACACACCGUUUGAAAAGCUCUGCCUUAGGAGUUAAUUUGUCAGGGGCCUGGGCCGCAUUGCCAUUGGUGAACUGGACUGAAACCAGCAGUGUUUGGGUACUGAGUAAAAAAUGAGUUGGGAAACACUUUCUGCCCUCUCUUUUCUCACACUCUGCUAACCACUUUCCCCAUUCUUUUCUUCCUCACCCAGCAGGCUACUGGGGAAUUCUUGCCAGACCCAAAGGUUUGAACUGAUCUCCUGCAGUGGAGUUUUGAAAUUAAGUCAAGGGCCACAUACAAUUAACCCAAGGAUUGCAGGUUGCCCACCUGUGACAUAUACUCCGCUUGAAUGUUGCACCUUGCUUAGCUGCUCAAAGAACUUAAAACAGUAAGGAGAGCCCUGCUGUACCCGACCCAAAGCCUGACUUUUUCUGUUCAGCAUUCUUCUUUCCAGCAGUAGCAUUCUGUGGAGCUGACAAAGUAGGAUAUGAAGGCAACAGCACUUCCCUCUUGGUUAUUCCUGAGAAUCUGGUAGUUAUGAACACACUGCCUCUUUGUGGCUAAUAGCCGUGAUAGGAACUCUUUCAAAUCCCUGAACAAUUUCAGUGUUUAUUUUACUUCCAAAUAUCCCGCAGGACAUAUUUCUUUCCUUUGCCUUCUUGAGGCGGCUGAGAAUGAAGCAGAAUGGUAGGAGCCACAAUAAAAAUGUGACGUGAAUACUUACAAUUUAGCGUGAUUCAGCCACUGCAGGAGGUCUCUUUCAACCAGGGCUGUGUAGUGCCAAUAACUGAGCAGAUCCACACACAUCCUGGCUUAUAUGGCGCCCAGCCUGUCCUUUGUUGUAUCCAAAGCAUGGAGUCAAUAAGAGGUCCCAAGGGAAGUCAACUCAAAGGAACAAGGAUGAGAGGAUGUCUGAUGAAGUAAAGGAAUCACAAACCAUCUGUCUCCCUGCUGUCAUUUCUACCCAAAGAUACCAAAACCUUGAGUAAUCAUAAGGCAUAUCUGAGGGGAGGAGUGACACAUUCUCAAUCCUUUUAAGAUCAGCAAAUUCAAACAACAACACACAGCUAAAGUGGUUGCCCUGUCCAUAGCAACAGCAAAAUCCCAAUAUGGUGCAUUCUAGGGUGCAUUCUUGGGCUCCAGUUCACAUACAGAAUUAUGCACAAGCUGAGAUUGCUCCCGUACACAGAUAGUGAUUCACACACAAAACUUUCCCUAACAUUCAUCCAGGGCAGCUCCUGCUCAUAUGGAGCUCUGUGCACAAACACAUAACUUUGGAUCUGAAUGCUAGUGUCAAUAUUGAGUAAUACUAUUAUUGUGGGAUAUUUGCCAACUGGUUUCCUGUUGGAACUGGCAGGAGACGGGGAAGUUAGGAUUUGGGGCGAAAAUGGGCUUGGCGGUGUCAGAUCUGGGUGUUAGAUGUGUGUUUAAACCCAGAUCUGCCACAAAUCACAUAGACAAUGGGCUGUGUGUGUGUGUGUGUGUGUGUGUAUGUGUAUGUGUGUGUGUGUGAGAGAGAGAGAGAGAGCAGACUGAAGGAGAAAGUGUUGCCUGAGGGUGGGAGCUGGUUGUUACCCUCUCCUGUGGCAUACAACCUUGGUUCAUUUUUCACCACUAGUUUCAGAAGCCCCGGGGGCAGAAAAAAAGCCUGGGGAGAGGGACUAGGGGGAUGUAAAUAUAUGGGUUGGUGUGGGGGAGGCUUCAGUGUGGCUAGAGUGGUGGGUUCAGAGAUAGACCCAGGCUCAAUCCCCCACCCCUUCAGCUAUGAAGUUUGACCUAUCUUUCAGUCUAACCUAAUUCACAGGGAGAGGGAGGAGAGUACUGUAAGAUCGUACUGGAGGAAGGAUCUGGACAAAAUAUAUACUAAGCUGGACCAAAUCCCUUCCCGCUUACUUUCUGUGUGAUUUUCACAGAUGCACGUAAGCAAAUGGAUCUGUUGUUGUAAGUUCCUGUGGUUUAGCCCCAAAGGAGCCUGGCCAACCUUCUGGUCUUAGAGUAAGAUGGAGGGUGGGACUUAUCAUUAUCUAUAAAGGUUGUCUGUGGAAUUGUCUGGAAAGAGGGGAGAGGACUCAGUGAGAACAUAACAAGAGCCCUGCCAGAUCAGAGCAAAAGCCCAUCUAGUCAAGCAUCCCGUUCUUACUUACUGUGGCUAGACAAGUGCGUGUGGGAAGCCCACAAGCAGGACUUGAGUGCAGCAACACUCUUCUAAUUUGUGAUCCCCAGCAACUGGUAGAAGAGCAUAAGAAGAGGCUGCUGAAUCGGGCCAAAGGCAUCUAAUCCCAACACUAUUCUCACAGUGGAAAAUGAAUCAAAGGGCCCUCCAGACAUCCUUUUUAUUGCUUAUUCAUGAUUAUUUAUGCUCAGGAUGGUAUCAGGGCAGUUCUACACAAUCCUAUUUUCAAUACUGCAAAAGCUUUGUGGCAGACAUACGGCUUCAUUUCCAGUUGGUGCAUAGCUUCUUGCUGAAAUCCUGUAGCUUUUCAUACCACAAAUGUUCCAGGGUUUUGUUGUGGUUGUGCUUUAGUACAAGAGAGUGCCCCUUCAGAUGGCAAUCAUGUGGUAACGUUGGAGAAGCAUCGCGGAACAGCUAAUAAAGUGGAAUAAUUUGUAGAUAGUCCAGUAUAAAUCCACCACCAAUUUACUGUUAUUUUAUCAAUGGCAUGUUAUGGAAUACGCAUACAAAACAGAAAAAGGCACCAGUCCAGAGAUGCCCCAAAAGAAGCUUGACAGUCCUUAUAUUAGCUAUGGUAGAAAUUAAUUUUGGGUGGUGUGCUAUGCAAAUAGUCAAAAGAACCCAAAUUGAGCUAUUUUACCUAGCAGUUGGGGGGAUUUUCCUUCAGAGAACAGAGUCUCAUCUUCAGUUGGUACAAAAUUCUGAACUUACAUAUGUUUCCUUAGAAGACCUACGGGUAUAGGGCAGUAUAGAAAUAAUAAAAAAAAGUAAGCCCUACUACAUACGGUGCAUACGCUGCAUACAGUGGGACUUACUCCCAGGUAAUUGUGUAUGAUUGCAGAUGCACUGAAGGGGUUGGAACUAAGAACUGUUGUAGGUGAUUCCCACACUGAACUUACUUGCAUGGAGGGAUGAUGGCCUGGACAAUUAAAUGUGUGAGCAAUACAGAACUGCAGAAGCUUGCGUUGCAGUAUAAAUCCCUAGACCCUCAGUGUCUCUAUUAAAUGAGAUUUAUGUAUUUUUGUAACCUUCCCGUUCUCUACGCCAGGUAGCCGAGAGACCGCAUUCACUUACGCUGUUAGCGCUGCAGGGGUGGUGAAUGCCAUCAGCCGUGCCUGCCGUGAAGGGGAGCUUUCCACCUGCGGUUGCAGCCGAACAGCCCGGCCGAAGGACCUGCCCCGAGACUGGCUUUGGGGCGGAUGCGGGGACAAUGUGGAAUAUGGCUACCGUUUCGCCAAGGAAUUUGUGGAUGCCCGGGAGAGGGAGAGGAACUAUGCCAAGGGAUCCGAGGAGCAGGCCCGCACACUCAUGAACCUACAGAACAACGAGGCCGGCCGCAGAGUAAGAUCCAUUUUUAGCACUUUCUCUUUUGGGAAGAGGCAAGUUUAGAGGCAAGUAACCAGUGUGUUGCAUUCUUAAGAAUGAGACCAGUUUAUAAGACCCAACAGUUUAUCUGAACCUAAUAAUAAAUGUCAGUAAACAAACCAAAAGCACACGGUUCAAGCACCUGAAUGCUAAUUAUUACACUGCCUUUUCCAGUGAUCAUGGAACCAUUCCUACCUGUCAUGCAUGCAUAUCAUUAAUAAUAAUUUGUAAGAUUAGGAGUGGCAAAUAUUUAUGUCCCACUCUUCUAAAAGGACCUAGAAAAAUGUGCAAAAAAUAAAAUAAAAAAUGUGUUCCUUGGACACUGACAAUUCUACUGCUAGGGUUGUCCCCUUUUUGUGAGAGAGAGACCUCCUCUGCUUUAACAGCUGCAUGGCAGGCAACAGAAGUUCAACAGAUGAAACUUUUCUCCUGGCAUGGAGAUGGUAAGGUGCCACCUGUUAGGAACAUAGGAAGCUGCUAUACAUUGAGUCACACUAUGGCUCCAUCUAGCCCAGUAUUGUCUUCACCGACUGGCAGUGGUCUCCAGGGAUUCAGGCAAGGGUGUCUCAUACCUGUACCUGGAGUUGCUGGGGUUGGAACCUGGGACAUUUUGCAUGUAAAGGAGAUGCUCUCCCACUAAACUAUAUUCCUUCUCCUGGGGUAAGGGGAAUUUCUGUUGUGAGAUGCAAUUGUCAACAUGUGAAUAACUGCAGUUGGAUCAGGAGACCUAAACACAGGGCCCAAACUCUUAUGAGUUGGAAAUGUGACACGAAUUAACUCAGAAAAUAGAGGGGCCAGUUCUGUUGAAUGAAGGCUGUGUAUGUGUAUCUUCAGGGCUCAUGUGUCCAAUUUCAUCUUCUGAUUCAUGUUUUCCUGAUGCAAGGAAACAACAUUUUCCGAGUGCAGUUAUUUGGCUGAGAACAUGUGUAAUAUUUUAUUUUUUAAAAUACAUUUUAAAGAAAACAUAUAAAAUCUGCUUCUCAGUUUAAAACCUUCUUGGAGCAAACUUCUCAGGCUGAUAGCAUUCUUUCAUCCCCACCCUAGCUAGUGUGUUAAUUGCAAUAAUGAAUGAUAUGUGGAAUGCAGUUGCACAAAUGACACAUGAAGAUAUGGACUUGUCAGGCUGUCGCUCCACCUAGCCCAUUAACAUCACUAGUGAUGAGUGACUAACUGCCUGUGCCAUUUUUGCUAUUAAUGUUGCUUCUUCUUUUUUAAAAGAUUCUAGCUGUGUUCUGUUUAAUUGUCUCUACACAAGUGAAUUUGCCUCCCUCAGUUCUUCCUGGAUUGGAGACCAGGUCUUACUGCAUGGGGCACCCUUGAUCACUAGGGAGCAUCUGAGCACUUCCUUUCCCCCUUCCUUGGUGUCUGCAGCUCAAGUGAUGGAGGACGAAUUCUGUCCCACUUCAGUUCUCAGGAAGAGCCAUAAGGGGGUGGGAAUGGAACUGAAUUUGCUUCAGGUUUCGACACAGUCCUGACCCCAUCGCUGCUCCACUGCACUCUUGAAUUUUUUAGGGCCCCAAACUUUUAGCUUUAUUGCCUGUUGUUUGUUUGUCUUUGACGGUUAUCUUAGCCUGUCCUUUCCUUCCAUCUGUCUCUUUCUCCACUUGGUCUCUCCUUAUCUGUCUCCCUUUGGCAGCCCUGCCACGUUGUUUACCCGUUCAACAAGUAGUAGACCUCAAUCAUCAGCCACUCCAUCCAGUGCCAAGCAAGGCUGAGAGGAGGCUUGGCUAAUUAACCACAUAGGAAUUAGCCCAUUGAUUCCCUUUACAUCCCACUUCUUUACAAAGGAAGAAUCAGAAAGGAAUUUGAGGUGGAGGCCGAAGAGGGACAGAUUUUAAACAAAUUCCACUUGCAGAUUGAGUCCAGUUGGUCUAUGUUUCAGGUCCAGACAUCUUAGCUUCCUCUGGAAACUUGUACUCUUCACAUUGUUUACAUAGCUCAGUCAAAAUCUUUCUUCAAAUGGUCCAGCUCGUAGCUACCUGCAUUUCAGCAAAGAAGAUACACAUGGAAACCAUUUCUUUCUUAGCGCCAAAUAUCCCCCUUUAAUGUAGGCAUACAGAAUUGUACCGGCAUCACUUUGAAGCAAGUGCUAUUCAUCACAGUUAGAUUGGUAUCCAGGUAAUCAAUUUAGGAUUGCCUGAUAUAAAUAGCAAUUGUUUGUCUUUAGAAGAGAGCUUCCAUGCCACAUCUGGCUCUCAAGCCAUGUUUUGAUUGAUUAGACUGCCAUGCAGCUCUUGGGGGGAGCUCUUGUUUAAAAUUAUCGUUAGGUCCAAUUAGCUAGGACAGAGAUCAGAAUCCGCUUAUUCUUAAAAUUGGCUCCCAUGGGCUUUUUGUACAUGACUGAGGAAGGCUGUCAUUUAAAGAGACAGUCUGCUACCAUUACAUCUGGUUUGGCCUCUAGAUAAUGGAAGUAGAAUGCAGAAUUAGGGUUUCUAUCUCACAAACUUCAUGGAAAGCAACUUUAAAUUCCAUAAUAUCACUCACUUUGGACCUGAGACUGAGGCUCAACCAGCCAAGUCUUAUUCAGUGUACAUUGGCAUUGAGAUGGUUUUCACAAUCUCAGCCUGGUCAUACAGCAUGGUUACUGGCACUGCUAGGGAGCCUCACCUUCCUACCUUCCACUGUAAGCGAACUGUGUGCUAUUCUUAUGUGUGUUUUCCUGCAGCCAUCUGCAAAAAUGCACAUAUUUGGGCAUGAUGUGGAAGUUAAACCUCACACUUGCCUCUUUGCUGUGGCUUUCAUUUUAUACUAUGGUUCUAGCAGACUCACCUGCCCCUAAAACUCCAUAUGCUCAGAGUAUAUAGAGAGCUCAUUCUGAAACAGAACAAUAGUAAAAUAUAUGCUAGACCUCAACAUAAAAGUGGGGGGGGAUCCUUUCAUAGAUGAGGCCCUCCAGAAACAUUUGCAGCCAUAUGGCAAGGCUUUCACAUUUGUUGAAGCAGCAAGGCCCAAAUUAACCUUUAAUCCUGCAUGGUGGAUCUCCUCAGCUGCCAAUUCCCCCUCUUCUAUCCCCCCCAGUCUCUUUCAUUUGCACAUUAGUUAUUAUUAUCUUCCUUUUUUAUAAUAAUAAAAAAUGCUGAAAUCUUACACAUUUUUCAGUUAAGUACUGAAGGAUGCUAUUGUUGGUUAGGGUGUGGUGGCGGUGUGUGGGAUUACACUUUAAUUUUCCUAUAUGGGAAAAAGGAAGCGUGGCUUCUUCUCUUUUCCUGAUAAUGAUGAUUAAUUAAAGUCCUCCCCCCAAAGGUACCGGGGCUUAAGCCUUCCUGGAAGUGACAUCCUUGGCUUUUGCUACAGAAGCUCCUCAUAAUCAUCUCACAUGUGCAGGGGCUGUUUGUGGUUGUACAGUUCAAGGGAGUGUCAUUCUGCACAUGCUUAAAGGCACUGAGUUAAUGAAUUAAUCAAAUUACUUUUCUUAGUAGUAUCUGUCUGUCUAUCUAUCUAUCUAUCUAUCUAUCUAUCUAUCUAUCUAUCAUCUAUCUAUCUAACGAAGGCUCUUUGCAAUGCUUAAUUAAUAGCAAGAUAAACAAAAGGACAUUGAAAUAACAAACAACAAAGGACACCACUGCAAUAUGAACAGAAAAACAGAAUCCAUAAUUGCUACCAAACUCCUGCAUUCCCCCCAGGCCCUCUGGAAAAGAUGAAUUUUAACAGUGCAGUAAAAACAGAAUAGUGAUGGAGGCAGGCAAGCUUCUUUGGGGAUAGCAUUCCGAAAAAAGGUGCUAGAACCAAAAAGGCCCUGUUUCUAGUGCUCAAACCUACCAAACUUCAGAAAGCGAAGGGUUACGUAACAAAACCUCAAGUGUUGACUUGAGCAUUCAAGAAAUUUGUCCUUUGCGGGAGGACGAGGAGAUUUGUAUGCUGGUUCUAGACUGUUGAAGGCUUUUAAAGUGAGAACCAACACCUCAAAUUAGGCCUACAAAUGAAUGUUUUAAUUUUGCAACUAAAACAGCAUUGGAAAUUGGUUUCAUGACAAAGCAAUGGUGAGACCUUCCUCAAAUGACACCCUAAAUGUAAAAAGGCAGGAGGAGAAUAUGCUUAGGUUUCCUGGCUCUGAUACAGUUGUUGGACUGAACUCAACAUAAAAUAAAAAAAUCCAGAAGUAUAGCAGAAUAUUUAGAAAGGAAAGAAAGUUGUUCUAAUGCUUUCUUAAGCCAGGAGGCUCAUCUCCAAGGCCUAUCAAUAUUUCUUUAUAUAGCAAAAGAACUCUUUCCAUGCUUGCAAAGCCAGAGUGCUCUGCUGCUGUGCAGCCUUUUGGAUGUUCUUUUUCUGUGCACAGAUAUUAGUUCCAAACCCACUUGGAUUGGGCCCCAAGUGCUUUAUCUGCAUCACUCACCUAUAAUUAGAAAUUGGUUUGAAGACUGUUUCCAUCAUCAUGGUUCUCUCCAUGAUGGACUUAUCCCACCAUAGUUAAGUGGAGCAGAUCAUAACUUUGCCAGAGAGAGAGAUUGUUUCAGGAUGUCUCUGAUACUGGCUGAGUUCUCGUCUUUCCUGAGGGAGAUUUUUUUUUUUUUUUAAGACUCCAUGGUAUUCACUCACAUUUGGAUUGACGUCAAUUUUUUUUUGUUUUAAAAAGCUGUCAUAAAGACUCAAAGUUGAAAUACAGAUUUUUAAAAGAUGCAUGGCUACCAUGAGGGUAAUAGAUUUUAUUAAGCAGUAAGCAUCCAGCAGUUCACCAUGAAUCUCUCAUCUCUGAUCUAACACCAGGCAGACACAUUGAAUUUUGUAACAUGCCUUGUAGGGUUGGGGGGGGGAGUGUUGUAUUAAAACAGACAAGAAUUCUGUGGUUCAGGUACUUUAUUUCUUUGAAGGUGCUGCUUCACACAUCAGCCUUCCAAUUAGGUGUACAUAAAUUACUGGUACAAACAAAACUGUAUAAUAUAUUUAUAGCAGACCUUACUUUCAUGAUGGUGGUGCCUCAAGGUAGCGUAUGCAGGAUUUCCAGGGGUUUUCUCAUCUAGUCACUGACCAUAAAUCUUUGGGGAAAGGCAUGUGCUUUAAAUGGGUUUUAAAUCUAUGGUGUGUAUAUGGCCUUAGUUUCAGCAGGGUUGUUGUACCAUGUACCUUCAGAGUACUAAAAUGCCUACUAAUGCAUCCUCUGUAUUAUUUAACCAUUUGUGGCACAUUCAUACCUGGGAGGGAAAGGACCAAGGCAACUUUGUCUGAUUACUUGGAGGCAUUUUUAACUCACCACAGGUGAUCAAGCCAGUGGCUCUUUUCAAGCUUCAUGUGCAUCAUUAUCACUCUUCUAUAUGGGGAUAUUUUUAAUCUACUGAAACUUCCUAUCUUGGUCAGUUUGCUUUUUCAUAGGAGUUGAUUUAACUUUAUUCUCAGCUUGGCUUUGUAUGAACAGAAUUAUCUUAAGGCCACUGUACAGAUUACAUAGCAGCAAACCUGGGUUUGCACAGUGUAUGCUUGAUAGAAUUGACUCAGAUUAAUGUAUCUGUACAUUUUUCCAAAUGUAUUAUUUGUCUCCCUCACACAUUACAUUUUUAGAUGCAUGGUGUUUUUUAUUAUAUUAAAAAACCAUUACACUAAAAAUAUAAUGAUGAAGAAUAUACAGUGGGGAAAAUCUCUCCUCGUUUAGAUAAUUGGCUCUGAGGUCCACAUUUUCCACAGCAGACUUCAGUUUCAGAGGCAUCCAACUUGUGAGAGGCAUUUUCAGAUAUUGGAAAACAAGUUUCAGUCAACGUGCUUGCACUCAAUUCUGAACCUUGUCUUAAAAGCAACUCACAUGACAUUCUGUAGCCACUGUUACAAAAUUCAUGGACUGUUAUACACAUUACCAGCUUUUCAAAGCUAGAAAAAAGGAAUUCAGUAAUGGGAAAAUGGGAGUAGACAAGUGACUGACCACCAGGUGGCGAACAAGAUGCAAAUACAUAGUUGCUGCAUUCAUGCGCUUGUUGGCUUGUGGUGUAUAUUCUAUCUCUCCAACCACCACCCUGGCUAAACUAGACAUAAAGGUCGCAUGAUGCAACUUGGGUUGUGCCAACUUCCUGUAAAAGCCUCACCCACACACCAUCCCAUUAUUUCUUCUCUGCUGUUUUACUCCGAGUGGGAGUUGCAUCCAUUAUCUGACAAACAUCCAUCCGAGAAAAAAAACAACAACAUGUGGGCAGUUUAAAGCCCUUACAAUGCUGCUUACAAGGAAUAUAAUGCACAUAAUCAUAUAGUACAAUCUCACCAUUACAUUGAAUAACCUUUUUACACGGCAACAUAAUCUAUUAGCAAGACCAGCACCAUGCGAUUAAAAUUAGCUAAAACACUUUAAAGCAAUUUGGGGUUCGGUUGGGUGGGUGCACCAAAAAACCUUUAAGAGAAAGUAACUUGAAAUAAAUGGACCUUCAGAGCCUGUUUGAAGGUCUGUAUUGGUGGAGCUGUGUGCACACAACAGUCCUUGGGAGGGCCAGCAAUGAAAAGGCCCUGUCUCAGGUACCUGCCAACCCAAUUGAUCUUACAGGUGGAUCUAUGAGCACAGUUUCCAUAGGUGAUCUUGGGGUCUGAGCAUUUCUUGUAAGUUGCUCUGAUAAGACCUGGAUACAAUCUUCCAGGUAACAGAAAAUGGACAGGGAGCCACCAUGCUUUAAAGUGUUAGAUUAGGUUUAGGACAUAGCUGUGAUGUUCAUUAUAUCAACCUACCUUACUGGACUGCUGUGAGAAUGGGCGCAGUAUAAGAAAAUAAUACUUAAUGAUGAUGAUGAUGAUGUAAGCCCAGUGAGGCUUGCUUCUGUGUAUAAAGUUGCACCAGUUACUGCUUAUGUUGUGCCAGAUUUUAGUGCUGCUUGAACACUUUGUCUGACCCCACCUUACCUUCUUCCUUCCGUAGGCAGUGUACAAGUUGGCUGAUGUCUCCUGUAAGUGCCACGGCGUCUCAGGUUCCUGCAGCCUCAAGACCUGUUGGUUGCAGCUGGCUGACUUCCGCAAAGUGGGAGACCUCCUGAAGGAGAAGUACGACAGUGCCGCCGCCAUGAGGAUCAGCCGCAAGGGCAAACUGGAGCUAGUGAACAACCGCUUCAAUUCGCCUACUCCAGAGGACUUGGUGUACGUCGACCCCAGCCCCGAUUACUGCCUGCGCAACGAAACCACGGGCUCCCUGGGCACCAAGGGCCGGCUCUGUAAUAAGACCUCGGAGGGUAUGGACGGCUGUGAGCUGAUGUGCUGUGGCCGAGGCUACGACCAGUUCAAGAGUGUGCAGGUUGAGCGUUGCCACUGCAAGUUUCACUGGUGCUGUUACGUCAAGUGUAAAAAGUGCACAGAGAUUGUCGAUCAGUACGUCUGUAAAUGAAGGGCCCACAAGAGCUACAAAUCUAUAUUAUAUAAAUCUAUAUAAAUCUAUUUUAUAUAUUUGUAUAAAUAAAUAGAUGGCGAUGAUGAUAAUAAUUAAAGACAUUUAUUUAAGAGACUUUUUAAAAUCUAAAAUGUUUCCAUUAGAACAGCUAGAUGGUUGGGCUGCUCCUUUGUUAUUUAAUAGGGGAGCAAAGCAGGGCGGGGGGGGGUAUUUGUUCGCUGGUUCCCUCCCAACCGUGUCACAAUGCAUCCAGGAUAAAAGGGAUUCUUGAGGGUCCUCGAAAAGGAUCUACCUACAGCUCCUUUAUCACAAAAGCAGGAGGAUGGGAUAUGUUCCCUUUGCUAUCUUGUGGCUGGAUUUCACCUUGGGUGUGUUCUGUGCCUUUUUCGACAUAGCCAAAGGAGUGCCCUCCACGCUCAGGUCGAUUUCCAAAAGGACUUUGUGUCAUUUUCUGCUUCUUGUCAAAACACACUGUGGGAUUCCAAACUACAAGGCGAAUUACCUGUUUUAGAUAUGGGAAGAAUGAUUCAAAAGGCAGUGUCCGUGCCUGCUGUGGUUGAUGUGUGGAUUGAAGAGAGACUGUUGCACAAUGGCAGAUGGUCCCCCUGCAUCAAGUGGGGGAAAGAAAACAUUACCUUUGACCUAGAAGUGCUGCUUUACCCCUGUAUAUCCUGACAGAAACCCCGGCAACUGAUUCUCCUGCAUUUUGUGGAAUGAAGAAGGGCGGCAGCGGAAGUGGAGAGGGCUCUGCUGAAGCUUUGGAAAGGCAAAACUGUCAGAAGUGGUUUUGCUGGUUGGUGGAUUUUCUCUUCUGUGGAAAAAGAAUUGUGUGGUGUAUUGAUCUAACCUCAGGAUACGUGACAGCUGGUGACUGAUCUCUUGGGACUACUUGGAUUGUUUUGGGAAAGGGGCUUAUUUGGUGUGUCUCUGGACUUGAGAGAAAAACAGACAUGAUUCAACACACAGGAUUCGACAAACACAGCACCUCAGUCUCUACGCGGACUCAGAUGGUCAUGGGUGUCACAAGGGCCUUUUCAUCCCCCUUGCCUCUGACCUAGAUGUACAGUUUCUCUUUUAACAUUAAAUAUCCCUUGUUCUUGCCCUCUCCCCUUGUUUUUGUGAGCACAUUUGUUUUGUGUUGCUGCUAAUGCAUUUCACAGCACAGGGACUUUCUGCCAAGUUGGACUCUUUCCUGGUUUAAAACUUUUAUUGCAGUCAGACCCAAUUCUUGUGUUAUUUUUUUGAUAUGGUCAAGUCACCAAGAGGUGACAUUUCGAAAGAAUUAUGUCUGUUGCUGGAAGACCGUUUGAUUUGUACACUUCAUUGUGUGCUGAGAGCUGGUUUUCACCAUCCCAAUGACGAGG